GGGAUUGCACCGAGGGAAAGCAAAACUACACUGUGACCGUGUAGUUUUGUUUUUAUCAGGGGGGGGUCUGGAGGCUCAACCGUUCUCACCUGGGAUUUUUGUGGAAACAUUGUGGAUAAGGAGACAGUUUCCUGUCUGAGUCACCUGGGCUCCGUCCCAUCAGUCUGAGGCACUCUUGGAGAGACAAGGUGCCGACCAACAUGACAACACAGGCGCCGACGUUCACACAGCCGCUACAGAGCGUCGUGGCACUUGAGGGUAGUGCCGCGACGUUCGAGGCUCAAGUUAGUGGUACUCCAGUUCCUGAGGUGAGCUGGUUCCGUGAUGGCCAGGUUCUUUCCACAGCCGCUUUGCCCGGCGUUCAGAUCUCGUUCAGCGAUGGCCGCGCUGUUCUGAGGAUCCCCGCCGUGACUGCCGCACACAGUGGAAGAUUUUCUGUCAGAGCCACCAACGGCGCUGGACAAGCCACAAGCACCGCCGAACUACUCGUUACAGCUGAGACGGCGCCUCCCAGCUUCCUUCAGAGACUGCAGAGCUCCGCAGUGAGACAGGGCAGCCAGGUGAGGCUGGACGUCAGAGUCUCAGGUAUCCCAACACCUGUGGUGAAGUUCUACAGAGAGGGAGCCGAGAUCCAGAGCUCGGCCGACUUCAGGAUCCUCCAGGAGGGAGACCUGUACAGUCUGCUGAUCGCUGAGGCCUUCCCAGAGGAUUCUGGGACAUAUUCUGUGACCGCCACCAACAGCAGCGGACGAGCCACCUCCACUGCUGAACUGCUGGUUCAGGGUGAAGAAGCCGUUCCAGCAAAGAAAACUAAAACAGUGAUUUCGACGUCUCAGAUUUCACAGACACGUCAGACCAGAGUUGAAAAGAGGAUGGAGGCCAGUUUCCAGGCCACUGCCAUGAUGGAGAUGCAGGUGGAGGGCGCCGAGCUGACACAGCUGGCUCACAAGACUCCACCCAGAGUUCCUCCUAAACCCACGUCCAAGUCCCCAACUCAGCCCUCGCUGGUCGCCAAGGUGACCGCAGGACGCCAACAGUCACCAUCACCUGUCAGACACGUGAAGGCGCCCACGCCCACGCCUGUCAGGCCUGCCUCUCCUACUUCAAGACUCUCAGUCUCCCCCAUCAGGCCGGUCAAGUCCCCCAUCACCACACGCAAGCAAGUGGCCGUCAGCGCUGAUGUCCUGCCACCCUGGAAGCAGGGAGACUACAUGUCAGAGGCCAGCUACACCAGUAUGACCAGUAUGACCAGUAUCACCCAGCGGGGCCAGGAGCAGCGCUGGGAGCGGGUCACCGGAGUCAGAGAGGCUGAGGGAGGGAAAAGAGCCGGGGCAGUGGCCACGGUGAUGGCUGCCGUUGACCUCGCUCGUGUCCGUCAGCCUGUGCAUGUCAAGGGCGAUCCAGCUGAAGAGGAGGAGGCUGAGGCUGUAGAGGCAGAGUUAAGGCAGGAGGCCGCCGCUGCCGCCGCUGCCUUGGCUGCCGAUCAACAGUAUCAAGCCAGCCGGACAACAACAAGAGUACAGGCUGGUCAAAUGCUUACUACUGCUCAAGAGUUUACACCUGAACCAACCCUGCCACCGCCUCAGAUUCAGAAAACGACAGAAAUCAUCUCCCAUGUGGAAACUGGUCCCGCUCCGUCCCCAGUUCCACAUUUCACAGUUUCUAAAGUUUCUGUCCCAAAACAUGAACCUAGCUCUGAGGUUUCCAUCGCCGGCUCUGCUAUCGCCACUCUGCAGAAGGAGUUAUCUUCUUCCUCUGCCACAGCUAGAAAGAUCAUCAAGCCAGUCAAGUCUCCCAGUCCGUCUCGUACAGUGGUGGAGACCAGAAAGACACUGGAGCCAAUCCCUCCACCAUUCAAGGACUUCGCUGAGAAAUAUCAGAGUCACUUAGGCACUGAGUUACAGACUGGGAAGGUGUUCUCGGGGGGCUUGGAGAGAGUAUAUGAGGAGUGGGGAGUCCAGGUGAUGGAGGCAGCAGCUGUACCUGCUGCAGGUGGCGCCGUAGUCCCACCCACACUGGUUUCAGGCUUGAAGAACACAAAUGUGACAGAGGGCGAGUCGGUGACCCUGGAGUGCCAGAUCAGCGGUCACCCCACACCUGUCAUCAUGUGGUUCAGAGAGGACUACAAAAUUGAGAGCUCCAUUGAUUUCCAGAUAAGCUACGUGAACGGAUUCGCCCAGCUGGUGAUCCGCGAGGCAUUUGCUGAAGACAGUGGACGCUUCACCUGCACUGCCACAAAUGAGGCUGGAACCGUCAGCACCUCCUGCUACCUGCUUGUCCAGGUGUCCGAGGACAUCGAGGGCAGAGAGGAGAUGACUAUCGUCACUGAACGUGUUGAAACUGCCGAGAAACUAGUAACCGAAGAAGCCAAAGAGGAGGUGGCUGAGUCAGAUGCUGCAGCCGCCGCUCCCUUCUUCAUCAAGACACCAACCAUCCAGAAGCUGGUGGAAGGAGGAAGUGUCGUGUUUGAAUGUCAGGUUGGAGGAAGCCCCAAACCUCACAUCAUCUGGAAAAAGAGUGGUGUACCACUCACCACUGGGUACAGAUACAAAGUUGCCUACAAGAAGGAGACUGGAGAAUGCAAGUUGGAGAUCUCCAUGACCUUCGCUGAUGACGCCGGAGAAUACUCUGUCUUUGCCAAGAACAAGCUGGGAGAGGUCUCAGCCUCCGCCAGUCUGCUGGAGGAAGAGGAAUAUGAAGCCUACAUGAAGAAACAAGAAGCAACAUUUAAGACUGAAGUGACAGCCGUGGUGCAGGAGCCCAAAGUGGGAGAUGUUCCCCCCGUUGUGGUUACGACCAUGGAGCAGAUGACCACCACCAUUAUAUCUGGACAGGAAUUCCAUCUCUCUGCCAUUGAGCUGAGGAUCAUCCAGGAGAUUGAAUUCCGCAUUAUGAAGAUUACCUACAAAGAGAUUGUGACAGAAGACGGAGAGUUGAUGGUGACCGCUGACCCCACUGAGGCCGUGCAGCCUGCCUUUGACACUCCCGUCAAAAACUACAGGAUCAUGGAGGGAAUGGGCGUCACAUUCCACUGCAAGAUGAGUGGAAUGCCGCUCCCCAAGAUUGCUUGGUUCAAAGAUGGCCAGCGUAUCAAGCCUGGCGACCGUUACCAGAUGGAAGUUCUUCAAGAUGGACGAGCCAGCCUUCGUCUGCCUGUGGUGCAACCAGAAGACGAGGGCGUCUACACCGCCUUCGCCACCAACAUGAAGGGAAAUACUGUCAGCUCUGGGAAGCUCUACGUAGAGCCAUCCGGAGCUGGAGCACCUCAGAGAUUCGCACCACAGCCAGCGAUGCAGAGGAUCAGGUCCACAUCUCCUCGUUCUCUGAGCCGCUCACCUGGACGUUCUCCCAGCCGUUCUCCCGGACGCUCACCAGCCCGCCGGCUUGACGAGACAGAUGAGGCUCAGCUAGAAAGACUCUACAAGCCUGUUUUUGUCAUGAAACCUGCCUCAUGUAAAUGCUCUGAGGGGCAAACCGCCAGAUUCGACCUGAAGGCUGUUGGCAGACCGAUGCCUGACACAUACUGGUUCCACAAUGGACAACAAGUGGUUAGUGACUACACCCACAAGAUAGUAGUUAAAGAGGAUGGUACCCAGUCCCUGAUUAUUGUCCCAGCCAUGCCACACGACUCUGGAGAGUGGACAGUCAUCGCUCAGAACAGAGCUGGACGUUCGUCUAUCUCCGUCACCCUCACUGUUGAUGCUAAAGAAACUUUGGUGCGCCCCCAGUUCAUUGAGAAGCUGAGGAAUAUCAGUGUAAAGCAGGGUACUCUGGUUGAGUUGGCUGUCAAAGCCAUUGGAAACCCCCUGCCUGAUAUUGUCUGGCUGAAAAACAGUGACAUUAUCACCCCACACAAACACCCAAACAUAAGGGUGGAAGGAACCAGAGGAGAGGCCAAAUUCCAGAUUCCCUCAGCAGCUGGCUCAGACAGCGCCUGGUAUACAGCUACAGCCAUUAACAAGGCCGGCAGAGACACCACUCGCUGCAGAGUCAACAUUGAGGUGGACUAUGUUGAACCUGAACCAGAGAGGAAGCUCAUUAUUCCCAAAGGAACCUACAAAGCCAAAGAGAUCACCCCUCCAGAGGUGGAGCCCCUUCAUCUGCGAUAUGGUCAAGAGCAGUGGGAGGAGGGCGACCUUUACGACAAAGAGAAGCAGCAGAAACCACAGUUCAAGAAGAAGCUGACCUCUGUCCGAAUGAAGCGCUUUGGUCCAGCUCAUUUUGAGUGCAGACUGACCCCUAUUGGUGACCCCAACAUGGUAGUGGAGUGGCUGCAUGAUGGCAAACCUCUGGAAGCUGCUAAUAGGUUGCGCAUGGUCAAUGAAUUUGGCUACUGCAGUCUUGACUAUGAAGUUGCUUACGCCAGAGACAGCGGUGUCAUCACCUGCAGAGCCACCAAUAAGUUUGGAGUCGACCAGACCUCGGCCACUCUCGUUGUCAAAGAUGAGAAAGGCCUUGUUGAGGAAAGCCAGCUUCCUGAAGGCAGGAAGGGAGUGCACAGAAUGGAUGAGAUCGAGCGCAUUGCUCAUGAGGGAGGACCUGCAGGAGUCACCACUGAUGAAGAAAUAGAGAAGACCAAACCUGAGAUUGUCCUUCUUCCUGAACCAGCAAGCGUGCUGGAAGGCGACAUUGCACGAUUCCGCUGCAGAGUGACCGGCUAUCCAGCACCCAAGGUUAACUGGUACCUCAAUGGGCAACUCAUCCGCAAAAGCAAGAGAUACAGACUUCGUUAUGAUGGUAUUUACUAUCUGGAGAUCACUGAAAUCAAAUCCUAUGAUUCAGGAGAGGUCAAAGUGGUGGCUGACAACAUCCUGGGCUCAGCUGAGCACACCGUGAAACUGGAGAUUAAGCAGAAAGAGGACUUCAGAACUCAUCUGCGCCGAGCCCCAGAGGGUAAGGCAGCUGAGGCACCUGAACCUGGAAAAAUGCCCUUUGAGGUGGUGAAGGUUGAGAAGCCCACAGAGGACUCUCAGCUGAAAGAGGUAGUCAAGCUCAAGAAGGCCCAGAGAAUCGUCCAUGAGAAAGCAACGGAGGAGACAGAGGAGCUGAGGAGCAAGUUCAAGCGCAGGACAGAGGAAGGAUACUACGAGUCCAUCACUGCAGUGGAGCUCAAGUCACGUAAGAGGGACGACUCCUAUGAGGAUCUGCUGAAGAAAACAAAGGAGGAGCUGCUUCACCACGCCAAGGAGAAGGAGGAGGCUGAGAAGAAGAAGGAGGAAGAGCGCCGCAAAAUUACAGUUAAACCUUUACAACCAGAGCGGGUCAAGCUUUCCGCCAGCAUGGAAGCUCCAAAGAUCCUGGAGCGUAUUACCAGCCAGACAGUCGCACUGGGCGAAGAAGUCAAGUUCAGAGUCAGGGUCGUUGGUAGACCAGAUCCUGAGUGCCAGUGGUUCAAAAAUGGUGUUCAGCUAGAGAAGUCUGACCGUAUUUACUGGUACUGGCCUGAGGAUCACGUGUGUGAACUGGUGAUCAGAAAUGUCAGGGCCGAGGAUUCUGCCAGCAUCAUGGUUAAAGCUUUGAACACCGCUGGAGAAACUUCCAGCCACGCCUUCCUGCUGGUGCAAGCAAAGCAAGUCAUCACCUUCACACAGAAGCUGGAGGAUGUGAACGCCAAAGAGAAGGACACCAUGGCUACUUUUGAGUGUGAAACCAAUGAGCCUUUUGUCAAAGUCAAAUGGCUGAAGAAUAACAAGGAGAUCUUCUCUGGAGACAAAUACAGGAUGCACUCUGACAGAAAGGUCCACUUCCUGUCUGUGUUGGUGAUUGACAUGAGGGAUGAUGCAGAUUUCACCUGCAUGGUUGUAGAUGAGGACAUCAGUACAACUGCCAGGCUCAAUGUUGAAGGAGCCCCUCUGGAGAUCCUGAAGCAGCUGGAGAGCACUGAGGUUCCUGAGACAUACACUGGAGAGUUUGAGUGUCUUGUGACCCGUGAAGAUGCUGAGGGCAGCUGGUUCUUUGGAGAAAAGAUGCUCUCUCCCAGCAGUAAAUACAUCAUGUCCUCCCGCCGUGGAAGACACACCCUGUCCGUCAAAGAUGUCAAGAAGGAGGACCAGGGAAAAUAUACCUUCAAAGUGGGCGAGUUCAAGACAAGUGCUUCACUGAAGAUGAAAUUGCGUCCAGUGACCCUGGUGCAGCCUCUGACGGACCUGACCGUCUGCGAGGGCGACAUCGCUCAGCUGGAGGUCAAGUUCUCCCAGGAGAAUGUUGAAGGAACCUGGAUGAAGAACGGGGAGCCAGUCACCGCCUCCAACCGUGUGCACAUUGUUAUCGACAAACAGAUUCACAAACUUCUGAUUGAAGACACCACCAAGGACGACCUUGGAACCUACUCCUUUGUGGUUCCCGAUCAGGCAAUCACAACCUCUGCAAAGCUGGUCGUCCAGACAAUUGGCAUCUUGAUCCCUCUGAAGGACACUAGCGCCGUUGAGGGCACCAAGGCUGUUCUGGAGGCCAAGAUCUCCGCUCAGGAUAUCAGUUCAGUCAAAUGGUACCACGAUGACAAACUGCUGGCACCCAGCGAACGAGUCCAGAUGGUGGCCAAGGGAGCCAAGCAGCGUCUGGUCUUCAACAGGACCUAUGCCUCUGAUGAGGGACACUACAAACUGGUUGUUGGCAGAGCUGACACCAGCUGCAGAUUUUCUGUCCAGACUGUCCAGAUUGUGAAACCGAUUAAGGAUAAGCAGUGCUCUGAGUCUGAGAACGUCACGUUUGAUGUUGAGGUUUCUCACCCGGGCAUUGACGCCUUCUGGACCUUCAAGAGGCAGCCUAUCAAAGCAGGCCCCAAGUACAAGAUGGAGUCCCAGAACAAGCGCCACACCCUGACUGUCUUGAACUCAAUGAAGGAUGCGGAGGGCGAGUACAUGUUCGCGGCUGGUGAGAAGAUGUGCGCUGCUUCACUCACCGUGAAAGGUGGUGCUAUCAAGAAGCCCCUGCAUGACUUGGUGGUGGCUGACUCUCAGACCGCCAUACUGGAAUGUGAAGUAGCCAACCCGUCUGCUGAGGGCAGGUGGCUGAAAGACGGUAAUCCUGUUGACUUUAAUGAGAACACACUGAGCGAGGUGGACGGCGCCGUCAGACGCCUCGUUAUCCUCAUCACCAAAGCCACCGAUGUCGGAGAGUACACCUACCAGGUCGCCACAUCCAAGACCUCAGCCACCCUUAAAGUCGAGGCUGUGAAGAUCAAGAAGACCCUGAGGAACCUGACCGUAGUCCAGACUCAGGAAGCAGUUUUCAGCUUGGAGCUGACCCAUGAGGACGUGAAGGGAGCGCAGUGGAUCAAGAAUGGGGUUGAGAUCCAGCCCAGCAAUAAAUGCAAAAUCACUGUUGAAGGCACAAUCCACACCCUGAGGAUCAACAACUGCAACACACAGGACGAGUCUGUUUACUCUUUCAAAUUGGGAAAACUGUCUGCAAACGCCAGACUGAACGUUGAAACCCUUAAGAUCCUGAAGAAGCCAAAGGAUGUGACAUCACUGUUGGGUGCAACUGCUGUAUUUGAGGUGGGCAUCUCCGAGGACAACAUCCCUGUUAAAUGGAUGUUCAACAACACAGAGCUGAGGCAGGACGAGAACUACAGGAUGCUGUCCGAGAAGAAGACCCACAAACUAAUGGUCCACGACGUGGACAGCAGCAAAGAGGGAGAGUACACCGUUGUUGUGGGCCACCUGCAUUGCAGCGCUCACCUCUUCGUCGAGUCCCUGCGAGUCACCAAACCCCUGAAGAGCGUCCAGGUUGCAGAGACCCAGGUGGCCACGUUCGAGUGUGAAGUUUCUCACUUCAACGUGCCGUCCACCUGGCUGAAAGACGGCGUUGAGAUUGAGAUGAGCGAGAAGUUCAGGAUCGUGGUUCAGGGAAAACUGCACCAGCUGAAGAUCAUGAACACCAGCAGGGACGACUCGGCAGAGUACACCUUCAUCUGUGGGAACGACCGAGUCUCUGCUACGCUCACCGUUAACCCCAUCCUCAUCACAACAAUGCUGCAGGACCUGAACGCUCAGGAGAAAGACACCGUCACGUUUGAAGUGAACAUCAAUUACGAGGGAAUCACAUACAAGUGGCUGAAGAACGGCGUGGAGAUCCGGUCCACAGACAGAUGCCAGGCUCGCUGCAAACAGCUGACUCACACUCUGAGCCUCAGGAACGUUCACUUUGGAGACAGCGCAGAGUACACCUUCAUGGCUGGCUCCGCAGUCACUACAGCUAAACUCUAUGUUGAGGCCCGUGUGGUUGAAUUCACCAAACACCUGAAGGACCUGAAGAUCACAGAGAAGAAGAGAGCAACUUUUGAAUGUGAAGUUUCUGAACCGAACAUCCAGGUGAUGUGGAUGAAGGACGGUCAGGAGCUGGAGAUGUCCGACAGAUAUAAAAUGAGCUCGGAUAAAUUUGUGCACCGCCUGGUUCUGCCGUCAGUCCGCAUGUCUGAUGCCGGAGAAUACACCGCCGUGGCCGGAUCGAGCAUGUCUAAGGGCACCCUGACAGUUGAGGGACGGGACAUUAAAAUCUCAGAACCUGUUAGCAGGAACAUCACUGUUGUUGAGAAACAAAGAGCAACCUUCGAGUUUGAGGUGAAUGAGGAAGACGUGGAGGGUCACUGGCUGAGGAACGGGGUGGAGAUCCAGUUUUCUGUGGAGGAGAGGUUCAGCUCUGCCACUAUCAGGAAGCUGCACCGCCUUACCAUCUCUGAGACCUACAGGAGCGACGCCGGCGAGUACACCUUCAUGGCUGGCAGGAACAGGAGCACCAUGAACCUUCAUGUCAGACUGCCGGAGCCUCCUCAGAUCGUCCGCCAGAUGGAGCCCCAGACAGUGAUGUCAGGUAGAUCAGUUCGCUUCAACGUACAGGUGAGCGGCCUCCCUCAGCCUCAGGUGACCUGGUACAAAGACUCCCAGGCUCUGUCCACCAGCUACAAGUGCAAGUUCCUCCACGACGGAGAGGACCACGCACUGUUGCUACUCGAAGUCUUCCCCGAGGACGCUUCCAUCUACAGCUGCGAGGCUAAGAACGACUACGGAGAGGCGACAAGCUCCGCCUCUCUUAUUGUGGAAGUUCCUGAGGUGGUUGAAACCGUGACUCAGGUGUCUCCUCCAGUCCUCAUCACUCCCAUGCGGGACGUCCUGGUCAAAGAGGGACAACCUGCCCAGUUCCAAUGGACCGUUUCUGGGGAAGACCUGCAGAUUUCUUGGUUCUGUGGUGACAAAGAGAUCAGACAGACAGACAUCUUCAGGAUGUCUCAUUAUGGUGACACCUGCCAGUUGGACAUUUCCAGAGUUCUCCAUAACCACGAAGGAGAGUUCUCAUGUGUUGCCUCAAAUUCGGCAGGAAUGGUCACAUGUGCUGCGACUCUGAAUAUCGAUGUAACUGCCGAUGAGCAGGAACCUAUGGUUCGGGUCCAGGAGGAAAUUAAAGCCUUUUCUAGCUCAACCGUCACAGUGGAAGAAGAAACCCAGGAGUCAUACUACACUGGCCUAAAGUUUCCAGAUAAAACCAGAACACUUGAACUCAAGCCAGAGUCCAAACGCUAUUCCAGCACUUUGGAGAAGAAAAAAGAAAAACCAGUUUUCCUCAGCAAACUUUCUCCAGCAGCUGUGACUACUGGAGAAACUGCUACGUUUACCGUCAAAGUGUCUGGUUUCCCAAAGCCCACGGUUCAGUGGUUCCACAGUGGGCAGCUUAUAACAAGUUCGUCAGUGUACACAUUUGUGCACGAGCGUGAUGAGUAUAGCUUGAUCAUUAACAAUGUGCGAAGAGAGUUUGAAGGACCGUACUCUUGUACUGUCAGCAAUAGAUUUGGCCAGUCGACUUGCACUUCUUAUUUACAUGUUCAAGUAAAGGAGCCAGAAAAGGAGGAAAAAAUUGACAGCAGAAAGUUUGUACCAACUGGUAAAGCCCCAGAAUUUACUAAAACGAUUGAGUCUGUUCAGCUGUCUGAGGGAGGUCAAGCUUUCUUCAGGUACAUUGUGACCGGAGAUCCUCUUCCUGAGGUUCAGUGGCUCAAAGGCAGCUUACAUGUUCAGCCUAGUGGGUUCUGUAUCAUUGUGAGCAACCCAGAUGGAUCCGGCUUCAUUAAUAUUAAGAGUGUCAAACAAGAGAACAGAGGUGUCUACACCUGUAAGGCCUCCAACCAACACGGGGAAGCCUCUUGUACAGCUGAGCUGCUGGUUCUCACUGAAGUUCAGGAGGAGCAGACGAUAGUUAAGAAGACAAAAGGUUUGAAAAUAUCAAUGACCGAACAAACCACAGAGUCCAGAUUACAGCAGGAAAGAACUCUGUCUGAUCAGAUGAUUUAUACCAUUAGCACCGAAGACCGGCAGAUUUUUCCCAGUGAGGAGGUGGGAACCCUCAGAGAGCUCGAUAUCUCUGCUGCCACGCUUCAUCGAGAGCAGGUUACCCACCAGACUGCAGUACUGCAGUCUCAUGAAAUACAGGAGAGGGUGUCUGUGGCCCCCGCUCAUCCACCUCAGGCUUCAGCUGUUCCUAUGAAACAGCUUCACAUGGCAACUUUUUUAUCUUCAGUCCAGGAGAAACAAAAGAUCACUGAGCAGCACUCUGAAAGGAUUCUUAGCCCUGAGAUUGUGGAACUGGAGUUAGCCAAAGAGCAGCCAUCGAAGCUCAUGUCGGCCACAUCUGAAGAGGUCCUCCCACUCACCACAGUGAGAGCUGAGGCCUUGACAGACCGGGCUCCAGAGCAUGUGAAGACUUUGAAUGAACCCAGACAGCUUGUUAGCAGUCACCAAGUAGAUUCCACUCUUUUCAUUCUUGAUGAACCUUUAGGCUUUACCCACCGGCCAGAGGAAGAGAGGAGUUUCAAAGUCACAGAGGGGGUUAAGAUUUUAUACUCGGCUCAGUCUACAGGGCAACUGCCAAUCACAGAAAGACACUCUGAGCCUCUUCCGGCUUUAGAUGCAGCCACUAAACCGUUGAUUGAAAAAGAGCAAGCUAAGCCGGUGGUAGCACCACUUAAUGAAACUAGAGUUACUCUAUGCAAAGAGGAGGCUUUUGCAAUACACAGACCAGAGCAGCAGAGCAUCACACCACACAAAGACGUGGCCUGUAAGUCUGCGAUAAUGACUGAAGAGAAAUAUGAACUCCAGGGUGAACAGGCAGGACAGGUGCCAAGUAUAGCAUCAUCUGUGCGUCUGCAGCCUCAACAAGAGGGAGAAAGACUGUUGAAUCUGCAGGUUAUCAGUGAUCAGGAUGUUUUACAGUCUGAGGGACGGUUCAGCAGUGAAAAGCCCUCAGCAGAGCAGGCAGAAGCCAGGAAGAGUCCAACUUUGUUGCAUUCAGUGACUCAAGAAGACCAAAUAACUGCAGUUUGUGAGGCAACUUCAGAGUUCUCAACAAAAACUGAUACUAUUUCCAUCCAACCGAAAAAAGAGUUACCGCCAACAAAAUACCUCCAGUCAGUUCAUUCUUUAUCCGUUUUACCAAAGGAGGGAAUAUUUACCAUCACUAAACCUGACCAGCAGAUGGCAACACAGAAACAGGAAAAGGCUAGAAGGCAUGCAGCUACCUCAGAGGAGAGAAGGGAACUCACUGCUAAUUACCACCAGGAUCUCGAUGUGUCAGUGACCGGGGUUCAGUCACAGCUUCGAACUGAGCCUAGGCCUUCCAGCAUCCUCACAGUCUCCUCCCAACCAAUGCAGCUGCCGAAAGAGAUGCCUUUCAGUACCGAAGUCAAACAGCAGCGAGCCCUAGUCCAGAAAGAGGACUACUGGAAUAUCAUGCAUUCUCUGAACGUCACAGACACCCAGAGUUUGGAGGAGGGCCACACCAGUAGCCUUACAACUGAUGAGAAAUUCAAACCAGAGAUGAAAAUUGAGCCUAAGAUACCCAAAAAACCUGUUUUUAUAGAAGAGAAGGCAGUCGCCACAGAAAGCUGUACAAUCUUAGAAGCUGCUGAGCAGGACUUUGCAGUCCAGAUCCAGGAGGGCCAGUCAGUCAGACAGUCUGUGUUGCUCGAAGAAAAACAGGUCAUAACGGGAGAGCAGUCAAGUGAGAUACAUAAAUCUGAGGGCUCAACUGUCAGCGUCAUGACACAGCCUAAACAAGUUCUGUUUGUUCACGAGUCUCAGGACUCUCUGACUCUACCUAAAGAACUCAACUUUGUCAUCCAGAUUCCCAAACAAUCAAGUUUAAAUAUACGACGUCAGCUCAGAGACUCUCUUCAGUCUGCUGUGGCCAGCGAGCAGCCAGUGUUACUGGCUGAUGUGGUAAAGGGUUUAGAGGCAGUGGAGGUACAGGAGGUGAAGGUUCAAAGAGAGCCCAAACGGCCCACAUCUACAUACCUGAUCACAACACCAAGUGCCCCCUUGGAGAUCACACUGUCUUUUGAAGGUAAAUACCCUCAGACAGCUGACCUCAGGUCUGAACUCCAGGUAGCUCUUCAUACUAUGGUAUUCCAGGAGCAGCAAAGUCUUACCUCAGAGCAGCCAGGCACCAUGCAGAUUGACAGGCCUCAGAAAGCACUAGUCAGAUCAGCGCCGUCCAAAGAGGUGUUGUCAUCUGUGGUGGACACUUUGAUAGUGGCAGAGAGUGCAGUUGGGUUUCCUCAUGCUGUGUCUCAGUCUGCUGCUAUUAAAACUGAAGCUAGCGCUUCCUUCCAAAGCGCGACAGUUCAGAGUCAGUCUGAGAUUCAUGAGGCUCGGCAGGUAAGCAAGAAGACAGUCAGGUCAGAGAGGGAUUCCACCACUGCUGAGGUGACCGCCACAGUGCCUGUGGGUCAGGUUCUGGUUGAACAACGUGAGCACAUUUUUGUCCACAGAGAAACCAGAGAGGAAUAUCUUUCAGAGGCAAUCAUGAUCAGUGAGUCCUCUGACAGUCUGGUAGAUUACCCUGUCGUCAUCGAUUCUCUGGAAGACAUUUGCGUUGAGACAAAUGGCAAGGCCAUUUUCACCGCUACCAUAAAGUAUGUCACCAAAGUUAACUGGUUUUUCAACGGCCAAUUGGUGAAAUCUGGCAAAGAGUUCAAGUGUUCUAAAGACCACGACACAUACACACUCGUAAUCGACAAAGUUGACAAGGAGAAGCAUCAAGGAGAAUAUGUCUGUGAGGCUGAGAAUGAAGCCGGCAGGACUUCAACAUCUUCAAGACUCACUGUGGUCUCAAGAGUGAAACCUGUGUUCAGGCACAGAAUUGUCCCCAUGGAGAUCAACAUUGGCAGCCCUGCCAAGUUUGAAUGUGAAACUGAGGACGCUCAAAAUGUGAGCUUCAAGUGGUUCAAAGAUGGACACCCCAUCAAAGAGGGUGAUAAGUACAGGAUUAUCAGUCGCUUCUGCACUUCCUCUCUGGAGAUUCUGAGCCCACACAAGGAGGAUGGUGGUGAAUACACCUGCAAGGCGUCCAAUCGACAUGGCAGUGAUGAAUGCUCUGCCUCUCUCAGCGUGACAGAGAAAUCCCCCCCUGCCUUUAUAACUAAACCUGACCCUCAGACUGUGUUUGUUGGAAAGAGGGCAGUGAUACAGUGUGUAAUAUCAGGAUCUGCUCCACUGAAUGUUGUCUGGUUCAAAGACAACCAGGCCUUACCCCAUGUGCCGACACACUACCAAACGUCUUGUGACAGAAAUAAGCACACUCUUGAGAUAACCAAACUUGAGCCAGCUGACAGGGGGCAGUAUGUGUGCAAGGUGUCGAAUAAUGUUGGGAUGGCUGAGUGCAGCACGGAGCUGCAUGUUAUUGAUAAGCCCAACUUUGUAAAGCCCCUGGGUCCACUUGCUGCUGUGCUUGGAGGUCCUCUGCACCUGGAGUGCCAGGUGGAUGAGGACACUGGAGUCACUGUCACCUGGACCAGAGAUGGUAGAAAAGUCCAUCAGUCUCCAGACUGUAAACUGUCUUUUGAGGAUAAGACAGUCACUCUUGAUAUCCUAAAGACCACAAUGAAAGAUUGUGGAAAUUAUGUGUGUACGGUGACAAAUGAAGCUGGGAGUGCAACUUGCUCCACCUCGGUGAAGGUACAAGAGCCACCAGUCUUUGUAAAGAGGCUGGAGGCCACCACAGUCUGGAAGCAAGGCAGCACUGCUAGGCUGCAGUGCACCGUCAAAGGAUCCCCUGAACUUCACACCACCUGGUUCUUUAACAACGAUGAGUUGUCCGCUGGAGGCAGAUAUGACAUUAGUAUGAAGGAUGGUGUCGCAACUCUUGAGAUAAGGGAUGUCAUGUUGAGUGACACUGGGAACUUCACCUGUGAGGUUCUCAAUGAGUCUGGCUGUGAAAGCUGCAGCACUAAAGUUACAGUAAAAGAACCUCCAUCUUUCAGAAAGGAGUUAGUGCCUUUAGAGGCUGUCAGAGGAUCUGUAGCUGUGUUGGAGUGUGAGAUUGCGGGCUCUGCACCGUUCGAGGUGGCUUGGAAAAAGAAUAAGAAACGUCUAUCAGCAGAUAAGAAGUACAGAAUAGUGUCACAGGGAGCCCUGGCCUCUCUGGAGAUCCACUCAUUUGAGAGUGCUGAUGCUGGUGAAUAUGAAUGUGUCGUAUCAAAUGAGGUCGGGUCAGUAACCUCAACAUCAGUGACUAAACAGAGAGAGCCACCUAUGUUCUCAAAGAGGAUCGAGAGUGCUACAGCAGUGUUGGGAAAUACAGUGAAGCUACAGGGAACCCUUAAAGGCUCAGCUCCCAUCACUGUUAAAUGGAUGAAAGAUUCUGAGCUGCUGAGAGAUGAUGAUCCAAAUGUCAAAAUGACAUUUGAGAACAAUGUCACCAGCAUUUCCUUCUCCUCUGUUGAGAUAAAACACGGCGGCAAGUACACUUGCCUUGCCGAAAACGAGGCGGGACAGCAGAAAUGUGAAGCUGUCCUAACAAUUCAAGAACCUGCUAGGAUCAUAGACAAAGCAGCAUCCAUCAGUGUGACUGCAGGAGAAUCAGCCACGUUGGAAUGCACGAUUUCUGGAAGCCCAGAGCUCAAAGUGAAGUGGUUCAAAGAUGGGAAGGAGAUGAUCAGUGGCCGUAAAUAUAAGAUGACUGUGAAGGAGACCACUGCUAUCUUAAAGAUCCUUUCAGCAGAUAAAGGAGACACCUCAGAGUACACAAUGGAGGUGUCCAAUAAAGUCGGAAAAGACCAGUGUACCUGCUCAGUCACUGUGAUAGAUCGCGCAGUUCCACCAUCCUUUACCAGAUCUUUGAAGAAAGUGGACGGGAGUAUUGGUAGUGAUGUUACCUUGGAAUGCAGAGUUGCCGGAUCUCAGCCAAUGGUUAUUACUUGGUACAAAGACGAUAAAGAAAUCCACAGCGAUGACAAACAUAAAGUUGAAUUCAGUGAAUUUAAAGCCAUUGUGACCAUAACCAGCCUGGAACAAAGUGAUGGUGGCGUUUAUAAAUGCCGGGCCUCGAAUGAUGCUGGAGUAAAAGAAACCAGUGGUACUUUGUCCAUUAAAGAACCUCCAGUCUUCACGAUGAAACCUGCAUCCCAGGAUGCUGCACCCGGAUCAAAUGUUGUGAUAAAAGCAGUCUUUACAGGAUCGGCUCCUCUGGUUGUUAAAUGGUUCAGAGAGGAGAAAGAGAUUUUCACUGGGGGAAAGUGUUUCAUAAAGAAAGACUCCUCUUCAAGCUCUUUGGAGCUUCACUCAGUGAAAUCCAGUGACUCUGCUAAAUACACAUGCCAAGUAUCCAAUGAUGCUGGGAAGGUGGACUGCACUGCAGCCCUCUUUGUGAAAGAGGCCCCAACAUUUACAAUGAAGCUUGAGCCCUCACAGCUGCUGAAAUCUGGACUACCUCUGAAGUUGUCCUGCAAAGUGCAGGGCACUCCUGUUAUUACCAUCAGAUGGUUUAAGAAUGGCUCAGAAAUCGUUCCAGACCACAGACACACAAUGUCCUUUGACAGCUCAAUAGCAACCCUGGAUGUAGAGAACUGCUCUGUAGAGGACAGUGGAGAUUAUGUCUGUAUGGCGUCCAGUGAAGCCGGCAAAGACCAGUGCAGCAGCACAGUAACAGUGAAAGAGCCUCCAGUGUUUGUGAGGCCUUUUGAAUCAGCUGAGCUUGUAAAGGGGGGCGACAUUUUCCUGGAAGGAACCAUUUCAGGUUCCCCUCCAUAUGAAAUAAGUUGCUUCAUCAAUGAAAAGCUGAUCAGAAAUGACAAAAGGCAUAAGAUCAGUGUUGAAAACGACAUCGUCACUCUUCAGAUUUCAAACUGUGAGCCUGGAGACGCUGGCACGUACCAGUGCACUGUUGCAAACGCUGUCGGGGAGACAUCUUGUUCUUGCCUGGUUUCAAUGAAAGAACCACCAUCAUUUAUUGAGAAACUAGAGGAUAUGUCCUGCACUGUGGGCUCUGAGAUCUCUAUGAAGUGUAUGUUGUCUGGAGCACUUCCCAUGACUGUCUACUGGAUAAAGGAUGAUCAUGAGCUCACAGAAGACGAGCAUAUUAAGAUGUCCUUUGACAACAAAAGUGCCGAGUUGAAUUUGAGAAAUGCUCAGUCAUCCCAUGGCGGGAAAUAUAUCUGUAAGGCACAGAACAAAGCUGGGACUCAGAGAUGUGCCGCUGUACUCAUAGUAACAGAGCCAGCAAGUAUUUCAGAUCAUGCAAAGUCCAUCAGUGUAACGCAGGGUGACCCAGCCAGACUUGAAUGCAGAUUCUCAGGCACCAAACCGCUCAAGUCCAGAUGGAUGAAGGCAGGAAAGGAGCUGACCUCAGGACGGAGAUACAAAAUAAAAAGCACAAACACCAGCUCUGUGCUCACGAUAGUUAAAACAGAGCAAAGUGAUAGCGGUGAAUACACCUUUGAGGUUUCAAACAAAGCUGGGUGUGGUUCUUGUGAGGCAGCUGUUACUGUCUUAGAUCAGAUUAUUAAACCAUCUUUUACAAGAAAACUGAAGCAGACGGAAGGCAUCAAAGGAUCGUUCGCUCAUCUGGAGUGUCUUGUAUCCGGCUCCCUGCCAAUGAUUAUACAGUGGUACAAAGAUGAGAAAGAGAUCCAGACUGAUGAGAAACACAAAAGCACAUUCUUUGAGAAUGUUGCUUUCCUGGAAAUCAGUCGUCUUGACAGUAAAGACAGCGGCAGCUAUACCUGCAUGGCUAAAAACAAGGCGGGAUCCACCCAGUGCUCUGGAAUGUUGAUUGUUAAAGAACCACCAUGCAUCCUUGAAAAGCCUGAAUCCAUGAAUGUUUUGCCCGGGUCAAAGGUUAAGUUUAAUGUUCGUGUCUCUGGCACGCCGCCACUGAUCACCAAAUGGUUUAAAAACAAGAAAGAGAUUUUAUCCACUGCCGACUGUAAUGUGAUCAAAGACAACACCUCAAGCUCACUGGAACUCUUCUUUGCCAAAACCUCAGAUUCUGGAGAAUAUGUCUGUGAAAUACAGAAUGAUGUUGGCUCCACGUCGUGCCAGACGACACUCUUUGUCAAAGAACCCCCGUUUUUCAUUGAAAAACCUGAAGGUGUAUCAUUAGUAAGAGUGGGAGAUAGUAAGGUGUUUGAGUGCACAGUUGCUGGUACUCCAGAGAUCUCUGUGCGUUGGUUCAGAGACGGAGCUGAGAUUCACCAAAGUUUCAAACACAAGAUGUUGUUUUUGAACUCUGUCGCCACCUUAGAGAUUUGUCAAGUUAGUGAAAAUGACAGUGGAAAAUACAUCUGCGAAGCCUGCAACGAAGCAGGCACAGAGAGUUGCACUGUUGAGAUCGAAGUGAAAGAGCCACCUUUGUUUGCUGAAGAGCUGAUGUCUGUUGAAGUUGUUAAAGGUUCCACUGCAGCAUUUGCUUGCAAAGUCGUAGGAACUGCCCCAUUUAAGGUCACAUGGUUCAAAGAUAACAAGCCAAUCAAAUCCAGCCAAAAGUACAUCGUUGAUAGCGAAAAUGUGAGUUUGAAGAUCCAGGACUGUAAAGUGGAAGAUGUUGGUAGUUAUCAGUGCGUCAUAGCCAAUGAGGCUGGAAGUUGUACUGGCUUUGCAGCUCUGUCGUUGAAAGUCCCUCCAACAUUUGUCAAGAAGAUAGAAAAUGUCUCCACUCUUUUGGGAGACGUUGCUGUCUUUCGCUGCACAGUGGAAGGGUCUCUACCUCUCUCUGUACAAUGGCAAAAAGACGAGAACUGGAUCCCAGAGGAUCCAAAGAUUGAGAAAACGUACAAGAACAAAGAGGCUACUCUCAGGAUUCCUGCCUGUGAAGCGACUCAUGGCGGGAAAUACACCUGCCAGGUCGUAAAUGAGGCCGGGCAGGACAAAUGCUUUGCCACCCUUGUAGUGCAAGAACCACCUACGAUCCAAGAGAAACCAGAAGUAGUCAAAGUGACUUGUGGAGAUCCGGUUAGUCUUGAGUGCAGGGUAGCUGGAACUCCUCAGAUCAGGGUAAAAUGGACUAAAGAUGGCAAAGAGCUCCAGUCGAGCAGAAAACAUCGUCUAUGCUACCAGAACAACGUCAGCACUCUUAACAUACAGUCCUCUCAGCUGGCUGACGGGGGAGAGUACCUGUUUGAAGCCACAAACUCUGUGGGGACUUGCAGCUGUAAAAUCACAUUGGUUAUUUUAGAGGAAGUAAUUCCUCCGACGUUCAUUAGGAAGUUAACAAACAUUCAAGCAAUCAUGGGUUCAGUGGUUACCAUGGAGUGCAAAGUGGCCGGUUCUCUUCCAGUAUCGGUCGAAUGGAGCAAAGGAAAAGAAAAGAUCACCAAGAGCUCCAAAUAUGAACUUCUGCAUGAUGAAAAUACUGUUUCACUGCAGUUCAAACUGAGUGAGAGUUAUGAUACAGGAGAAUAUUCCUGUAAAGUUACCAACACAGCAGGCAGCUGUAUGUGCAGUGGAGUUCUCACAGCUAAAGUGCCACCAAGAUUCGUAGCUGAGCCUGUGUCUCAGGCUGUUAUUCCAAAGUCUACUGUACUCUUCAGAAGCGUCUUUGAAGGAACAUCUCCAUUUAUAGUGAAAUGGUUCAAGGAUGACAACGAACUCAUCACAGGACCAUCAUGUUCGAUUAGACGAGAGGAAUAUUCUUCCUCUGUAGAGCUCUGCUCAGUCGGGACUUUGCAAAGUGGAAUUUAUUCUUGCCAAGUUAGCAACAAAGCAGGCACGGUGAAAAGUGCAGCAGAGUUGUUGGUGAAAGAGCCCCCUCAGUUUGUCCUGAAACUUCCUCCCACUACCUUUGUGAAGCAGUGUGAGGCACUCCGUCUUGAAUGCAAGGCCACCAGCUCACACUCCCUGACUAUGUGCUGGUACAAAAAUGACCAAAAGCUAACGGACGGAGACAACUAUAAGAUCAUGUUUGUUGACUCAACUGCGUACCUCCAGCUGCACACCACAAGGUUUGAGGAUAACGGAGUCUACACCUGUGAGGCUCAUAAUGAUGCUGGCAGUGUGAGCUGCAGCACCAUUCUCACAGUUCAAGAGGCCCCAUCCUUUAUUAAAACACCAAGUCCGAUAGAGGGCAUAAAAGGAAAAGAUGCCAGUCUACACUGUGAGGUGUACGGCACUCCACCUUUCCAGGUGAACUGGUACAAAGACAAAAGGCCACUAAAGGAGAGCAGAAAGUGUAAGAUGGUCAGUGAGGGCAGAUCUGCCACACUUCACAUCAUGAAAAUGGACCAAGAAGAUGCUGGUCUUUAUGAGUGCAAAGUGUCUAACAAUGUAGGAACUGAAAGCUGCCGCACUACCAUUAGCCUAAAAGAACAACCAGCAUUUGUCAAGAAACUGGUGGACCAGUCAGUUACCGCCGGUCAGCAGCUAACACUGACAGCUACAGUAAGAGGCUCCGAGCCUUUGACUGUGUCCUGGGUUCAGGACAAAGAUCACAUUCUCAGAGAUGGUGACAACAGGAAGAUCACAUUUGAGAAUAAUGUGGUCACCCUUGUAGUGCCUAAAGCUGACUCAACUACAGCUGGUAAAUACACCUGCCAGCUGAGGAAUGACUCUGGAGUUGUGGAGUCUGUCUCCCAAGUGACAGUUCUAGAACCUGCUGCUGUUGUGGAUAGCCCCGAGUCCUUGAACGUCAAGUCAGGAGACAAUACAGCUAUUGAAGUCACAGUAUCUGGAACACCAGAUCUGAAAAUUAAGUGGUUCAAGGAUAACGAAGCAAUCUCUUCUGGUGCCAAGUAUCAGCUGUCCUUCACAAAGAAGGUUGCAACCCUGAAGAUUCGGUCUGCUGAAAAAGCAGACGCUGGAGAAUACAAACUACAGGUUACAAACCAUGUUGGUACAGCCUCUUGCAAAACUAAGCUCUCUGUCUCAGAUAAAUUGAUUCCACCGAGCUUCAUAAGGAAGCUGAGAGACACCCACCUUGUUGUGGGUAAACCUGGUGAGAUGGAGUGUAAGGUUGCUGGCUCUGCCCCUUUAACAACUUCCUGGUUCCACAAAGGCCAGGAGAUCCAGAGUGGGCCAAACUAUGACAUCAGCUGCACUGAUAAUAGCUGCAGACUGAGAGUCCCAACAGUCAAGAUGUCCGAUUCUGGCAAAUACACAUGUAAAGCUGUAAACGCUGCAGGAGCCAGUGAAACGAGUGCUUCCAUGAAUGUGACAGAACCUCCAUCUUUUGUGGAAACACCUGAAGCGAAGGAAAUAGUGCCUGGCCAAAACGUGUCUUUCUCAGCUAAAGUGAAAGGCAGUGCCCCCCUGAAGGUCAAAUGGUUUAGGGGAGCAAAGGAAAUGCAGCAUGGAAGAGGCUGCGAGAUCGCCCUGAAGAACGACGUCGCCACUUUGGUGCUUCACAGAGUGGACAGGUCCCAUGCAGGAGAGUACACCUGCCAGAUCAUUAACGAUGCAGGGAAGGAAAGCUGCCCAGUUAACCUGUUUGUGAAAGAACCAGUCCACUUUGUGAAGAAGCUGAAGGACAUUUCCUCUGAAAAGGGCAAACCUUUGAGGCUUGAAGUCACAUUCGCUGGAACCCCCAGAAUAAAUGUGACGUGGAAGAAGGAUGGUAAAUUCAUCUGGGCCUCAUAUCAGUACAAUGUGAUCACCACAGACAACUCCUGCAUCCUGGAGGUUCUUUACUCCGACAGGAUGGAGGCAGCCGGUAGAUACUCUUGCGAAGUAGACAACGGAGUCGGAAGUGACAGAUGUGAAGCACAAGUGUCACUUCUAGAGCGACCAUACUUUGUUGAAAUGAUGGAGCCAGUGGAGGUAAUUCUGGGCGAUCCACUUACCCUGAAAUGCUGUAUUGGGGGAACUCCUGACAUCUCCGUAGCCUGGUUUAAAGGUGACGGAAAGCUGCGCAAGUCCAAUACUUGCUUGAUGGACUUCGUAAAGGGUGUUGCCACGUUGAAACUGACCAAAACAACCAAGUUCGAUCAGGGCGAAUAUAUCUGCAAGGCAGAGAACCGGAUUGGUUCAGCCUCUGCCAGCUGUAAUGUGGUGGUGAAAGAACCCGUGCGCUUUAUCCAGAAGCUGGAGGACACCACUUUCAUAGUAGGUCAGCCACUGAAACUCGUCUGCACGUACACCGGAACCCAGAGGGUCUACGUCACGUGGAAAAAGGAUGGCAAGCUGAUUUGGGCCUCUUAUCAGUACACUGUUAGAACAACUGACUCAACCUGCAUUCUGGACGUCCUCAACAGUGACAGGCCUGAGGCAGCUGGAACAUACACUUGCGAAAUUUCCAACGGAGCUGGAACCGACGUCUGCCAUGCUUGUGUCAGGCUAGAACCGGCCCGCUUUGUGAAAAAGCUGGAGGACACUUAUUUCAGACUCCGUGAACCUUUGAGCCUCACAUGUACGUACAGUGGAAGCCAGAGAAUCAACGUGACCUGGAAGAAGGACGGCAAAUUCAUCUGGGCAUCAUAUAAGUACAAUGUCAAGACCACCAAAGACACCUGCACCUUGGAAGUCCUCAACAGUGACAGAGAAGAGGCCGUUGGAAAAUACACAUGUGAAAUUUCAAAUGCUGAAGGAACCGAUAUCUGCCACGCUAAUGUCAAACUAGAACCAGUGAGCUUUGUGAGAAAACUGACAAACACCUACUACAAAAUUGGCCAUCCUUUGACAUUGGAGUGCACAUUCACUGGCAGCCAGAGGAUUUAUGUUAGCUGGAUGAAGGAUGGCAAGCUAAUCUGGGCGUCGUACCAAUACAACGUUAAAACUACCAACUUCUCCAGCACCCUGGAAGUCCUCAACAGUGACCGCCGGGAAGCUGCCGGGAAAUACUCAUGCGAGAUUUCCAAUUCAGAGGGCACAGAUAUCUGCCAUGCUAUGGUUAAGAUAGAACCUGUGCGCUUCAUUUACGAGCUGAAAGACACCACUUUCAGACUCGGCCAGCCCCUGUCGCUGUACUGCGCAUACAGUGCCAGCCCCAGGGUCUAUGUGAGCUGGAGAAAGGAUGGCAAACCAAUCUGGGCCUCCUACAAGUACAACGUCAAGACCACAGAUAACGCCUGUGUCUUGGAGGUCCUCAACAGUGACCGGCUAGAAGCAGCAGGGAGAUACUCCUGUGAAAUUUCUAACUCUGAGAACACCGCAAUCUGCUAUGCACAGGUCACACUAGAACCUGUGCGCUUUGUAAGAAAGCUGGAGGACAUGACCUUUAGGGUUGGCCAGCCUCUGAAGCUCCAGGUCACCUACACGGGCAGCCAGCUCAUAUACGUGAGCUGGACAAAAGAUGGCAAACCCAUCUGGGCUUCCUACAAGUACAACGUCAAGAAAACUGACAACUCCUGUGUCUUGGAGAUUCUCAACAGUGACAGAGAGGAGGCUGCUGGGAGAUAUUCCUGUGAAAUAUCCAAUGCCAGUAGCUCCGCUAUCUGCCACGCUCAUGUCACAUUAGAACCGGUGCGCUUUGUGAAAAAGCUCGAGGACACGUCAUACUGUCUGGACGAUCCACUGAGUCUGACAUGCACGUACACCGGCAGUCAGCAAGUGCACGUGACCUGGAAGAAGGACGGCAAGCCGAUCUCUGCUUCGAACAAAUACCACUUCAAGACCACCGAUUCCUUGUGUGCUCUGGAAGUCCUAAACAGACAAGAUGCAGCUGGGCUCUAUUGUUGUCAAGUUUCUAACGCAGGAGGUUCUGCCAUCUGUGAUGCCUAUGUCAUUAAUAAAACCACUAAGAAAGAGCCUGCUCGCUUCAUCAGAAAGCUGGAAAACAUGACGUUCAGGGUCGGCACACCGCUGACACUUAGAGUCGCGUUCACUGGAAGCCAGAGAAUGUAUGUGAGCUGGAAGAAAGAUGGGAGACCAAUCUGGGCCUCUUACAAGUACAAUGUCAAGACCACAGACUGCAGCUGCGUGCUGGACGUCCUCAACAGUGACCGUGAAGAAGCUCGGGGGAGAUACACUUGCGAAAUUUCCAACGCUGAAGGCUCUGAUAUCUGCCAUGCUCAUAUCAAGCUAGAACCUGUGCGAUUUGUCAAGAAACUGGAGGAUGUCUCCCAUGAGCUGGGUAAACCUCUGAGGCUGGAGUGCACUUACACCGGCAGCCAGAGGGUCUACGUCACAUGGAAGAAAGACGAUCAGCAGAUCUGGGCUUCUUACGAGUACAACGUCAAAACCACCAAUUCCUCCUGUGUCCUGGAGGUCCUCAACAGUGACAGAGCCACUGCGGCGGGAAAAUACACUUGCGAAAUUUCCAAUGCUGAAGGAACUGACGUCUGUCAUGCUCAUGUUAAACUAGAGCACAAAGUCCCUCCAACCUUCACCAAGAAGCCCUCUGAGUCCAUGAUGGACUCUGCGGGUAAGACAGUGAAGAUGGAAGCUCGGGUGUCUGGCUCUCAGCCACUGAGCGUCACCUGGUACAAGGGCAACAGUGAAAUCUACAGCUCUGGCAAAUAUGAUGUCAGCUUUAAGAACAACAUGGCCGUGCUGUCUGUCAGAGAUUGUACCAGCUCUGAUGGUGGUGAAUACACCUGCACAGCUUCCAAUGAAGCUGGCAAAACUUCAUGUCACGUUUCUCUCAACAUCUCAGCUGAAACUGGCCAGGCUCCAAAGUUCGACGUCCCUCUGGAGCCAGUGACAGUGAGCGAGGGCGAGAAGCUGAGCCUCAAAUGCCAUGUCACUGGCCCUACUCCACUGACCAUUCAGUGGAUGAAGGACAGGAGGGAGCUGAAGUCCAGUGCAAACAUCAGAAUCACGUUUGUUGGUGGGACAGCCUCUCUGGAGGUCAGUGCGGCCUCAAAGAGCGAUGCAGGAGAUUACCUCUGCAAGGCCAGCAACCCUAACGGCAGUGACUUCUGCAAGUCCAAGGUCACUGUGAGAGAUAAAGGAGCUAAGCCUGCCCCUGCCGAGCCCGCCGCCCCAGCUGCAGCUGCUCCGGUCAAAAGGCUCGACAACCUGUUCUUCAUCGAGGAACCCAAAAACGUUUCUGUAACAGAGAAGGGCACUGCAACCUUCAUCGCCAAGAUUGGAGGUGACCCGAUCCCCAGCGUGAAGUGGAUGAAGGGCAAAUGGAGGCAGAUGACCCCUGGUGGUCGUAUCUCCAUCGAGCAUAAGGGUCAAGACGCCAAGAUGGAGAUCAGAGAGGUGACCAAGUCCGACUCCGGUGUCUACAGGUGCGUCGCCAGCAACAAACACGGAGAGAUCGAGUGCAGCGCUGAGAUCGAGGUCACCAAGAAGGAGGAAGUGGAAGGAUUCGGAGACAUGAGGACACGGCUGAAGAAGACUCCCUCCAAGCAGAAGAGUCCCAAGAGACCUGAAGACAUUGAUAUUGUGGAGCUGCUCAGAGGUCACGACCCCAAAGACUACGAAAGGAUCCUGCGGGAGCACAACAUCCAUGACUACCGCGCCAUCCUGCAGGCUGUCGAGUUCCUGAAGAAGGAGAAGGAGAUGGAGACUGGAAAAGUGGAGUUGGAGCGUGGCGGCCGGGUGGACGAGGAGGACAUGGCCCGACUCAUCCAGCAGCUGGAGGGACGCGUCGGCACAGAGCCCGUCUCUGUGAUGGAGGACAUCACUGACCAGACGACAAAUGAGAACCAGAACGUCACCUUCGAGUGCCAGAUCCGCAUCAACUACCCGGAGAUCACCGUCAACUGGUACAAAGGCACGCAGAAACUGGACAGCAGCGACAAGUACGAAAUCAGCAGCGUGGGCGACCACCAUUAUCUGAGAGUCAAGAACUGCCAGCUCAAAGAUCAGGGCAACUACCGCGUGGUGUGUGGUCCUCACAUCUCCAACGCCAAGCUCACCGUCACAGGCGCUGGUGUCAGUCCAGCUGAACAAAUUCAGUUCACUAAAUGCAUCAGAAGCAUCGAGGUCAAUGAACGCCACUGCGCCACCUUCGAGUGCGAGGUGUCCUUUGACAACGCCACCGUCACGUGGUACAAAGACUCGUGGGAGCUCAGAGAGAGCCCAAAAUAUAACUUCAGGAACGACGGUCGACGCCACUUUAUGACCAUCCGCAACGUUACGGCAGAGGACGAAGGCGUUUACUCUGUGAUCGCUCGUCUGGAGCCGAUGGGAGAAGCUCGAAGCACCGCUGAGCUUUACCUGUCGGGCAAAGAGAUUGGGUUAGGAAGGGUUCCUCAGGACGUUCCCGACUCAUCCGUUCAUGUCCCAGAAGCUGCUUCGAUGUUUGUCCAAGAUUCUUCUGAAUUUUAUCACUAUGAAGAGCGAACAGAAGUGAAAGCUUUCAAAAGUGUCACCGUUGAAGAAGAGACGGUUUCUGUUCGGUACUCGUCCGUCACAGAAGAGAGAAAACCUGUUGGAGAAGUAAUUGAGAGGACUCAGGUGGAGAUGAGAGAAGAAGUCCCUGACGUUGCUGACAUGUACAGGAGAGCAGAGGAGAAACCCUGGGAGCAUGGGAUGCCGCCUACGGCUGCAGACAAAGACCUUGAAGGAAAGAAGCCGCACGCCGAGGUAGCCUUUGCCGUUCCGGGCGCUCAGCGAGAGGGAGCUCCAGGACAAGAAGUUUACAUCAAACCAGAACCUGUAGAAGAGAAAGUGACCGUUGCCAGAAAGGUCACUCCUGAACCUUAUCAGCCUCCACCUGAGCCAAAAAUGGUUCCUCCAGAGCCUAAAGUGGCACCUCAGAAACCGGCGGCACCUGAGCCCAAAGUGCCCAAAAUGAAGCCUGAACCUGAAGCGCCGAAAGUUGAACCUGCCAAGAAAGCACCAGAAGCUCCUAAGGCGAGAGUGCCAGCUGUAGCCAAACCAGAAGAAGUGGUAGUUCAGCCAGUCGCUUCCAAAGUUACUCCACCAAAGACUGAAGCACCAGAACGACCAACAUUUGAAGAACCUGUGGUUCAGCCAACUGCAGUCAAGGUUCCCCCGUCAGCACCAGAACGUCUCCCAGCUAAAGUGCAAGCUGUACCCCGACCAGAGGAACCUGUAGUUCAACCACCUGCACCAAAGGUUGCUCCACCCAAGGCUGAAGCUGUUCCAACUAAAGUUGUCUCAGAACCGAAGACACCUGAACCUCCAAGGAAACCACAUCUGCUGGCUGAUAAACCUGAGCCAGAGCCACCGAGAUUGGUCUCUGAAACAAAACCAGAAGAACCAAAGAAGGUUCUGGAAGAAACAAAGAGGGUUGCUGAGGUGCAAAAGAAGGUUCCAGAAACACCAGAGAGGGUGCUAGAAGAACCCAAGAAAGUAGAAGAAACACAGUGGGUUCCUGAAGCACCAAAGAAGGUUCCAGAAGAGCCAAAAAAGGUUGCGGAAGAAAGAAAGAGGGUUCCUGAAGCGCCAAAGAUGGUUCCAGAAGAACCAAAGAAGAUUCCUGAAGCCCCAAAGAAGGUUCAAGAAGAACCAAAAAAGGUUGUCGAAGAAAGAAAGAGGGUUCCUGAAGCCCCAAAGAAGGUUCCAGAAGAACCUAAGAAGACUCCUGAGGCCCCAAAGAAGGUUCAAGAAGAACCAAAAAAGGUUGUCGAAGAAAGAAAGAGGGUUCCUGAAGCCCCAAAGAAGGUUCCAGAAGAACCUAAGAAGGUUCCUGAAGCACCAAAGAAGGUCCCAGAAGAACCAAAGAAGGCUCCACCAGCCCGUAAAGUGGUUAUUGAACCACCAGUAGAGCCGGAGAAAACUCCAGAGGCUCCAAAAUUAGUAACAGAGGAACCAGUGCCACAUCGCCGAGCCCCAUCACCACCACAAGAUUUGGAAGCACCAAAGCAAAUUCCUCAGGCUAAAAAGCCUCAGCAACCAGUGUCUCCUCCAGAGGAGAGGAAACCAUCUGCACCAGCACCAAAGCCUUCACCUCCUGCUCCUCCUGCGCCUCCUGCUCCUGCAGCCAGAGUUGCUCCCCCUGAAGUAUCUCCCCCAGAGGAGAAGAAACCAUCUGCACCCGUACCAAAGCCUUCACCUCCCGCUCCUCCUGCUCCUGCAGAGAAAGUUGCUCCUCCUGCAGUUUCUCGUCCAGAGGAAAAGAAACCAUCUGCACCAGCACCAGCACCAGCACCAGCACCAGCACCUUCAGUUCCUACUGCUGCUCCUGCUGCUCCCGCUGCUGCUCUUGCAGCCAAAGUUGCUCCUCCUGCAGUGUCUCCUCCAGAGGAAAGAAAACCAUCUCCACCCACACCACAGCUUCCAGAAGAAAAAGUUACACUUCCUCCAGCUCCAGCAACAGCGGUGAAGACACCCUCGCCACCAUUUAUAGAGGCCAAACCCUCUCCUGUGUCAGAGGAAUCCUACCUCCCUGAAGACAAGGAACCCGUUUCAGCACCUGGACCGACGAAAGUGACGUCUCUUAAGCAAAAGGGUAAGAUCCCAGUUCAGGAUGCGAAAACACCAGAAUCGCCUAAACUGAAGAGUAAGUACACCAGACUACCCAAAGAGAAGGAACCAGAACCAGAGGUCAUCAAGCUGAAGAAGGUUCCAACUAAGCCCAAAGAACCUGAGAAAGAAUUCAUAACUCAUAAAGCUGAAGUGACAAGGCAUCAAGAUGUUGAACUAAUGGUUCAUGGACUUCAUGACAGAGAAGAUCGAGAGAUAAUAACGCUCGGAAGGACUGAACGAGUUUUCACUGCAGAGGAGGAGACGACUCAGUUAGACUACUUUGAGGAAGCUGAAAAGGCUGCGGUUGUUCAGGAACCAGAAAAAGAAGGUUGGACAAGAACCCCUAAAUCUCAGAAAGAGGAAGAACCUGAGCUGCCAAGUGUAGAUAAGAAGAAAAUAACUAAACUGCCAAAGGCAGAUGAGCAGAAAGAAUCAGUCAAACUAAAACCAUUUGAAAAAACAGUUAAACCAGAAGAAGAACCUGGGAAGAUCAAACUAAAAAAGGUGCCAACUAAGCCCAAAGAGCCUGAGAAAGAAGUUAUAACUCAAAAAGUUGAAGUGACAAGGCAUCAAGAUGUUGAACUAAUGGUUCAUGGACUUCAUGACAGAGAAGAUCAAGAGAUAAUAACGCUUGGAAGAACUGAACGAGUCUUCUCUGCAGAGGAGGAGACAACUCAGUUAGACUACUUUGAGGAGGCUGAAAAGGCUGUGGUCAUUCAGGAACCAGAAAAAGAGGGAUUGGCAAGAACCCCUAAACCUCAGAAAGAGGAAGAACCUGAGCUGCCAAGUGUAGAUAAGAAGAAAAUAACUAAACUGCCAAAGGCAGAUGAGCAGAAAGAAUCAGUCAAACUAAAACCAUUUGAAAAAACAGUUAAACCAGAAGAAGAACCUGGGAAGAUCAAACUAAAAAAGGUGCCAACUAAGCCCAAAGAGCCUGAGAAAGAAGUUAUAACUCAAAAAGUUGAAGUGACAAGGCAUCAAGAUGUUGAACUAAUGGUUCAUGGACUUCAUGACAGAGAAGAUCAAGAGAUAAUAACGCUUGGAAGAACUGAACGAGUCUUCUCUGCAGAGGAGGAGACAACUCAGUUAGACUACUUUGAGGAGGCUGAAAAGGCUGUGGUCAUUCAGGAACCAGAAAAAGAGGGAUUGGCAAGAACCCCUAAACCUCAGAAAGAGGAAGAACCUGAGCUGCCAAGUGUAGAUAAGAAGAAAAUAACUAAACUGCCAAAGGCAGAUGAGCAGAAAGAAUCAGUCAAACUAAAACCAUUUGAAAAAACAGUUAAACCAGAAGAAGAACCUGGGAAGAUCAAACUAAAAAAGGUGCCAACUAAGCCCAAAGAGCCUGAGAAGGAAGUCAUUACUCAUAAAGUGGAAGUGACGAGGCAUUAUGAUACAGAACUGACAGUUCAGAAGCUUCGCGAUAGAGAAGAUCGAGAGGUUGUGACACUUGGAAGAACUGAACGAGUCUUCACUGCCGCUGAGGAGGCAUCUGAACUGGGUCAAGCAGAGGAACCUGAAAAGCUGGAGGCUGAAGAUGAGAAAUCAAGAUGGAUAAGAACCCCAAAAGAGCCAAAGGAUGAAGAACCUGAGCCCGAUUUAACCAAAAAGAAAAUAAAGAAACUGCCAAAGAAAGAGGAGGAGCCAGAAGUAGUGACACUGAAACCAUUUGAAAAACCUGAGAAACCCAAGGAAGCUGAACCUCCAAAAGCUAAGAAAGAAGGUGAGGCAAAGACAGAUACAGAACGCAUUCCAUUCAAGAGAGCAGAGACACCACAGAGAGACCAACCCACCGCUGCUUCAAAACACAGAAAAGAUGAAGCCACUCCCUUGACAACUCCAGAGGCAACUCCUGACAUCAGCAAAGACCAAAAGGAGAUCCCACAGAGGAAAAAAGUUGAUCAGGUACCCAAAGAUAGUGAACCUACAGCUGCCGACAAGCUUCGCGGAAAACCUAAAAUUAUUUCCACACCAGAUAAAGAAAAAGAGGAGGUCAAGUUGAAGCCUUUCACCAAAGACGCCAAGCCCGAGGAAAAACCAGCUAAAACACCUGAGGAAGAGAAAAGGAAACCUGUGGACACAAAGGUUCCCAGUAGAGCACCAAGAGAUGAAACUCCCAAAGAUCUGAAAGAACAGCAGCUUAAGAAAGUGGAGAAGACCACAACACCUAAAAAAGAGGAUGACAAACCUCAGGAAAAAGAGGAAUCAGCUGUUCCACCCAAGAAGCCCAGUCCACCAGGAAAGAAAGAAGCAACACUGCAGAAAGAAGUGGAAAAAGAGGUUCCACAAAAACCAACAGAUACCUUGAAGAAAGGAAUCGAACUCAAAAAGACUGCGUCACCUCGAGUGGGUAAAGACAAGGUGGAAGAGGAAAAACCCCUAAAACCUGUUGAGCAACUGAAGAAGGUUGAGCUGAAAAAGACACCAUCACCAAAAGUAGAUAAGCCAAAGCCUAAAGAACUGGAGCAAGUCCCAGUGGAGAAGAAGCCAAGUCUUGAAAAAGUCAAACAGAUUCCCAAAACUGUUUCACCAAAAGACUCUGUUGAAGCUGUGACCCUCAAAAAGGUCCCAAAGAAGCCGUCACCAGAGGAGGUUUCAGAACCAGAAAAGCCCGCUAAAGGGCGAAUCCCCCUGGUGAAGGAGGUCUCCCCUGGAGCUGUGCAGAUGAAGAAGGUACCCACCCAGCCAGAGGAGGAGGUGUUUGAAGAGGAGGCUGAAAUAGUGGAAGGUGAGGAAGAGGAGGAGGCCUGGGGCUGGGAGCUGGUUCCCCCGGAUGACUGGCAAGGUGAAGGGAUGGAUGGGGUGCUGGAGACUCCAGGCAUGCCUGGCGCCAAACGAGAGGGAAAACCGUCAGAAGAGGCACCAAAAGGCAGAGGCAGAGGAUUCGGGGCGAGACAGACCCCAUCUCCUGGUGAUGGUGGCAGGGGCCGCGGCCUGAGGCCCGGUGGAAAAGGUCCGUCACCCCCAGAGGAACCCUUCGGAGGGUUCAAGCUCAAAGCCGUCCCCCUGAAGUUCAUCAAGAAGAUUCAGGACAUUGUGUUGCAGGAGGCUGAGUCUAUUGGCUCCUCUGCUGUGUUUGAGUGUGAGGUCUCGCCUUCCACUGCCGUCACAUCAUGGAUGAAAGAUGGCAGCAACAUCCGCGAGGACCCGAAGCACAAAUUCAUAUCUGAUGGCAAAGAUCGCAAGAUGAACAUUAUUGAUGUCCAGCUGUCGGACACUGGUGAAUACACCUGUGUGGCCAGGAACGCUGGCAAGGAAAUCACAUGCACAGCCAAGCUCAUUGUUGAAGAGCUACCUGUGAAAUGGGUGAAAGAACUGGAACCAGAGACGACAUGUGUAAAGAGUCAGCCUAUGUAUCUGACCUGUGAGCUGAACAAAGAGAGAGAUGUGAUCUGGAAGCGUAAUGGCACUGUCCUGAAGAAUAAGGCUGGAAAAGUAGCCAUUAAUAUCAUUGGUUUGCAGCAUGCUGUGACCAUCCAGAACUCCACCGACGAAGAUGCCGGCGCCUACACAUGUGAGGUGGAUGGAAAGGAGGACAUCAAGACACAGACCAACGUCAAAGUGAUUGAAAUCAUCAAAGACUGGCUGGUGAAGCCUCUGAGAGACCAGCACGUGAAACCGAAGGCUAAGGCCACAUUCAAGUGUGAGCUGUUCAAGGACACUCCCAACUGGAAGUGGUUUAAAGGAGACGACGAGAUCACUCCCUCUGAGAAGACAGAGAUCAUCAAAGAUGGACAGAACAUGACGCUCACCAUCAACAACUGCCAGCCCAGCGAUGUCUCAGAUUACACCAUCCAGGUGGAGGAUCGCAGAUACACGGCCAAACUCACCCUUGGAGAGCGCGAGGCUGAGAUCCUGAAGCCUCUCGCCAACGUGGAGGUGGUGGAGAAGGAGGAAGCCAGCUUUGACACUGAGAUAUCUGAGGAUGAUGUAGUCGGUGAAUGGAAGCUGAGGGGCCAGGUGCUGUUGAGGUCUCCGACGUGUGACAUCAGAGCUGAAGGCAAGAAGCGUUUCCUGACGCUGAAAAACGUCCAGCUUGAUCAGGCUGGUGAAGUGUCAUAUCAGGCACUGAAUGCCGUCACCAGCGCUGUGCUCACCGUCAAAGAGAUUGAAAUGGCUUUUGUCGACAAGCUGAAGGACGUUUCUGUGCCUGAAAAGAAACAGGCUAAGUUUGAAUGCACCGUCACCAAAGAGGUGUCAAAGGUCAUGUGGUUCAGGGGGGCGGAGAUCGUCACCCCGAGCCCUAAAUAUGAAAUACUCGAUGAUGGAAAGAAACACAUGCUGAUCAUAAACAGCUGUGAGUUUGAUGACGAGGCUCAGUACACCAUAGAAGUGUUGGGCCUUAAAUCGACCGCUCAGCUGUCAGUGGAAGGCAUGAGGCUCAAAUUUGUGAAGCAACUUGAGGACCAAACAGUGAAAGAAGGUAAAACAGCUCGAUUUGAGCUCGAGCUGACGCACGAAAACGUGCCGGUGGUUUGGUACCGAAAUGAAGUGAAAAUCCACGUGGGCCGAACAGUGGUUGUACAGGUGGAAGGAAAGAAACACUCUCUAGAAAUGAGCUCAUUGACUCUAGAUGAUACCUGCCAGAUAAAGGCAGAGGCCAAAGGAAUUUACUCCAUGGCAAAACUGAAUGUCAUAGAGGGUGACGCCAUCUUUGUGGUGAAGCUGCAGGACUACACAGCCACAGAGAAAGACGAGGUGACUCUGGACUGUGAGCUGAGCAAAGACGUACCUGUGGUUUGGUACCACAACGAGAAGGAGAUCAUCGCCUCCAAGAUGGUGGUCAUGAGGACAGAGGCCACUCACAGGUCUCUGAUCCUGAAGAAAGUGGAGCAGAGCGAUAAAGGCAAAUACGUAUGUGACUGUGGAACAGACAAGACUUCGGCCAACAUCAACAUUGAAGCUCGUGACAUCAAGGUUGUUCGGCCGAUUUAUGGCGUGGAGCUGUUUGAUGGAGAGACGGCUCGUUUCGAGGUGGAGAUCUCAGAGGACGAUGUGCACGGCCAGUGGAAACUGAACGGAGAAAUCCUUAGUCCUUCUAAAGAUGUUGACAUCAUCGAGGAGGGCGGCAAACACACGCUGAUCCUUUACAACUGUAAAGUGCCCAUGACUGGUGAGGUGGCGUACGCCGCUGCCAACGCCAAGUGUUCUGCCAACUUGAAGGUCAAAGAACUUCCUCUGAACUUCCUCACACCGCUGAGUGAUGUUAGUGUGUACGAGAAGGACGAGGCGAGGUUCGAGCUUGAGGUGUCGAGAAUUCCGAAGAGUUUCCGCUGGCUGAAAGGUUCUCAGGAGCUGCAGAGUGAUGAAAAGUACAAGAUGAUCCAGGAAGGAAACAUGUUCGUUCUGCUGAUCCAAUCGGCCGCCUACGACGACGAGGCAAAGUACAUGUUUGAGGCAGAGGACAAGAGGACAACUGGCAAACUCGUUAUACAAGGUAUUCGCCUGGAGUUUGUCAAACCGAUUAAGGAUGUGACGGUUAAGGAACGUGAAACUGCAGAGUUCAGCGUCGAACUCUCCCACGACAAGAUCCCGGUGGUCUGGUACAAAAACGAUGUCCGCUUGCAUCCCAGCAAGGUGGUCCACAUGUCGGAUCACGAAAAGAUCCACACACUGGCCUUCAAGGAAGUCACAAUCGACGACACCUCCAUGAUCAAAGUGGAGGCCAUGGACAAGAGCAUGACCGCCAUGCUCACUGUCAUCGAGGGCGACUUGUAUUUCACCACCAAGCUGCAGAACUACACUGCUGUAGAGAAGGACGAAGUUAAGCUGGUCUGUGAACUGAGCAAAGCCGUCGCUGAUGUCAAAUGGUUCAAAGACGGGAAAGAGAUCACUCCCUCCAAGAACAUUGCCAUCAGCACUGACGGCAAGAAGCGCAUCCUGAUGGUCAGGAAGGCGGAGAAGGCCAACAUCGGAGAGUACACCUGCGACUGUGGCUCAGAUAAAACUACAGCCAAGCUCAAGAUUGAAGAGCGGGACAUCAAGGUGGUCCGUCCACUGUACAGUGUUGAGGUCACAGAGACAGAAACAGCCAAGUUCGAGACAGAGAUCUCAGAAGAGGACGUUCACGGAAACUGGAAACUGAAGGGAGAAGCUCUGCAUCAGUCUCCUGAUAUUGAGAUUAAGGAGGAAGGAACCAAACAUGUGCUGAUCCUCUACAACGUCCGUAUGGACAUGGCCGGAGGCGUCGACUUCUCAGCAGCCAACGCCAAAUCCAACGCUCAGCUCCGAGUCAAAGCUCGGUCCAUUGGGCUGAUGCGUCCUCUGAAGGACGUGACGGUGACGGCCGGAGAGACGGCGACCUUCGAGUGUGAGCUGUCAUACGAAGGCAUCGAGGUGGAGUGGUUCCUAGGAGGACAGAAGAUGGAGGCCAGUGAUCGGGUGAAGACUCGCGUGGCGGGACGAGUUCAUGCUCUGACCAUCAGAGACGUGAAGCUGUCGGAGGCCGGCGAAGUCAAACUGACCGCCAAAGACUUCCUGACUCAGGCUCAGCUCAUCGUCAGAGAGCCACCAGUGGAGUUCACGAAGCCUCUGGAGGACCAGACGGUGGAGGAGGAGGCGACCGCCACGCUCGAGUGUGAAGUUUCCAGAGAGAAUGCAGAGGUGACAUGGUUCAGGGAAGGGCAGGAACUCAGGAAGACCAAGAAGUACGACAUGAUAGUCGAUGGACGCAAGAGAGCGCUCGUCAUCCACGGCUGCGCUCCAGAAGACGCAAAGAUGUACACGUGUGAUGCCAAAGAGUUCAAGACUUCCUGUUUCCUGGAGGUCACACCUCCUCACGUGGAGUUCACAAAGCCUCUGCAGGAUGUCGAGGUAAAAGAGAAAGAAUCUGCCAGGUUUGAAUGUGAAGUGUCCCGCGAGUCGGCCAAGGUUCGUUGGUUCAAAGACGGCAGUGAGAUCAGGAAAGGAAAGAAGUACGAGAUCAUCGCUAAAGGCGUCCAGAGAAUCCUCAUCGUCCACAAGUCAGUGUUUGACGACGAGGCCGAGUAUGAGUGUGAUGCCAGAACCUCCAAGACAUCCGGCAUGCUCACAGUUAUCGAGGAGGCAGCCAGGUUCACCAAGAACCUGUCCAAUGUGGAGGGGAUGGAGACGGAUAGUGUGAAGAUGAUCUGCGAGGUGUCGAAGGCCAACGCCGAGGUCACAUGGUACAAAGGAGACGAGGAACUGCCUGAGGGCGGACGCUACGAGCAAAUCAUGGACGGACGCAAGAGGAUCCUGAUCAUCCAGGACCUGAGGAUGGACGACGCCGGCGAGUACAACUGCAGGCUGAGUCCCACCGUCAGGACGUCCGCCAGGCUCAAACUCAACGAACUGGCGGCCGAGUUCAUCGCCCGUCCUCAAAACCAGGAGGUGGUGGAGGGUGAGAAGGCCGAGUUCGCCUGCUCCGUCUCCAAGGAAACCUACGAGGUGAAAUGGUUCAGAGGAGACAAGGAGGUAGAAUCAGGGGAAAAGUAUACCAUUGUCAGCGAAGGAAAGAGAAGAGCUCUUAUUGUGAAAAACUGCGAGCUGAAGGAUGAAGGCGGCUACGUCGCCCACAUCGGCGCCGUCAGAGCCUCCGCUGAUCUGCUUGUGAUUGAGAAACUGAGGAUCAUCACGCCAAUUAAAGACACGGAGGUGAAGGAAGGAAGUGAGAUCAUGUUCAACUGUGAGACAAACACAGAGGGAGCGAAGGCCAAGUGGCUAAAGAACGAGGAGACGAUAUUUGAGAGCAGCAAGUACAUGGUGCUUCAGAGGGACAACGUCUUCUCUCUGAGGAUCAGAGAAGCCCAGAAGGCCGACGAGGCCAGCUACACCGUCAGCCUCACCAAUCACAGAGGAGAACACGCCAAGUGCACCGCCAGCGCUAGAGUGACAGAGGAGAAGCUGAAGUUCUUGGAUCCCAUGGAGGACAUCGAGACUCAGGAGAAGAAGACCAUCAGCUUCGUCUGUAAAGUGAACCGGCCUGAGGUGACGGUGAGGUGGAUGAAGGCUGGCCAAGAGUUGACGCUCAGCAAACGCAUCGUCUACAGAGUCGACGGCCUCAAACAUACACUGACCAUCAAGGACUGCGUGAUGGACGACGAGGGCGAGUACACCGCCAUGGUCGGAGAUGACAAGUGCUCCGCAGAGCUGAUCAUCAGUGAGGCGCCGACAGACUUCACGGCACAGCUGAAAGACCAGACCAUCACCGAGUUUGAGGACGCCGAGUUCACGUGCAAGCUGAGCAAAGAGAAGGCCCUGGUGAAGUGGUAUAGGAAUGGACGAGAGAUCAGGGAAGGACCAAGAUAUCACAUGGAAAAAGAAGGCAAGACGUGCACACUGAUCGUUAAGGUGUGCAGACCGGAUGAUGAAUGUGAAUAUGCCUGUGGUGUAGACGAGAGGAGGACCAGAGCCAGACUCUUUGUAGAAGAGACGCCAGUGGAGAUCGUCAGACCUCCUCAGGAUGCAUUUGAACCUCCAGGCUCAGACGUUGUGUUUGAGGUGGAGCUCAACAAGGACAGAGUGGAGGUGAAGUGGAUGAGGAACAACAUGAUCAUCGUCCAGGGAGACAAAUACCAGAUGAUCAGCGAGGGUAAAGUCCACAGACUGCAGGUCUGUGAGAUUAGACCUCGAGAUCAGGGAGAGUACAGGAUCGUCGCCAAAGACAAGGAUGCCAGAGCCAAGCUGGAGCUGGCAGCUGUUCCAAAGAUCAAAACUACCGACCAGAACCUGGUAACAGACGCUGGUAAGCCCUUCAUCAUGAGCGUGCCCUACGACGCCUACCCUCGCGCUGAGGCAGAGUGGUUCUUCGAAGGCACCAGCCUGCCUGUCCAGAACAUCGAUACCUCAACCGAUAAGACUGAGCUCCGCCUUAAGAGCCCCAGCAAGGAGGACCAGGGCCGCUACAGGGUGGUGAUCAGGAACAAGCACGGCCAGGGAGAGGCCUUCAUCAAUCUGGACGUGAUUGAUGUCCCUGGACCUGUCAAGAACCUGAGGGUGGUUGACACCGCUGAUAAUGAGGUCAGUUUGGCUUGGGAGGAGCCUGAGAGUGAUGGCGGAAGCAAGAUCCUCUCCUACGUGGUGGAGAGACGUGACGUGAAGCGUAAGACCUGGACAUUGGCUACAGACCGUGCUGAUACUCUAGAGUACUGUGUCAGUGGCCUCCAAAAGGACUCCUUCUACCUGUUCAGAGUCUGCGCUAGAAACAGAGUCGGCAGUGGGCCCACUGUUGCCACAGAGGAUGCAGUCCAGGCCAAGAACAAGUUUGAUGUUCCAGAUGCACCGGAGAACGUUGCAGUUGGCGUGGUGAACAGGUUUGGUGCCACCAUCCACUGGGAGCCUCCCUUGAAUGAUGGCGGUUCUGAGAUCAUCGCCUACGUGAUCGAACUCCGUGACAGGACCUCUGUAAAGUGGGAGGCGGCCAUGGUCUGUGGCGCCAACGACCGCUCAGUCACGCUGAAUGACGUUGUUGAGAACAAAGAGUACAUCUUCAGAGUCCGGGCCGAGAACAAGGCAGGCAUCGGCAGACCCAGUGCCGCCACCACACCUGUCAAGAUCAUGGAUCCCAUUGAGAGGCCUAGCCCACCUCUGAACCUGAACUUUAGUGACCAAAUCAAGACAGCAGUCACGCUGACCUGGGAGACACCCAUCAACAACGGCGGCAGCACGAUCACAGGAUACAUCAUUCAGAAAUGUGAAGAGGGCACCGAUAAGUGGAUGCGCUGCAACGCCAGACUGUGUCCUGACCUCUCCUACCGGCUGUCUGGUCUGAAAGGUGGUCAAAAAUACCUCUACAGAGUUAGUGCUGAGAACGCAGCUGGUGUCUCUGAUCCAUCUGAGCAGCUUGGACCCCUGCUUGCUGACGACCCUCACGUUGGUCCGACCUUUGACUUGAGUGGCUUCAGGAAAGGCCUGGAAGUGAUUGUCCCUCAGCCCCUCACCAUCAGAGUCCCCAUCACUGGAUACCCGACUCCCGUCGCCAAGUGGACCUUUGGAGAGAAGGAGCUGACCACUGAGGAUGAGCGCGUCUCCAUGGUGACAAAGCCCACAUUCACAGAGCUAACGGUCACACCAAGUGUCCGUCCCGACAAAGGCACCUACACCCUGCAGCUAGAGAACGAUGUUGCGUCCAUCUCGGGAGAGAUCGAAGUCAACGUCAUUGCGACACCUAGUGCUCCUAAAGACUUCAAGGUGGCCGAGGUGACCCGACACCACGUCCACCUGAUGUGGGAGGCUCCGGAGCAUGACGGAGGAAGUCCAGUCACUCACUACCAGAUCGAGAAGAGAGAAGUGUCUCGGAAGACCUGGGCCAAGGUGGCUACCGGCAUCCUGGACCUGGAGUACACAGUAACAGAUGUGAUUGAAGGAAAGGAGUAUCUGUUCAGUGUCUCUGCCUGCAACAAGUGUGGACCUGGAGAGCCAGCAUACAACGACGAGCCCGUCAACGUGUCCUCUCCUGCCACUGUACCUGAUCCUCCUGAGAACCUUAAGUGGCGCGAUAAGAGCGGCAAGACCAUCUUCCUAUCCUGGGAGCCUCCAAGGUACGACGGCGGUGCCCCUCUCAAAGGCUACGUGGUGGAGAAGUGUCAGCGUGGUACCGAAAAGUGGGAACCCUGUGGUGAACCCAUCCCUGAACUGAAGUACAAUGUGAGAGGCCUGAUCGAGGGUCACUGGUACGCCUACAGAGUCAAAGCUUUCAACAAGUUGGGAGCCAGCCGACCCUGCAGGGCUACCGAUGAGAUCCAAGCCGUCGACGCCAGAGAGCCUCCAGAGAUCCAGCUGGAUGUGAAGCUGCUAGCUGGUCUGACCGUCAGAGCUGGUACGAAGAUCGAGCUUCCAGCAGACAUCAAAGGAAAGCCGGAUCCCCGAGUGAAGUGGACCAAGGCUGACCUGGUCUUGCGGGCUGAUGACCGCAUUAACAUUGAAACCCAGCCUGGAAACUCCAAGGUGACCAUUGCCAACACAACUAGAGGAGACACCGCCACCUACAUCAUCGAGGCAGUCAACCUCUGCGGACGUGCCACCGCCACCAUUGAUGUCAACAUUCUUGAUAAACCCGGUCCUCCAGCCGCAUUGGACAUCUCCGAGAUCACCAAUGAGUCAUGCUUCCUGGCGUGGAACCCUCCCAGGGAUGAUGGUGGCUCGCCUGUCACCAACUACAUCAUUGAGAGUCGGCAGACGGACAAAGAGGAGUGGGUGAAGCUGUCUGCCACAGUGAAACAAACCACUUUCAAGGCCUGCAAGCUCACACCUUUGAAGGAGUACAUCUUCAGGAUUAGUGCAGAGAACCAGUACGGCAUUGGCGAACCUGCAGAGCAUGUGCCAAUCACUGCGAAGUAUGCCUUCGAUCCUCCUGGUCCUCCAACCAGAAUCACUCCCUCCGAUAUCGCCAGGGAUGCCGUGACUCUGACCUGGAUCGAGCCUGAUGAGGAUGGCGGCAGUCCCAUCACCGGAUACUGGGUCGAGAAGCUUGAUCCAGAGACAGACAAGUGGAUCAGAUGCAACAAACUGCCCAUCACGGAAACGACCUUCAGAGUUAAGGGACUCCCCACCAAGAAGAAGUACCGCUUCCGUGUAUUGGCAGAGAAUCUGGCUGGACCUGGAAAACCAAGCGUAGAGACUGAUCCCAUCCUCAUCAAAGAUCCCAUCGAUCCUCCUUGGGCUCCUGGUAAACCUGUCAUCAGGGAUAUCGGCAAGACCACAGCCCUGCUGGCAUGGACCAGGCCGGAGCACGAUGGUGGGGCAAAGAUCGAAGGCUACAUCAUCGAGUUCCAGAAGACUGGAAGUGAGGAAUGGAUUCGCAUUGCAGAGGAUGUUCCUCUGACUGAGCACCAGCUACAGGGUCUGAUGGAGAAGCAGGAGUACUCAUUCCGGGUCAGGGCUGUCAACAAGGCCGGACAGAGUGAACCCAGCGAUCCCAGCGACCCCGUGGUCUGCAAGGAGAGACUCUAUCCCCCAUCUCCUCCUCAGUGGCUGGAGGUGACAAACAUCACCAAGAUCAGCGCCGACCUGAAGUGGCAGGCUCCAAGCAGCGACGGAGGCUCGCCCAUCACAAACUACGUGGUGGAGAAGAGGGACGUUAGGCGGAAGGCCUGGCAGACUGUUGACACCACCGUCAAAGACCUCAAGUACACGGUGACUCCCCUUAACGAAGGGUCGCUGUAUGUAUUCCGCGUCGCUGCUGAGAAUGUUGCUGGGAUGAGUGAAUUCUGUGAGCUGGAGGACGCUGUGCUCGCCAAAGACACUUUCACCACACCUGGACCUCCUUAUGCCCUUACGGUGGUGGAUGUCACCAGGAGACAUGUGGAGCUGAAAUGGGAAGCUCCUAAGAGCGAUGGUGGAAGAAUCAUAACCAAGUACGUGAUUGAGAAGAAAGAGAAGGUUGGAACUCGCUGGUUGAAAUGCUGCAAGACUCCAGACAGAAAGACUCAGUUCAAGGUGACGGAGGUGGACGAAGGCUCUGAGGUGCAGUUCCAGGUCAGAGCUGAGAACGAGGCUGGAGUUGGAGAUCCAAGCGAACCCACUGAGAUCCUCACCGUUGAGGAUGCAACCAGCGUCCCAUCUCCUCCUGAGGAAGUGAAAAUCCCUGAUGCCAGCAGAGAGCACAUCAAUGUCACCUGGAAGCCUCCGGCCAAAGAUGGUGGCUGCCCAAUUACCGGCUACCAUGUGGAGGUGGCUGAGGCCCGUCCAGAGCUGAAGUGGCUGAGGGUGAACACCAGACCCAUCAAGGAGCUCAAGUUCAGGAUUGAGGAGGGAAUCAAACCAGAGAAGAAGUACGUCAUCAGGGUCCGCGCCAUCAACUCUGUUGGUGUCAGUGAACCCUCUGAGAUCUCUGACAAGGUCUUCACCAAGGAUCCUGACUGUGCUCCAACCAUGGAUUUGGAGGCAAAGGAUGUGGUCAUUGUUGAAGGGGAGAAGCUGCACCUGAACAUCCCCUACAGGGCGAUCCCCACACCCAAGAUGGUUUGGCAGAAGGACACGGUAGAGUGUAAAGCCGACGAUCGGCUUACCAUGACGGUGGAGAUGAACAAUGCUCACCUAGAGCUGCUCAAGUGCAAGCGUGCCGACGCCGGCGCCUAUGCCAUCACCCUGGAGAACACUCUGGGAACCGCCACUGGGACGGUCAACGUCACAGUCAUUGGACUCCCCGGUCAGUGUAAAGACAUCUCUUCCAGCGACGCCACCAAGAACUCCUGCAAGAUCAGCUGGGUAGCCCCAGAGGAUGAUGGUGGCACUCCAAUCACUAGCUACACACUGGAGCGACGCGAGGCCUCCAAGAAGACCUACAUGCCUGUCAUGUCGGGAGAGAAUGUCCUGACCUGCACCAUCAAAGACCUUUUCAUGAACUGCCAGUACUACUUCAGAGUGAAGGCCAUCAACAAGGUCGGAGCCGGAGAAUAUCUGGAGCUACGCAACCCAGUCUUCAUAGAGGAAGUCAAACGGAAACCCGACCCACCCAUCCAGGUGGAGGCUAUCGACCCGACAUCCAAGUCCAUCACGGUCACCUGGAUGGCACCAGACAAUGACGGUGGCUGUCCCAUCCAGGGCUACAUCUUGGAGAAGAUGGAAAAGGAUGGUGACCGCUACGAGAGGGUCACCCCGAGCCUGGUCCCUGGUUUCUCCUAUGUGGUGACAGGCCUGACAGAGGAAACGGAGUACCAGUUCAGGGUUAGAGCUGAGAACGCUGCCGGAGUCAGCGAACCAUCCCGCAGCACACAGCUCAUGAAGGCUGCAGACCCUGUCGAAAAACCAAAGGUCACCCUCCACGCCCGCGUGCAGUCCGGUUUGUGCGUUAAGAAGGGCGACGAGAUCUGCAUCGAGGCCUACAUCUCCGGCUCCCCGUAUCCCAAAGUCACUUGGAUGAGGAACAACGAGGAUGUCACUAAAGAGCCAACCAAGAAGAUCAUGCCCUUAGUCAGGAAGAAGAAGAAGAGCAAGGCCAAGGUUCCUGAACCAGAGGAGGAGUUUAUAACUCCCCUGCGUCAACGUCUGGGUUUGGAUCAGACCAAGAGGGGUCAGUCCAUACUAAUGAUCCGCGAAGCCGUCAGAUCCGACCACGGCGAAUUCACCAUCCAGGUGGAGAACACUCACGGUGUUGCUAGCGCCUCCUGCGAGGUCAACGUCCUCGACAAACCUGGCGCUCCGAUCAACAUCACCUUUGACGAGAUCAGGGACACGUCUGUCAUCUGUAACUGGGAGCCACCCGUGGAUGAUGGAGGCAGCGAGAUCUUGAACUACAUCUUGGAGAAGAAGGACAACAAGAACGAAGAGGUCAGCUGGAUCACAGUCACCACCACCCUGAAGGGCACCAGCUGCCCCGUCACCAAACUCAUCGAAGGGAAGGAGUACAUCUUCAAAGUCACCGCCGAGAACAAGUAUGGCUGCGGACCGCCAUGUAUCUCUGAACCAGUGGUUGCCCACAACAUGUUUGAUCCUCCCGACGCUCCCAACACCCCCAGAGUCCACGAGGUGACGGCGAGCAGCGUCCGCAUGUCUUGGCAUGAGCCGAAGGAUAACGGCAGCCCAAUCCUGGGCUACUGGAUCGAGAGGAAGGAGGUGAACAGCAAAUACUGGACCCGAGUCAACCGUGUCCUCCUCAACUCCCUGGAUAUGAAGGUCACCGGCCUGAUGGAGGGACUCACCUACAUCUUCAGAGUGUGUGCAGAGAACCUGGCCGGGCCUGGGCCCUUCAGCGAGCCCACCGACCGCAUCGUCGCCAUGGAUGCCAUCAUGCCUCCUGGCCCCCCAACUCCAUGGAUCGUGGACACUGGGAAGACCUCUGUCAUCGUGGCCUGGAAGCCCCCACUGUACAAUGGAGGAGGAGAGAUCCUGGGUUACCACGUUGAGAAGGUUCUGGUCGGAGAGAAGAACUGGACUCGCAGCACAGAGUUCAGGUGUAAAGAGCUGACUUACACUGUGACUGGUCUGACUGAGGGAGGGGAUUAUUACAUCCGGGUCAUGGCCGUCAACGACGCUGGUCCUGGAGCUCCCGGUGUGACCGAACCUGUCACCGUCAGAGAGCCUCUAGAACCUCCUGCUGUGAACUUUGAUGCAUCUGUGAGGAACGGCGUCUUGAUCAGGGCUGGUGAGUCACUGAGGCUUCCGGCCGUGGUGACCGGCAGACCCCAGCCCGAAGUCCAAUGGGCCAAAGAUGGCGCCGAAGUUGACAAGGAGCGUAUGAUUGUGGAGACGGAGGGCAAGAACACUGUUCUGUUCAUCAAGACGACCGUGAGGGCAGAUCACGGAAAAUACCAGGUCUCCGGCACCAACAGCCAAGGGGCCAAGACGGCCGAGACCACAGUGGAUGUCAUGGACGUCCCUGGACCAGUGGUGGACCUGAAGACGGUCGCAGUAACCAAGAAGAACAUCGUUCUCACCUGGUUGGACCCUCUGGAUAACGGCGGCAGUGACAUCAUCGGCUACGAGGUGCUUAGGAAAGACUCCAAUAUGAAACUCUUCCGUCAGCCCCUGGAGACGGCGUCCUGCAAGUGCGACGUCCAGGGUCUGCUGUCUGGCGAGCAGUACGACUUAAGGGUCGUCGCCAAGAACAAGUACGGCUACGGAACUCCGACUGACCUGGGACCCAUCCUGGCCGAAGAUCCCAAAGAUGUUCCGUCUGCUCCCGAGAAGCUGCGCUACACCGACAGAACCAAGAGCACCAUCACCUUGACCUGGCUGCCACCUCUCUCUAACGGCGGCAGCCCCAUCAUGGGCUACUAUGUGGAGAAGAUGAGGUCCGACAGCACUGAGUACGAAGCGGCAAACCGCAAGAUGUUCACAGAGUGCUGCGGGACCAUCGAUAGCCUUUCGGAGAACCAGGAGUAUGACUUCCGCGUCAAAGCAGUGAAUGAGGUUGGGAUGGGAGAGCCCUCCAAGUCUAUCAACGCCAAGAUCCAGGACGAUGAAAUCCCUCCAAGAAUUACUAUCCUGAAGUACUUCAAGGCCAACUCCCUCUUUGUGAAGAAGGGCGCGGCCAUAGACAUCCCCGCGGAGGUGAUGGGACUUCCUCUGCCAACGAUCCGGUGGAUGAGGGAUGAUGUGGUGUUGGAGAAGCCGGAGGACGAGAGGAUGACGAUGGAGACUGAGGAGGUGGACCGGACAACUCUGAGGACAAAGAUCGCCUUCCCAGAGACCGUCAGGAAGGACAAAGGCAACUAUAAGCUGGUGGCUGAAAACUGCCACGGCAAAGCUGAACAAAUCAUCAGAGUCACGAUCUUUGACCGCCCUCUUCCUCCGAGGAACAUCGUGAUCUCAGACAUCACGUCCGAUUCGUGCUACCUGACCUGGUCAGCCCCAGAGGACAAUGGAGGCAGUGAGAUCAGCAACUACAUCGUGGAGCAGAGGGACGCCAGCAAAAAGAAGUCUGACUACGAGGUUAUGACCAUCAACCUCAUUGACAGGAGAUAUGCGGUCCACAAACUUAACAUGAAUGGUAUCUACCAGUUCAGGAUCAUAGCUGAGAAUAAGUAUGGAAAGAGUGACGGCUGCGAAUCAGAGAAAGUCGAGCUCAGGGAUCCAUUCGGCCUCCCUGGACCACCACGUAACCCCAAGAUCAUUGCCGCCACAGGGACCACCAUGACUGUGACUUGGGAGCCUCCUCUGGACAACGGUGGCUCCACCAUUCAGGGAUACUGGCUGGAGAAGAGGGAGCGAGGUGCUGUGUACUGGGGACGCGUCAACAGAGCUCCAGUCACCAAACCGUCAGUUAAGGGCCUGCAGUACACCGUGCUCAGGCUCAUAGAAGGAACCCAGUACCAGUUCAGGGUCUCAGCCUGUAACGCUGCAGGAAUCGGACCACACAGUGAAUACACCGAGUGCCGCUUCGCCGAGGAUCCAUGCAAUCCUCCCAGCCCUCCUGGAACCCCGGAGGUUAAAGACAAGACCAAGAACAGCAUCUCACUCACCUGGAGCCCACCAGACAGAGAUGGUGGUACCCCCAUCAAGGGUUACAUCAUCGAGGUCCACGAGGAGGGCACUCUUGAUUGGAGGAGGGUGACUCCUGCCGACAAGCUCCACUUAUCCACUGAAAUCACCGUCCCAGACCUGAAGGAGGGCAAGAAGUGCAAGUUCAAGAUCUACGCUGUGAAUGCUGUCGGAACCUCUGAGCCCGCCAGGACGGGUGACAUCCUGGUUCAGGACAUCUUGAUCGAGCCGAUGGUGUCUCUAGAAGUGGACGUUAACGACCUGCUCACCUGCAGAGCGGGAACAACCAUCAAGAUUCCCGCCACCAUCACCGGACGACCCAUCCCCAAAGUCACCUGGCACUUCGAUGGAAACGCAGAGAUGGAGAAGAAGAACGAACUCCACAUGCUGCCCAUCGACUCAGAGAUCUACUCCACUGACACGACCUCAGUGAUUGUGAUCCCAGAUUGCAAAAUGCACCACAGUGGCCGAUACAUCCUCAACGCCGAGAGCCCCGCCGGACACAAGGUGGUCAAAGUCCGUGUCACUGUGCUCGACCUGCCCGGACCUCCCAGAGACCUGAAGGUCAGCGACGUGACAAGAGGAACUUGUCGCCUCACCUGGAAACCUCCAGAGAACGAUGGCGGAGACAGAGUGAAGAGCUACUUCAUCGAGGAGAAGGCGGUGGGCGGCAAAGCCUGGACCAAGGUGAACCCGGCCUGUACUUCUCAGUCUGUGGUGGUCGCAGACCUGAUCAACGGUCAGGACUACUUCUUCCGCAUCCGGGCUGAGAACCGCUUCGGCUUCGGGCCGUAUGCAGAGACCAUCGAGCGCACCUGCGCCAGAGAUCCAAUCCAUCCUCCCGACCCUCCAACCAGGCUGAAGAUCACAUCCGUGAGGAAGGGCACGGUGUCUUUGACCUGGAAGGCUCCAAAGAACGAUGGCGGUUCACCCGUCACCCACUACAGCGUUGAAAUGCUCUGCUGGGAUGCCAGUGGCCAGAGGGAGGCCUGGAGGAGGUGUAACAGAAGAGAUGUGGACACCACCAGCUUCAAGGUGGAGGACCUGACGGAGGGAGACGAGUACGAGUUCAGAGUGAUGGCACAUAACGAGGUCGGACCCAGCCGACCUUCAUCCACAGCUGGACCCGUCCUUAUUCAGGACCAGACCUGUGCUCCAUCCAUCGAGCUGAAUGAGUUCAUGGAGGUUGAGCAGGGCACCGACAUCAAAAUUGUGGCCAAGAUCCGUGGCUGUCCAUUCCCAAAGCUCACCUGGUACAAGGCUCCACCCCACAAGUCAGACAAAAAGGAGGAGGUUCAGUACGACGAGCACAUCAACAAGAUCGUGUCCGACGACACCUGCACGCUGCUCAUCCAGCAGGGCAAACGUCCUGACACCGGCCUGUACACACUGGUGGCCUCCAACAGCCUCGGCAAGGCCUCCAAGGAGAUGAGGCUCAACGUGCUCGGACGGCCCGGUCCUCCCUCUGCUCCCAUCAAGUUCGAGGAGAUUGGAGCCGAGAAGAUCACGCUGUCCUGGCUGCCGCCGAAGGACGAUGGAGGCUCCAAGGUCACAAACUAUGUCAUCUGGAAGCGCGUGGCCAGCAGGACGUCCUGGGUGCCUGUCACCAGCGAGCCCAAAGAGCGGAUCUGGACCGUGGAGAACCUGUUGGAAGGACACGAGUACGUGUUCCGGGUCAUGGCCCAGAACAAGUACGGAGUUGGAGAGCCACUGGAUAGCGAGCCUGAGGUCGCCAGAGAUCUCUUCAACAUCCCUGGUCAGGUCGAGAAGCCGACGGUAAGCGGCAUCACCAUGGAUUCCAUGACAGUAAGCUGGGAGGAGCCCGAGGAGGACGGUGGCACCCCGAUUACCGGCUACUGGCUGGAGCGAAAAGAGACAACAGGCAAACGCUGGACCCGCGUCACCCGCGACCCCAUCCGUCCCAUGGGCAUGGGCGAGUCGUAUGUGGUGAGUGGACUCAUUGAGGGCUCCCAGUACCUGUUUAGAGUCUGUGCCAUCAACGCCGCAGGACUUGGACCCUACAGCCCCACCACAGACCCCAUCUUUGCCAGAGACCCCAUCUCCCCGCCCUCUCCUCCGACCCCGAAGGUUAAUGAUUGGACGAGGUCCACAGUGGACCUGGAGUGGAUCCCUCCUUUGAAGGAUGGAGGCUCCAAGAUCAUGGGUUACUGGGUGGAGUACCAGGAGGAGGGCACUGAGCCCUGGGUCAAGGCCAAAGAGACCGAAAUUCGUGGCACCCGCUUUGUGAUCACCGGUCUGAAGACUGGUGGCAAAUACAAAUUUAGGGUGACAGCCUUCAAUGCUGCCGGUAACGGCGAGCCAGGAGUAAUCCCAGAGGUGCUCGAGGUCAACGACAGAACCAUUGCUCCUGAGGUCGACCUGGAUGCCUCAGUGAAGGAUAGGAUGGUGGUCCACGCCGGUGGUGUGAUUCGUAUCAUUGCCUACGUGUCGGGCCAGCCAACCCCGGAGGUGACCUGGGGCAGAGAAGGAGCUGCGCUGCCUCCUGAGGCUAAAAUUGAAACAACAGCUAUCAGCUCAUCUCUGGUCAUCAAACCCUGCACCAGGAAUCACCUUGGCAUAUACACACUGACCGCCAAGAAUGCUGGAGGGGAGAAGAAGAAGAGCAUCACUGUGGAAGUUUUAGAUGUCCCGGGGCCAGUCGGCAUUCCCGUCACUGCAGAGAACCUGAGCACUGACACCUGCAAGAUCAACUGGUUCUUCCCCGAGAGGGAUGGUGGCUCUCCAAUCAGCAACUUCAUCAUCCAGAAGCGUGAAGCAGAGCACAAGGCCUGGACCUCUCUGCAUUUUACCGCCAGCAGACAGAAUGCCAUAGCUCAAGGCCUCACCGUCGGAAAGUCCUACUUCUUCAGAGUAGCCGCUGUGAAUGCCAUUGGCAUGGGACCUUUCGUUGAGACCGCAGCCGAGCUCGUCGUCAAGGAAAAAAUCAGUGUGCCUGACCGCCCCGAGGGGCUCGAGGUCACCAAGGCCACCAAGGAUUUGAUCAGCAUCACCUGGAAGCCGCCCAAGUUUGACGGUGGUUCGGACAUCACCAUGUACAUCCUGGAAGCUCGUAUGAUCGGCAAAGACAAGUUCACCAGAGUGACGAAGGAGAGCCUGAUGGAGAGGAAGUACACCUACGAUGGGCUGAAAGAGGGAGAAACCUAUGAGCUACGGGUCAUCGCCGUCAACGAGGUUGGACCCAGCAAGCCGUCGUUUCCCACCAAACCAAUCACCUGCAAGGAUGAACUGGAGCCGCCAACCAUCGAGCUGGACUUCCGCGAUAAGAUCAUCAUUCGUGUAGGCGAGAGCUGCCUGCUGCAGGGCCGCUACACCGGCAAACCUCCUCCGUCCAUCGUGUGGUACCGUGACGACAAGGAGCUGAAGGCUGACCAACACAUUAUGUUCAAGAACACGCUGACCACUAUGUCGCUCGGCCUGAUGAAAGCCAAGCGUGAGCACAGCGGCAAAUAUGUGGUUGUGGUGGAGAACAGCACCGGGUCCAGGAAGGGAGUCUGCAACAUCACGGUUGUCGACCGUCCCUCUCCUCCUGUUGGCCCCGUGGUGUUUGAGGAGGUGCAUAGGGAGUACAUGGUCAUCUCUUGGAAACCUCCUCUGGACAGCGGUGGUAUCGACGUCUCCAACUACAUCAUUGAGAAGAGAGACGUUAACAGAGACACCUGGACCACAGUAACGUCUGCCACGACCAAGACCACAUGCAAGGUUCCAAAACUAACGGAGGGCAGGGAGUACAUCAUGAGGAUCUCUGCUGAGAACAUGUAUGGCAUCAGCGAUCCUUUGGAGUCCGAGGAGAUGAGAGCCAAAGAUCUUUUCAGAGUCCCAGAGGCCCCUGAGAUGCCGACAGUCAGGGAGGUGUAUGCCACCAACACUCUGGUGCUUUGGACCCGGCCCCGCGAUGGUGGGAAGCCGAUCACCAACUAUAUUCUAGAGAAGAGGGAGGUCGGAGCCAAGAGGUGGUCCAGAGCCACCAGGGACCAUUUGUACCCGGCCACUCAGUAUCGAGUCCAGGAUCUGAUUGAAGGCUGCGAGUACGAGUUCAGGGUGAUGGCUGAGAACGAGUUGGGAAUCGGAGACCCCAGUCCCCCCUCCAAACCCAUUCUUGCCAAAGAUCCCAUCGUGCGUCCCAGCCCUCCAGUGACCCCCGAGGCCUACGAUAAGACCAAGGACUCUGUCAGCUUGAGGUGGAAGUUGCCCCGCCAUGACGGGAAGGGUCGCAUCUUUGGCUACCUCGUCGAGUAUCAGAAGCCCGGUGCUGUGGAGUGGAUUCCAGCCAAUGAGACCCCGGAGCAGUGCCCCGACCUCCACUAUGUGGUGACGGGCCUGCUCGACAAACAUGAGUAUGCCUUUAGGAUCUUCACCGUCAAUGCCGCUGGCAAAUCUGACCCAGCUUAUGUCAAAGAGACCAUCACAGUCCAUGACAGACUGGAGGCACCAGAGUUGAUGCUGGACGCCAACAUGGCACGAGACCACCUGGCCAUGCUGGGCACUGACAUCACCUUGAGCGCCACCUUUAAAGGUGUGCCACAACCCACCGUCAGCUGGAAGAAGAACGACGGUGACGUUCCUUCUCACAUCACUGUCGCUGUCACCACCAGCAGCAGCAAACUCUUUAUCCCCAAGUGUGUCCGGCCAGACUCUGGAGACUUUACCAUCACUGUGGAGAAUGCUGCUGGCAAGAAAUCUGCAACCGUUUCUGUGCUUGUGCUGAACAAGCCUACCCCUCCCAGAGAUCUGGUGGUCUCUGAGGUGACAAGCGAGUCGGCCUACUUGACAUGGAAGGCUCCCGAGGACAAUGGUGGUGCCAUCAUUUCCCACUACAUUGUGGAGAAGAAGGACGUUGCCUCCGAGCAGUGGGUGCCGGUCUCUGCAGCCAAUAAGAAACUGAGUCUGAUGGCCAUGUACCUGAUGGAGGGAAUCCAGUACCUAUUUAGGGUUGCUGCUGAGAACCAGUUUGGCAGGAGCGACUACGUGGUGACCAAGACACCCAUCAAGGCCGUUGAUCCACUCUAUCCUCCUGGCCCACCCAAAAACCUGCACCACACUGAUGCAGAGAAGACCGAAGUGUGGCUGGCAUGGGAGUGGCCAGACCGAACCGGAGGAAGUGAUAUCACUGGCUUCAUUGUGGAGCACCAGGAAGAGGGCCAGACAGACUGGGUCACCUUCAAGACCGUCAGCAACGAGCACGCCCACGUCACUGGUCUGGUGGAGGGCAAGACUUACCGCUUCAGGGUCAAGGCUCAGAAUGCAAUCGGCGUGAGCCGUCCUGACACCAGCGUACCCAUCACCUGCCAGGAAAAGACAUUACCACCAACUAUUGAAGUUGAUGUGAAGCUUAUUGAGGGUCUUGUUGUCAAAGCUGGCAGUCCUAUUGCCCUUCCAGCCAAGAUGACAGGCAUCCCCACUCCUACUCCCAAAUGGAUGUCCGAUAACAAGGAAAUCAUAUCCGAGGGACGCUAUCACAUUGAGACUGUUGGAUCCUCCACCACCCUUGGUAUCCCUGAGAGCCAGCGAGGAGACACUGGAGAGUACGUCCUCACUGUGACCAAUCCUUCAGGCAACAAGACUGUUGCCCUGCAUGUCACCGUGCUGGAUCUUCCAGGUCCACCCCUCGGACCUAUCAAUAUCUUGGAGGUCACCCCUGAUCACAUGAUGAUCCAAUGGAGGGCACCCAAGGAUGACGGUGGCACACCCAUCACCAACUACGUGGUGGAAAAGAGGGAUGUGAAGAAGUCAUGGGAGCCCUGGUCUGUAGUUAGCUCUGGCGGCACCAGCACCAAGGCCAAGGUGUCCAGGCUGGAGAAGGGCCGUGAGUACAUAGUCCGUGUCCGAGCAGAAAACAAGAUUGGCAUCGGCGCACCACUUGAGAGUCCUCCCACUAUUGCAAAGCACAUGUUUAACCCUCCUGGUCCUCCAGGUCUGCCAGUGUGCUCUGAUAUCACUGAGAAUGCUGUGACAGUAGAAUGGCCCCUGCCUGACUAUGAUGGCGGCAGCCCUAUCAGUGGAUAUGUGGUUGAACGCAGAGAAAUGACAGGAAAGUGGAUCCGCGUCAACAAAACUCCGGUGCUGGACCUCAGAUACAGAGUCUCAGGUCUGUUUGAAGGCAACAGCUAUGAGUUCAGAGUGUUUGCUGAAAAUGUUGCUGGUAUAAGCGAGCCUUCUCCCAACUCUGACCCUGUCAAAGCUGCUCGUGCCAUCACCAAACCUGGACCCCCCGGCAAUCUUAAACUUAAGGACUGGAGCAAGUCCUAUGCUGACAUCUGCUGGACCAAGCCUACCCGAGACGGUGGCAGUCCCAUUCUGGGCUAUGUGGUUGAGAUUCAGAAGUCAGGAUCUGCCAAGUGGGACAGAAUCAACAAGGACCUCAUCAAGAUGUGUGCCCACAGAGUUCCAGGCCUCAUGGAAGGAAUGGAGUACAGAGUCCGCAUCAGAGCCACCAAUAAGGUUGGAGACAGUGAACCCAGGGAGCUGGCUAAGACUAUCUUAGCAAAGGAUAUCCUGGUGCCCCCUGAGGUUGUUGUUGACGUGUCAUGCCGCGACUCUCUGACAGUCAGGGCAGGUCAGAUCAUAAGUUUAAUAACCAGGGUGAAAGGCAGACCUGACCCAGAGAUCACAUGGACCAAGGAUGCCAGAGCCUUAUCCCGGGACAAGCGCACUCAGCUUAACAACAACUAUCCUCUGUGUGAAUUGGUUAUCAAUGAUGCAGUCAGGUCAGACUACGGUAAAUACGCCAUUCUCGCCAAGAACAGUAGUGGACAGGCACAGGCAACCAUCAUUGUCAAUGUCCUUGACACACCAGGACCUUGCCAGAACCUGAAAGUGGCCUACGUGACCAAGAAGUCCUGCAUGGUGUCCUGGGAGAAUCCUGAGGACAAUGGAGGCAGUGAGAUCACUCAGUACAUUAUUGAGAGCCGUCAGCCCAGCCAGAGAGGAUGGACUUUGGUCUCCAAUGACUGCACCAAGCGCCUGUUGAAGGCCCCUCUUACUGAAGGCUGCGAGUACUUCUUCCGUGUCAGUGCAGAAAACAAGAUUGGUGCUGGUCCACCCACUGAGACAAAACAAGCUGUGUUGGCAGUCGAUCCCGUUGAGAAGCCUGGUGAACCCAAUGACUUCCACAUCUCUGAGAUCGGCAAGACCUUCUGCUUCCUCAAGUGGAAGAAGCCAGACAAUGAUGGUGGUAGCCGUAACCUGGCUUAUCAUGUUGAGAAGAAGCCAAAGGAGGCUGAGGAGUGGGAGAGGCUUCACAAGGGUGCUAUCAAGGAGACUUACUUCAUGGCUGACAGGUGCAUUGAAAACCAGAUCUACCAGUUCAGAGUUCAGACAAAGAACGAAGGAGGUGAGAGCAACUGGGUGACCACAGCUGAAGUCCUGGUGAAGGAAGAGCUUGUGGAACCUGAAGUCAAGAUUAAACUAGAUGCAACACUCGUGGUCAAGGCAGGAGACUCCAUUCCUAUCGAGGCAACAGUUAAGGGCAAACCCCAGCCUGAUAUCAAAUGGACCAAAGAUGACAGCACAGAGGAGAUGAAGAGGGGCCCCAGGCUUCAGAUCGAAACUGGUGUUGACUUCUCAAAGCUGCUGAUUACUGGCGCCAAACGAACUGACAGUGGAAAAUAUGUUGUUACUGCCUCCAACAGUGCAGGAACCAGCACUGCCCACGCUAAGGUCAACGUACUGGAUAGACCUGGACCUGUCAGGGAUCUCAAGGUGUCUGGUAUCACCAUCGACAGGUGCCAUUUGGCCUGGGAAGUUCCAGAAGAUGAUGGUGGCUGCGAUAUCUACAACUACAUUAUUGAGAAAUGUGAGACCAAGAGAGGAGUGUGGUCAGUCCACUCCAACGCUGUCAUCACCAAUAAAGCUAAUGUCACCCGUCUUAUCGAGGGUAAUGAGUAUAUCUUCAGAGUUCGUGCUGAGAAUAAGAUGGGUCCUGGACCUGCAGUGCAGAGUGAAGCCAUUGUUGCUGGCACCCAGUUCAAUGUGCCUGGCGCUCCCGAGGCACCAGAAGUCACUAAGAUUGCCAAGGAGGAGAUGACUGUGCAGUGGUCAGAACCCGAGAGAGAUGGCGGAAAGCCAGUCACAGGUUAUCUGUUGGAGAAGAGGGAAGAGCAUGCCGUUAGGUGGUCUCCUGUCAACAAGGAUCCAAUUCCUUCAACUCGUUUCACAGUUACUGGACUCCUGCCCCUCCAUGACUACCAGUACAGAGUCAAGGCUGUCAAUGAAGUUGGCAUUGGCAGUCCAAGCAAGCCCUCACGUGCCAUCACUGCCAAGGACGCAGUUGAGCCUCCUGCACCUCCUACCAACUUGAAGGUCACGGACAGCACCAAGUCCACCAUCACUCUGGGCUGGACCAAGCCUGUAUCAGAUGGUGGAGCUCCCAUCAUUGGCUACGUUGUGGAGAUGAGGGUGCAGGGAAGUGCCAAGAAAGGAGACGAUGGGUGGAAGAGGUGCAACGUGGCCGCACAGCUGGUCGUGUGCGAGUUCACAGUCACAAGUCUAGAUGAGAAGCUUAUAUAUGAAUUCAGAGUGUCAGCUCAGAACCAGGUGGGCAUGAGCCUGCCCUGUGACCUGGAGGGCGCAGUGAUCCCCAGGGAGAUUCUAGAGGCACCAGAGAUUGACUUGGAUGCCAACCUGAAGCAGGGCCUGACAGUGAGAGCCGGCUGUCCCAUCAGACUAUGUGCCACCAUCAGAGGUAGACCAGCUCCCAAAGUCACAUGGAGAAGAAUGGGCAUUGACAACGUGGUCAGGAAGGGAAAAGUCGACCUCAUUGAUACCAUGACCUUCCUAAUCAUCCCCGACAGCACCCGCAAUGACUCUGGCAAAUACUGCCUGACGCUACAGAGUCCAGCCGGAGAGAAGGCUGUGUUUGUUAAUGUUAAGGUUCUGGACACUCCAGGACCUGUGAUGAAUCUGGAAGUUACCGACAUCACACAGACAUCCGCCAUGAUGUCCUGGACUCCUCCAGAGGUUGACGGUGGCAGCGAGGUCACUCACUACAUUGUUGAGAAGCGCGAGAUUGACCGCAAGACCUGGGCAACCGUCAAAGCCGAAGUUGCGAAGGAUAAGAUUCCCUUCAAAGUCACCGGUCUGGUGCCAGGCACUGAGUACUACUUCAGAGUCAUGGCUGUUAAUGAGUAUGGCUCUGGAGUCCCCAGGGUGUCACCCACUUCCUACGUGGCCUCUGAUCCUGUCAGUAAGCCUGAUCCUUGUCAGAAGAUCGAGGUUCUGGAGAUCACUAAGAACAGUGCUGUUGUCGGCUGGGUGAAGCCCUUAAGGGACGGCGGUGCCAAGAUUGAUGGUUAUGUUGUUGAAUACAUUGAGGUCAAACCUCCUCCAGAGCCUAAAGCACCUGUGGAGGUUCCGGGGGGAGAGGGGGCUCCUCCUCCACCUCCACCGCCUCCAGUGGUAGAGGAGGAGAAGGCAGAACCUGAAAAGGAGCUGUGGAACGCCUACACAACGGUGAAAGGUUUGACAAUCAGCAUCAGCGGCCUGAAGGAGGGCAAGAGGUACAGAUUCAGAGUGGCUGCGAAGAACAUCAUGGGCCAGAGCUUGUUCACCGAGACCAGGCAGCCAGUCGAGAUCAAGGAACAGAUGUUGGAGCCAAAGAUCGUCAUGCCAGAGACAGUGAGCGCCAGAGCAGGAGCCAAGCUCAGAGUGGAGGCACUGGUUUCCGGAAGACCGUCUCCAACAUGCAAGUGGAUGCGUGGCGAGGUCGCAGUGGUCCCAUCCAGCCGUCUGGCCGUGCACCAGUCUGGCAACCUGUGCGUCCUGAUCAUCAAAGACGUGUCAAGGACAGACAGUGGAGAGUACAGCCUGGCGGCUGAGAACAGCUCUGCAAAGGUUGUCGAGUCCCUGAAGAUUAUCAUUAGAGACAUUCCUGGUCCUCCUGAAGGCCCAGUGGAGAUCAGCGAUAUCGACUCUGAUGCCUGCUCCCUGUCCUGGAACAAACCACUGGAGGACGGAGGCAGCAAUAUCACCAACUACGUGGUAGAGAAAUGUGAUGUGAGUAGAGGCGACUGGGUAACUGCUACCUCUUCUGGUCAGAAAACCAGUUGCAGGCUUGGAAAGCUCAUCCCCGGAAAGGAGUAUGUGUUCCGUAUCCGUGCUGAGAACCGCUAUGGAGUGUCAGACCCCAUUCAGUCUGACAGGAUGGUUGCAAAGUUCCCCUUCGACGUUCCUAGUGAGCCCCUCAACUGCCGCAUUAACAAGACCAACAAGGACUGUAUGUUCGUUGCUUGGGAUACGCCUGAGAGCGAUGGCGGCAGUCCCAUCACAGGUUACUACAUUGAACGUAAGGAGAGGAACAGCCUGCUGUGGGUGAAGGCCAAUGACACCGUUGUCCGCACCACUGAGUACCCGUGUGCUGGCCUUAUCGAGGGCCUGGAAUACACGUUUAGAGUGUCCGCCAUCAACCGUGCUGGCCAGGGCAAACCAAGCAAGAAGACUGACUUUGUCACUGCUAGAACACCUGUUGACACUCCAGGUAAACCUGAAGUCUUGGAUGUAACCAAGAACUCCGUUACUCUGGUCUGGACGCGUCCCAAAAAUGACGGUGGCAGCAAGAUCAUUGGAUACUAUGUUGAGGCCAUGCAGGUGCCAGGAGACACCUGGAUACGAUGCAACACCAGCAGCCAGAAUGUCCCAAGGGAGGAGUAUACGGUGACUGGUCUAGAGAGAGAUUUGCAGUACCAGUUUAGAGUCAUCGCCAAAACUGCUGUGAACUUGAGCAAACCCUCUGAGCCCACAGACCCUGUCUUGGUCUGUGCCGAGAACGUUCCACCGAGGCUGGAGCUCAACGCCAAGAUGCAGAAAGGUUUAAAGGUAAAGGCCGGAACCACAAUCGUCCUGGAGGCUGAGGUAUUUGGAAAGCCUAUGCCCAAAGUGACAUGGAAGAGAGGGGAUGACAACCUGAAAUCAGGUGAAGGCCAGGUCAUCACCCAUCAGAGGCAUCACUUCCAGCUGGAGAUGGCAGGGGUCACCAAGGAGCACACAGCAACCUACUCCAUCGUGGCAGAGAAUGCUAGCGGCUCCAAGACUGCCGAAAUCCAGGUCAUAGUCCUGGAUGUGCCUGGCCCUCCUGCCAGUGCCAAAUAUGUUGAAGUGUUUGCCACCAGUAUCAAGGUGUCCUGGGAGCCUCCUCUGAAGGACGGUGGCGCUAUCAUUACCAACUACAUCGUGGACAAGCGUGAGACCAGCAGAGCAAACUGGGCCCAGGUCUCCUCCAAGAUCAAGGGAGACAUUCAUGAGUUCAAUGUGGAGAAGCUAAUUGAGGGUCACGAGUACCAGUUCCGAAUCCGUGCUGAGAACACGUGGGGAGUUGGUGACCCCCUCAUCACCAACCCUGUCAUCGCCAAGAACCCAUUCACUGUUCCUGGCCCUUGCGAGGCACCAGUGAUCACCAACGCGGCCAAGGAUCGUAUGACUGUGAGCUGGAAGGAGCCUGCCGAUGAUGGAAAGUCCCCCAUCCUGGGCUACAUGCUGGAAAAGAAAGAGACCAAGGAGCUGAGUUGGACCAAGCUGAACAGGAAGCCCAUAACAGAGAGGAGCCUUGAAGUUACAGGCCUCAAAGAGGGAGCUGAGUACGAGUUCAGAGUCAGUGCUGUCAAUGUGGCAGGGGUUGGCAAACCCAGCGAGCCCUCCACUGGCGCCAUUGCACAGAAUCCUCUCACUCCUCCUGGCCCCGUUGUUAACCCCAAUGUGACAAACACCACCCACAGCACCAUCAGCCUUGCUUGGACCGCCCCUGCCAACAAUGGCGGAAGCCCCAUCAUUGGAUACUUGGUGGAGGUCAAGAGGACUGACACCACAGACUGGAUCCGCUGCAAUGUCCCCAGGAACCUGCAGGAGACCAACUACGUCAUCCAGAACCUCAUACACAAGUCCGAGUACCAGUGCCGCAUCACUGCUGUCAACAAGGUUGGCUUCAGCGAACCAGUUGAAGUACCCGGCACACAUGUUGCCAAGGACAUCAUGAUUCCUCCUGAGGCAGAGCUAAGUGCAGAGCUGAAGGAGGGUCUUGAGCUACGUGCUGGUGCUGUCAUGAGGCUGCAUGCCUCCAUCAAGGGCACUCCCAUCCCCAAGAGCACCUGGGCAAAGAUGAACACCAACAUCAAGGACCGCCAGGGCCUCAUCAUGAAAUCCACCAACUUUGACACAACAGUGAUUGUAGAGAAUGUCAACAGAUAUGAUGCUGGCAAAUACAUUCUGAGUCUGGAGAGCUUGGCUGGCAUUAAGAUGUACACCAUUGUUGUCAAGGUUCUUGAUACUCCCGGACCACCAGUCAACCUGAUGGUGAAAGAGGCAAACAAGGACAGUGCCUCCAUCUACUGGGACACUCCACUGAUGGAUGGUGGCUCUGAAAUCACCCACUACAUCGUGGAGAAGCGUGACACUGAGAGGAAGGCCUGGUCCAUUGUCUCCAAAGACUGUACCAAGACAUCCUUCGACGUGCCAGACCUGGAUGCCGGGCGGUCCUACUGCUUCAGGGUGUCAGCAGUUAACAAGCUUGGCGCUGGAGAGCGUUGUGAGACAGCCGACUCUGUCAAGGCAUCUGAGGAGCCUGGGCCUGUCAUCGACUUCAAGACCCUGCUUGUCACCAAGGACUCUUGCACCCUGAGCUGGAAGAAACCCCUCAGCGAUGGUGGCAGCCGCAUCAUCUGCUAUGUGCUGGAGGUUCUCAAUGGUGAAGACAAGUACAAGGAACUCAUGAGGUCCAAGAACAUGCAGUACAGUGCCAAGGACCUGGUGGAGGACAGAGAGUACACCUACAGAGUCAAGGCUGUCAAUGACUCAGGAGAAGGUUCUCCCAAGGAGCUGAAGGUGGUUGCCAAAGACCAGAUCAUUCCUCCCAACUGUGACUUGAGGGAGCUGCCCAACAUGUGCUACAUUGCCAAGGAGGGCAGCACCGUCCGUCUGAAGAUCCCAAUUGUUGGCAAACCUCCACCCAAGGUCACCUGGAAGAAGGGAGAUGACGAAGACUUGACAGACACCGGCCGAGUGUGCGCAGAGUCUUCUGCAGUUAAUACCACCCUCAUGAUCAGGGACUGCCAGAGGAGUGAUGCUUCCAAGUACUGUAUCACCCUGAGGAACAGUGCUGGAACCAAGGAGUCCACCAUCUUCAUCAGGGUGGUGGGUAAACCUGGCAUCCCUAUUGGACCUAUUAAGUUCAAAGAUGUUGCUGCUGAUGGUGCUACGCUGAAGUGGGCCACUCCUAAGGAUGAUGGUGGCUCAGAGAUCACAAACUACAUCCUGGAAAAGAGGGACUUCAUCACCAACAUGUGGGUCACUGUGUCCUCUGCUGUGGAGGAAAACACCUUUAGGGUGACUGGUCUCCAUGAGGGCACAGAGUACAUCUUCAGAGUCUGUGCUGAGAACAAGUAUGGUGUUGGAGAGGGACUCAAGUCUGACCCCAUUGUUGCUAAACAUCCAUUCAAUGUUCCCGAUGCUCCUCCUCCACCUCAGGUCAUGAGCAUGCGCCACGACUCUGCUUACUUGGCCUGGUCUGACCCCAGAAAGACUGGAGGAUCUCCCAUCACAGGCUACCAUGUUGAGUUCAAGGAGAGGAACAGUAUGUUGUGGAAGAGGGCGAGUCCAGCUGCCUUGAAGAUGAAGGAACACAAAGUAACUGGGCUGACUGAAGGUCUGGAGUACCAGUUCAGAGUCAUGGCAGUCAAUCUGGCCGGCAUUGGCAGACCAAGUGCUCCCACAGAUCCACAGGUGGCCCUGGAUCCCAUUGAUGCCCCUGGGAAACCUGAUGUGAUCAGCGUCACCAGAAGCACCGUGACCCUACAGUGGACCGAGCCACAGUUCGAUGGUGGCCACAGACUGACUGGCUACAUUGUUGAGAGGCGUGACCUGCCCUCUAAGAUCUGGGUAAAGGCCAACAAUGUAAAUGUUGUGGAGCCUGCAUUCACUGUAACUGAUUUACAGGAAGGCUGCAAAUACGAGUUUAGAAUCAGGGCGAAGAAUGCUGCCGGUGCUCUCAGCCCACCAUCAGAGCAGACAGAUACUAUUAUCUGCAUGGAUGAAUAUGCUGCACCAACCAUUAUUAUCGACGCUCAGGUGAAAGAGGGUGUGACUGUCCGGGCUGGUGACACUAUUGUAAUUACUGCCACAAGCAUUUUAGGCAAACCUGCGCCAACCUCAUGCUGGUCAAAGGGAGGAAAAUACUUUAAACCAUCUGAUAUUGUUCAUAUUGAGACCACUGCAACUUCCUCCACCCUGUCCAUCAAGUACGCUGGCAGGAAAGAUUCUGGGGAGUACGUCAUCACUGCCAGUAAUCCCUUUGGUGUAAAGGAGGAAACCGUCAAGGUCACAGUUCUAGAUGUUCCUGGUAUUCCUGGACCCAUUGAAUGCAGUGGUGUCUCUUCUGAAAAGGUCACUCUUACCUGGACAGCUCCCACUGAAGAUGGAGGAUCUCCUAUAAAGUAUUACACCCUGGAGAAGAGAGAGACCAGCCGCCUGCUCUGGACUAUUCUGGAAGAGAAGGUCAUUGACUGUCACUAUGUGGCCAACAAGCUCAUCCAGGGCAAUGAGUACUUCUUCAGAGUAUCUGCUGUUAACCAGUAUGGUGCUGGUGAAGCAUCUCAGUCUGAGGCAGUUAAGAUGAUUGAUAGAUUCGGUCCUCCUGGCCCACCAUCCAGACCAGAGGUUGAAAAAGUUGAUGGACAUUCCGUCACAGUGACCUGGAGGAGACCAGCUGAGGAUGGAGGAAGUGACAUCAUAGGAUACUGUGUUGAGAAGAAGGAGAAAAAGGGGAUGAGAUGGGUCAGGGCAUCCAAGAAAUCCAUUGCUGAGCUCAGCUAUGCAGUCACUGGUCUCACUGAGGGCAUAGAGUAUGAGUUCCGUGUUCUUGCUGAGAACAAAGCUGGCUUCGGAGAGCCAAGUGAACCAUCUAUGCCUGUCAGAACGAUAGUUGUUGCCUAUGUGCCUGGACCUCCAGUCAAUCCAAGAGUCACAGACACAACCAAGACCACUGCCACCCUGAAUUGGGGAAAACCUCUUGAUAACGGUGGACUUGAAGUCACUGGAUAUGUGGUUGAGCACAAGAAGGAAGGAACAGAAGAAUGGGUCAAGGACACCCCUUCAUCUCCACUUAGGAUCACAGAAUUUGUUGUGCCUGAGCUGGAAACUGGUGUAAAAUACCUCUUCAGAAUUAGCGCUGUGAAUGCCAAGGGAGCAGGUGAACCUGCUGUAACUCAGGAACUGACUGAGAUAGUGGAGCAUGCUGCUGAACCUGGUUUUGAGCUGGAUCUUGAGCUCAGAAGAACCCUUGUCGUUAGAGCUGGCUGCUCCAUUCGCCUCUUUGUGCCAAUCAAGGGACGUCCUACACCUGCCGUCACCUGGACAAAGGAGGGUGGUCCUGUCCCACGUGCAGUCAUUGACAGCACAGAGUCAUUUACAAUGCUGAUUGUCCCUGAGAGUUCAAGGAUUGAUGCAGGUAAAUAUGAGCUUACCCUCGAAAACUCAGCUGGAAAGAAGAGUGCCGCUAUACAAGUAAGAGUUCUGGAUUCUCCUGGACCUCCACUCAACCUGAAACCAGUCAAGAUUGACAAGGAAAGCAUUACUCUUCAGUGGGAGAUGCCUCUCAUUGAUGGUGGAGCCAGGAUCACAAACUACAUCAUUGAGAAGAGAGAAUCAACACGCAAGGCUUUUGCUACUGCUGUUACAAACUGCCCAACCACUUCAGUCAGGAUUGGUGACCUGGGUGAAGGCUGUGAAUACUACUUCAGAGUGUCUGCUGAGAAUGAAUAUGGCAUUGGUGAGGCGGUUGAAACUGUUGAUCCAAUUCGUGCUUCGCAGGCACCAACUCCUCCACAGAGUAUUAUUCCUACUGAUAUAACCAAGAACUCUGUGAGCCUGGCUUGGACUAAACCCAAGCACGAUGGUGGAAGCAGAAUUACAGGAUAUGUUCUUGAAGCCCAGAAAAAGGGAACUGACCAAUGGACACAUAUUACAACAAUCAAGAACAUGGACUUCACAGUGAAGAAUCUCAAUGAGAGCGAGGAGUACACUUUCCGCGUAAUGGCUGUCAAUCUCUCAGGUAGAAGCGCUCCACGUGACAGCAAACCCAUUGUUGUCAAGGAUUCUACUUCCCUGCCUGAGUUUGACCUCCGUGGCGUAUGUCAGAAGACUAUUAUUGCCAAGGCAGGAGAUGACAUCAAGGUUGAAAUUCCAGUUAUGGGACGUCCUAGACCAACUGUCUCCUGGCAAAAGGAUGGCGCAGCCCUGAAGCUGACACAGAGAACCAAUGUGGAAACUACUGCUGCUACUGUUAUCCUCAGCAUUGGUGAAUGCAACAGAGCUGACAGUGGUGUUUACACCAUGACGGGAAAGAACAUUGUUGGUUCUGUAACAGACAAUAUCAUUGUCAAAGUACAUGAUGUACCUGGACCACCCAAGGGACCAGUGAAGAUUGUGGAGAUAGCUCGUACCUAUUGUAUCUUUGCAUGGGACCCUCCUGAGAAUGAUGGAGGCGUUCCAAUCAACAAUUAUGUGGUGGAGAUUAGAGACACCACUUCCCAAACAUGGACAGAGCUGUCUUCUACUGUCAUCCGUACCAUGUUCAAAGCCAUUCGCUUAAACACUGGAUCAGAGUACCAAUUCAGAGUAAAGGCUAAGAACAGAUAUGGUGCUGGAGCUCCCAUUACCUCAGAGGCAGUAGUGGCUGCCUAUCCAUUUAAAGUCCCUGGCCCUCCUGGUACUCCCAAUGUUGUUGCAUUUACCAAGGACUCAAUAACAAUUGGCUGGAAUGAGCCUGUGGCUGAUGGUGGAAAUGAGGUCAUUGGUUAUCAUGUUGAGAGGAAAGAAAGGAGCAGUAUCAUGUGGCAAAAGAUCAGCAAGGGUCUGGUGAAAGGAAACAUAUUUAAAUCCACUGGCCUUGAAGAUGGAAUUGCCUAUGAGUUCCGUGUCAUGGCUGAAAACAUGGCUGGAAUUGGUAAGCCCAGCAAAGCCUCAGAACCAAUACUGGCCUUGGACCCUGUAGACCCACCAGGUCAGCCUGUGCCAAUAUUUGUCAACAAGAAUGUCAUCACCAUUCAGUGGACAAAGCCUGAGUAUGAUGGUGGUUUCAAAAUCACUGGCUACAUAGUGGAGAAGAAAGAACUUCCUACUGGCCGCUGGAUUAGAGCCAACUUCACCAAUAUCAUUGAGACAACAUUCACUGUCAGUGGACUGACUCAAGAUGCCUCCUAUGAGUUCCGCGUUAUAGCCAGAAACUCAGCAGGUGCAGUGAGUGUGCCCUCUGAGCCCUCAGACCCAAUUACCUGCAAAGAUGAUAUUAUUGAGCCACGCAUUAUGGUAGAUGCCAUCUUUAAGGAUGUUAUUCUACUGAAGGCAGGGGAGUCCUUCAAGCUUGAUGCUGAUAUUGCUGGUCAACCAACCCCAUCUAUGGUUUGGACCAAGAAUGGAAAGGAGGUUGAGAACACGCUGAAACUGGAGAUAAAGUUCACUGAACUGGAAACCACUCUGACCAACAAGGACUCUGUCAGAUCAGAUGGAGGAGAAUUUGUUUUGACUGCCACUAAUGUUGGUGGAUUUGCUAAGCACAUCUUUAAGGUUAAAGUGCUUGACAGACCUGGACCACCGGUUGGACCUCUUGAGGUGUCUAAUGUCACCGCUGACAACUGUAUACUGACCUGGGCUCCACCAGCAGAUGAUGGAGGUGCCAAAAUUGAAGGUUAUGUGAUUGAGAAGCGUGAGUCAAGCAGACUGGUUUGGACCAAUGUAGUCUCAGACCUGCAAGUUACACAGUACAAGGUGACCAAGCUGCUUAAAGGAAAUGAAUACAUCUUCAGAGUUAUGGCUCUAAACAAGUAUGGACUUGGCGAGUCUCUUGAGUCAGAACCCACUAUUGCAGAAAACCCAUAUGUGGUUCCAGAUCCUCCAGGAAAUCCUGAGGUGACUGCUAUCACUAAAGAUUCAAUGGUUGUUAUGUGGCAAGCGCCUAAGAGUGAUGGUGGAACUCCCAUCACCCACUACAAUAUCCAAAGGAAAGACAGAAUAGGCCUCCGUUGGGUCAAAUGCAACAAGAGGAAGGUCAAAGAUCUACAGUUUAAGGUAACAGGCCUUGUUGUCGGACAUGAAUAUAAAUUCAGAGUAGUUGCAGAGAAUGCUGCUGGAGUAAGUCCACCAAGUGCCUCGAGUCCAUUCUACAAGGCCACCGACGGACUGUAUAAGCCAGGAGCCCCAUCCAACCCCAGAAUCUUGGACACAACUAAGUCCUCAAUUACUGUUGCCUGGAACAAACCUGUAUAUGAUGGUGGCUCUGACAUCACUGGCUACAUGGUGGAGACCUGCAUCCCAUCUGAAAAGGCGGAAGAUGAGGAAUGGACUAUUGUGACACCCAAAGAAGGACUUCUUGCCACCUCAUUCACCAUUAUUAACCUGAAGGAAAACCAGGAGUACAAGAUUAACAUCUCUGCUGUCAACAGUGAAGGAGUUGGAGAGGCAGCAUCUGUACCUGGUAAUCCCAAGGCAGAGGACAGGCUCCUCCCACCUGAGAUUGAGUUGGAUGCUGAGCUCCGCAAGGUUGUCAGUCUUAGAGCUUGCUGCUCACUUAGACUGUUUGUGCCUAUCAGAGGCAGACCAGCUCCUCAGGCUAAAUGGACCAAAGGAGACGGUGAGCGUGUUGAGAGGGCAACCAUUGACAGCACAACAUCAUACACGUUACUUGUAAUUGAAAAUGUCAACAGAUUUGACAGUGGGAAGUAUAAUCUUACAGUUGAAAACAGCUCUGGCUCUAAGACAGUUACGGUCCAAGUCAGGGUGCUUGACACACCAAGUGCCCCACAGAAUCUCAAGAUUACAGCUGUAACUAAAGAAGCUGUCACUCUGACUUGGGAUCCACCAGCGAAUGAUGGAGGAGUAAAGAUUAAGAAUUAUAUUGUUGAAAAACGCGAGUCCACAAGGAAAGCAUAUGCCACAGUCAAAGCCAUGUGUCAUCAUACCACCUUUACAGUGGACCAACUCUUGGAAGGUUGCAACUAUUACUUCAGAGUUUUAGCUGAGAAUGAAUAUGGCAUUGGCCUGCCCAUUGAGACUAUUGAAUCAGUUAAAGUGUCUGAGAAACCACAGCCACCUGGCAAAAUCACUCUUAAGGAUGUUACCAAGAACAGCGUCACCCUCUCCUGGGAGAAGCCAGAGCAUGAUGGAGGAAGCAGAGUGGGCUGUUAUGUUGUUGAGAUCCAGCCAAAGGGUGUUGAUAAGUGGACCCAGGCUGUGAUAGUAAAGGAAACAGAAGCUACUAUUAGUGGACUCAUUGCAGGUGAAGAAUACAUGUUCCGUGUAGCAGCAAAAAAUGAGAAAGGAGCAAGCGACCCACGUGAAUUCGGUGUGCCUGUGAUUGUGAAAGAUCUUGUGAUUGCCCCUGUUGCCAAAAUGUUGUUCAACACAUUCAGUGUGUUAGCAGGAGAAGACCUGACAGUACAGGUUCCAUAUGUUGCACGUCCCAAAGCAGCUAUCUCCUGGGUAAAAGAUGGUCAGCCUCUGAAGAGAACUACCAGAGUAAACUUUAGUGAAACAGACACACUGUUGGACCUCAGCAUAAAAGAAGCUACUAAAGAUGAUGUUGGAAAGUACCACAUUACCUUAAGCAACACAGCAGGAGAGUCAUCAGUUGACAUUGGCGUUGUUGUGCUUGACAAACCUGGCCAGCCUGGUGGUCCAGUAAAGGUGGAGGAGGUCACCUCUGACAGUAUAACCAUCUCCUGGAAGCCACCAGAGUAUGAUGGUGGUUGCACCAUCAAAAACUACCUUGUGGAAAAGAGAGACACAUCCACAACGAACUGGAUGGUUGUGUCUCCAAACCUUGCAAGGACCAAAAUCAAGGCAGGCAGGUUGAAGACUGGGUCUGAGUAUCAGUUUAGAAUCACAGCCGAAAACAGAUAUGGGAAAGGCCCAGCUCUACUCUCAGAGUGUAUUGUGGCUCAAUAUCCAUACAAGCUCCCAGGACCCCCAGGAACACCAUCCAUUGCAGCCUGCACCAAGGACAGUAUGGUAGUGGCCUGGAAUGAACCUGUGAUUGAUGGUGGAAGUACCAUCUUGGGCUACCAUCUUGAACGCAAAGAGAGAAACAGCAUCCUGUGGGUGAAACUUAACAAGUCUCUUAUUACAGACCAGACCUUCAAGACCACUGGUCUCGAACCAGGAAUGGAAUAUGAAUUCAGAGUUUAUGCUGAAAACAUUGUUGGAAUAGGCAAAGUGAGCAAAGUGUCUGAGGGACGUGUUGCUAGAGAUCCUUGUGAUCCCCCUGGUACCCCAGAGGCAACAAAGAUCAGUAAGGACUCCGUGACCAUUGCUUGGACCAAGCCUGAAUAUGAUGGUGGAGCAAAGGUUACAGGCUACGUUGUAGAAAAGAAGGAUCUUCCUGAGGGUCGCUGGGUGAAGGCUAACUUUACCAACAUCAUUGAGACCGAAUAUGUUGCAACUGGACUUGUGCAGGACAACCAGUAUGAGUUCCGUGUCAUUGCCAGAAAUGCUGCUGGUGUUUUCAGUAUGCCCUCAUACAGCACUGGUCCUAUCACUGCAAGGGAUGAGAUUGAACCACCACGUAUCAGCAUUGACCCAGAGUACACACAGACUAUUGUUGUUAAUGCUGGAGACAACUUUAAGAUUGAUGCUGAUGUUCAUGGCAAACCAUUGCCUUCUAUCCAUUGGAUGAAGGGAGAGCAGGAACUGGGUAACACUAUUCAUAGAGAAAUUAAGAACACACCCACCAAAGCAUAUAUAUCUGUCAAGGAAGCUAAACUUUCCGAUGGAGGCCAGUACACUCUGCUACUCAAAAAUCCAGGAGGAGAAAAGGCUGUACAGGUCAAUGUUGUUGUUCUGGAUAAACCCGGAGAACCACAAGGACCUCUUGUUGUUACAGGAAUAACCAAAGAGCAGUGCUGCCUUGCUUGGAAGCCACCACUACAGGAUGGUGGCAGCAAGAUCUCUCACUACAUUGUAAAGAGGAGGGAGACAGGCAGACUCGUCUGGACUGUUGUUGACUCAAAAGUGGAGAAGAUUUGUUUGAAAAUUACUAAGCUCCUGGAAGGAAAUGAGUACAUCUUCAGAGUCCAUGCUGUCAACCAAUUUGGAGUGGGUGCACCACUCGAGUCUGCUGCUGUCAUGAUCAAAGAUCCAUAUGCUGCCCCUGGAGCACCUAAGAGCUUGGAAGUUUCAGAUAUUAAAAAGGAUUCAAUGGUGCUCACUUGGGAGGCUCCUUCUGAAGAUGGAGGCAGUCCUGUCACUGGAUACAUAAUUGAGAAACAUGACAAAGAAGGUGUAAGAUGGACAAGAUGCAACAGGAAUACAGUCACUGACUUGACUUUCAAGGUCACUGGGCUCUUGGAGAGCCAUAACUACGAAUUCAGAGUUGCAGCUGAGAAUGCUGUAGGUGUUGGUGAGCCAAGCUCCCCAACUGUGUUCUAUAAAGCCCUUGAUCCCAUCUUUAGGCCUGGCCCACCACACAAUCCAAGAGUAACUGACACAACUAAAUCCUCAGUUUUCCUGUCAUGGGGCAAGCCUGUCUGUGAUGGAGGCUGUGAGAUUCAGGGAUAUAUUGUUGAGUGCUGUACUACCACAGAGCCAGCAGUUCCAGCUGAAGUUCCAGCCGCAAAGGAAGCUGCUACAGAAGCCCCUGCUGAGGAAUGGACAAUGUGCACGCCACCAACAGGUGUCAAGAAGACCAAGUUUGAGGUUGCAAACCUGAAGGAAAACCAGGCAUACAAGUUUAGAGUGUGUGCUAUCAACAAAGUAGGAGUUGGUGAGCAUGCUGAUGUCUCUGGAGCUGUUGUUGCCCAGGACAGGGCAGAAGAGCCGGACCUUGACAUUGACCCAGAACUGAGAAAGAUUGUGACCAUAAAAGCUGGAGCUUCCCUCAGACUAUUUAUUCCCAUCAAAGGAAGGCCCACUCCUACCAUCAAGUGGGACAAAGAUGAAGCUGCACUUAAAGAGACAGCUCAGGUCGAGGUGACCAGCAGUUACACAUCCCUUGUAAUUGACAAGAUGAGCAGAAAUGAUAGUGGAAAAUACACCAUCACUGCAGAAAAUGCCAGUGGAACCAAAUCUGCAUUUGUUGUGGUCCGUGUUCUUGACACACCUAGUGCUCCUGUUAACUUGAAAGUGAAAGAAAUUACAAACCAGUCGGUGACACUGGCAUGGGAGCCACCUCUGUUGGAUGGGGGCUCCAAGAUCAAGAACUAUGUCGUUGAAAAGAGGGAAAGCACACGCAAAACAUAUGCAGCUGUUGUAACAAAUUGUCAUGCUCUUUCGUGGAAGAUUGAGCCACUUCAGGAGGGUUGUAGUUACUACUUCAGAGUCCUUGCUGAGAAUGCACAUGGUGUUGGCCUGCCUGCGGCAACUGUCGAUCCUCUUAAGGUCUCCGAGGUGCCCCAGUGUCCGAAGAGCUUGAGUGUUACAGAUCAAACCAGAACAAGCAUCUCAUUGGCCUGGGAGAAGCCUGAGUAUGAUGGUGGUAGCAGAGUCAUGCAGUACCUGCUAGAAGUGAGCCUUAAGGGCCAGGAGAAGUGGUCUGCUGUUAACACGUUCAAGACAAUGGAAGCUACUGUUUCCAAUCUGAACGCAGGAGAGGAGUAUCUGUUCAGAGUUAUAGCAGUCAAUGAUAAGGGAAAGAGUGAUCCCAAAGCCCUUGCUGGUCCAGUGAUGACGAAGGACUUAGUCUUUGAGCCAGAUGUUCGACCAGCAUUCAGCAGCUACAGUGUCAAUGUGGGCAAAGACCUGAAUGUUGACAUUCCCUACUUUGGACGUCCUAAGCCAACAGUCUCAUGGAGUAAAGAUGGAGCUCCUUUGAAAUUCACUACCAGAGUUAACAUUCACGAAACACCAACACAUACGACACUGAGCAUUAAGGAGGCAGCAGGUGAUGAUGGUGGCAUGUACAGUAUAAAUGUAGCUAACUCAGCUGGAAAGAAGGAUGCAACAGUUGAAAUCAUUGUACUUGACAAGCCUGGACCUCCAUCCGGCCCUGUGAGGUUUGAUGAAAUCACAACACAGAGUGUCACUCUUUCAUGGAAUCCACCAAAGCACAAUGGUGGCUGCCAGAUUUCAAACUACAUUGUACAGAAGAGAGAUACUACCACAACAACAUGGGAAAAUGUCAGCAUCAACUGUGCCAGAACCACCAUCAAAGUGCCUAGACUGAAGACUGGAGCGGAGUACCAGUUCAGGAUCAUUGCUCAGAACCGCUAUGGCAAGAGUCAUGGUCUAGAUUCAUCUUCUGUGGUUGCUCAGUACCCAUACAGAGAGCCAGGCCCUCCAGGCACUCCCUUCAUCUCUUCUCUCUCUAGGGACCACCAAAUUGUUGAGUGGCACGAGCCUGUCUCAGAUGGAGGCAGUGCUGUCCUUGGCUACCAUCUUGAAAGGAAAGAGAGGAAUAGUAUUCUUUGGGUCAAGAUCAACAAGACACUUAUACAUGAGACUACUUUCAAGAGUCACCCCCUGGAGGAGGGUAUUGAGUAUGAAUACAGGGUUUAUGCUGAAAACAUUGUUGGCAUUGGCAGGUGCAGUAAGGUCUCAGAGGGCUGUGUUGCCCGUGACCCGUGUGAUCCUCCUGGUACACCAGAGGCCAUCCAUAUAACCAAAGAUACUAUUGUCAUCCAGUGGACUAAACCAGAGUAUGAUGGUGGCAGUAAUAUAACUGGCUAUACUGUGGAGAAGCGUGAUCUGCCAGAGGGCAGGUGGGUAAGGGCAAACUUUACCAAUGUGAUUGAGACCCAGUUCACUGUCACUGGACUGACUGAAAAUACACAGUAUGACUUCAGAGUCAUUGCUAAAAAUGCUGUCGGCACCAUCAGUAAGCCAUCCUACAACAGCGGACCAAUCACUGCAAGUGAUAAGUUAGAGGCACCCAAAUUCUCCAUUGACCCUACAUUUACCAAGACCAUUAUCGUCAAUGCUGGAGAGACCUUUAAGCUGGAUGCUGAUGUCCGUGGCAAGCCACUCCCCACCAUCCAGUGGUUCAAAGAUGAAAAGAUAAUCGAGAAUACACUCAGACUAGAGAUUAAAAACACAGAGGACCGUGCAAUGAUUGUCAUUAAGGACUCUGUUAGAAUUGAUGGUGGAAUUUACACACUCCAAUUGACAAAUAUGGCUGGUAGUGAAACUGUUCCAUUCAACGUUGUGGUCCUGGACAGGCCUAGCCAAUGUGAAGGACCCCUUCACAUCACCGGAGUAGCUGAAGAUAGAUGCACACUGGUGUGGCGUGCCCCUCUACAUGAUGGAGGUAGUCCUAUUAAGCACUACGUAAUUGAGAGAAGAGAGACCAGUCGUCUAGCUUGGACAAUUGUUUCUAGCAGCUGUGAAACCACACGCUAUAAAGUCACCAAAUUAUUGGAAGGCAAUGAGUAUAUGUUCCGUGUCAUGGCCGUUAACAGUUAUGGUGCCAGUGAGCCACUGGAGUCUAGUGGAGUGAUUAUGAAGACUCCAUUUGUUCCUCCUGGUCCACCUCAUAUUGAGGAUGUAUCAAACAUAGCUCAUGAUGGCAUGACUAUCACUUGGUCAGCCCCUGAGACAGAUGGUGGCAGUGAGAUUACCAAUUACAUAAUUGAAAAGAAGGACAGACAUGGAAUCAAAUGGACCAGAUGCAACAGACAAAAAGUCACUGAUCUCACCUUCAGAGUUACAGGCCUAUCCACCGGCCAUGAAUAUGAGUUCAGGGUGGCUGCAGAGAAUGUAGUUGGAGCAGGAGAGCCAAGCCUUCCUAGUUCAUACUACAAAGCCAGUGAUCCCAAGUACAAACCCGGUGCCCCAGCAUAUGUGAAUGUAAUUGACUCCACUAAGAGCUCCAUUACAGUGUCAUGGGGUAAGCCUCUCUCUGAUGGCGGUAGUGCCGUUCAAGGAUACAUUGUUGAAGUCUGCAAGGCUGAGGAGGAGGAAUGGACCAUGGUCACUCCCCCCACUGGCCUGCGUGUCAACAAAUAUGAAAUAACCAAACUUACUGAGAGUCAGGAGUAUAAGAUUCGGGUGUGUGCUUUGAACAAACUGGGAGUUGGUGAGCCAGCAGCUCUCUCUGGAACAGCUAAGCCAGAGGAAAGGGUGGACCCACCAGAGAUCCACCUUGACUCUGUGCUGAGGAAGGGCAUCACUUUGAAAGCUGGUGGAUCUGUGAGAAUCCAUAUUCCAUUCAAGGGCAGGCCAACACCUGAAAUUAAGUGGACUAAGGAUGAGGGAGCCGUAACUGAAAGAGCAGUUAUUGAGAAAGCUCUUAACUUCACACAGUUGUCCAUUGACUCAUGUGACAGGGGUGACUCAGGAAAAUACAUGCUGACCCUGACAAACAGCAGUGGCUCUGUGUCUGAGCUUGUUGCUGUUAAAGUCCUGGAUACACCUGGUGCCCCACAGAACCUUGUUGUUAAAGAUGUCAAAAAGGACUCAGUCAUUCUUGUAUGGGAUGCCCCACUGAUUGAUGGAGGUUCCAAAAUCAAGAAUUAUGUAAUUGACAAACGUGAAUCAACCAGAAAGGCAUAUGCAAAUGUGUCCAUGAAAUGCACGAAGACAACUUUCAAGGUUGAGAACUUGAUUGAAGGCGCUAUGUACUACUUCAGAGUCAUGGCUGAGAAUGAAUAUGGAAUCGGCCAGGCUGUUGAAACAAAGACUGCUUCGAAGGCCUCUGAGGUACCACUGCCUGUUGGAAAAAUUUUCCUCACUGAUGUCACCAAGGCCAGUGUCUCACUGGCCUGGGAGAAACCUGAGCAUGAUGGAGGUAGUAGAAUUGGUGGAUACCUAAUUGAGAUGCAACCCAAGGGUACAGAUAAGUGGGGAGUUGCAACAAAUACAAAGACAUGUGAGGGCACUGUCACAGGCCUCUCAGCAGGAGCAGAAUACCUAUUCCGUAUAAUUGCUUACAAUGAGAAGGGAAAGAGUGAGCCAAAGGCACUUGCUGCACCUGUUGUCGCCAGUGACAUGACCAUGGAGCCAAGCAUUAAGAUGCAAUUCAACACCUACAGUGUAUUAGCUGGAAAGGAUUUGAAGCUGGAGUUCCCUGUGCUUGGCAGGCCCAAACCUCAUGUUACCUGGACGAAGGAUGGUCAGCCUUUGAAGGUGACAUCCAGGCUCAAUGUUUUACAAACUCCAACAACAACUGGAAUUCAAAUUACAGAGGCAUCCAAGGAGGACUUUGGCAAAUAUUCCAUUACAGCAACCAGCAAUGUCGGCACAAUCACUGAGGAUGUUACUGUCAUUAUCCUUGACAAGCCUGGUCCACCAAAAGGUCCAAUCAAGGUUGUUGAAGUGAGCAACACCUUUGUCCAUCUCUCCUGGGAGCCUCCAGAGUAUAUGGGCGGAUGCCAGGUAAAGAACUACAUAGUGGAGAAGAGAGACACUACCACCACAACAUGGCAGCCAGUCACCACGCAGCUUGCUAGAACAGCUUUUAAGGUCACCAAGCUGAAAACUGGUGCAGAAUACCAGUUCAGAAUCAUAGCUGAAAACAGAUAUGGAAAGGGUGUGUCUCUGGAUUCCAAGUCCAUUGUUGUUCAAUAUCCAUACAAACCACCAGGGCCUCCAGGAACACCAUUUGUCAAAUCUGCAACUAAGGAAAUGAUGAUCAUUGAAUGGAAUGAGCCAGUCAAUGAUGGUGGAAGUGCAGUUAUUGGUUACCAUCUAGAAAGCAAGGAGAGGAGCAGCAUCAUGUGGAACAAACUGAACAAGACUCUUAUCACUGAUACUCAAUUCAAGAUCUGCAAUCUUGAGGAGGGUGUUGGAUAUGAAUUCAGAGUCUAUGCUGAAAAUAUUGUUGGCAUUGGAAGAUGCAGUAAAGUAUCCGAGUCCUUUGUUGCUCGUGACCCAUGUGAUCCGCCCGGUGCUCCUGAAGCUGUAUCUAUUUCUAAGACCCAAAUAACGAUUCAGUGGACCAAGCCUCAGUAUGAUGGUGGCAGCAAAGUGAACGGCUAUAUUGUAGAAAGAAAAGAUCUUGCCUCCCCUGAUAAGCGCUGGGUAAGAGCUAAUUUCACUAAUAUAAUUGAGACUGAGUAUACUGUCACUGGCCUGACAGAGAAUGAGCAAUAUGAAUUCAGAGUUGUUGCAAGAAAUGCAGCUGGAGUCUUCAGCGAGCCAUCUGAUAGCUCUGGACCUAUUACUGCUACUGAUGAAAUUGAACCACCCAGAGCCUCAAUGGAUCCCAAAUACAAGGAUGUUAUUUUUGUCAAUGCUGGAGAACACUUGCUUCUUGAUGCCGACUUUUAUGGAAAACCGAUUCCUGAAGUUGCCUGGCUAAAAGAGGGCAAGGAAAUGGAAAAAGCCCUGCGCAUUGAAGUGAAAACAACACAAAAACGUGCAGCCAUGACCAUUAAGGAUGUAACCAAACUUGAUGGUGGCCACUAUGACCUUGUUCUCAAAAAUCUGGGUGGUACAAAAACCUUCCCUAUCACUGUCAAAGUCCUUGAUAAGCCAGGUCCACCCAUUGGACCAAUGAACGUGACAGGAGUCAUGGCCGACAGGUGCAUCCUUUCCUGGUCUGAACCAGCUCAGGAUGGUGGGGCUAGCAUCACUCACUACAUUCUGGAGAAGAGAGAGACUAGCAGGUUGUCCUGGACAGUGGCUGCACCAAAUGUCAAGGGUCUGUUCUAUAAACUAACAAAUCUGCUCCCUGCAAAUGAAUACAUUUUCAGAGUCAGGGCAGUCAACAAAUAUGGUGCUGGUGAUUGUCUUGAGAGUGAACCCAUCAUUGCACGCAAUCCUUACAAGCCACCUUCAGCCCCUGGAACUCCAGAAGCAAGUCAGAUUACAAAGGACUCUAUGGUACUAUCAUGGACUGCUCCAGAACAGACUGGUGGAGCUGACAUUGAAGGCUACCACCUUGAAAAACGUGACAAAGAUAGUGUAAGGUGGACAAAAUGUAACAGACAAAAGCUAACUGACACACACUUGAAGGUCACAGGUCUAAUGACAGACCACUUCUAUGAGUUCCGUGUUGCUGCUGAGAAUGAGGCUGGAAUGGGAGAGCUUAGUGAACUGUCCCUAUUCUACAGAGCAUGUGAUGCCACAACACCCCCUGGACCUCCACACCAUCCUAAGGUAACAGACUACACAAAGUCUUCUGUGUCUCUGUCCUGGGGCAAACCUGACUUUGAUGGUGGUGCCUACAUAAAAGGUUACAUUGUUGAAAUGAGGGAGUAUACACCAGUGCCUGAAUCAACAGAGGAGACAGAAGUAGCCCCAACAGUGGAAAAAGAGUGGACCAUGUGCACUCCACCCACUGGCAUUCAAGCCACUAAACUCUGUAUCACAGACCUGAAGGAGGGUGGAGAGUAUCAGUUCCGUGUCUGCGCUAUCAAUUCUGAGGGAGUGGGGGAGGCUGCUAACAUCCACAGCACUGUGGUUACUUCUGACAGGGUAGAAGCACCAGAGAUUGAGCUGGAUGCUGAUCUCAGAAAGGUGGUGUCUGUGCGUGCUGGUGGAACUCUGCGUCUGUUUGUCACCAUCAGGGGAAGACCUGAACCUGCUGUGAAAUGGGAGAAGGUUGAGGGUACUCUCACAGAGCGUGCUGCAAUUGACACCACCAGUUCAUACACCAUGCUUGUCAUUGACAAUGUUAAUCGCUUUGACAGUGGCAAGUACUCCCUAACACUUGAGAACAGCAGUGGUUCAAAAUCAGCUGUUGUUGCAGUGAGAAUUUUGGACACACCAAGUGCACCACAAAACUUUGCUGUGAAGGAGCUCAAGAAGGACUCUGUGACUCUUGCCUGGGAUACACCACUCACUGAUGGUGGUUCUAAAAUCACAAACUACAUUGUAGAGAAGAGAGAGUCUGUCAGGAAGGCCUAUACUACAGUCACCAGCAACUGCAUGGCCAACUCGUUCAAGAUUGAAGAUCUGCCUGAGGGUGGCAUUUUUUACUUCAGAGUUUGUGCUGUAAAUCAGUAUGGCCAAGGACAGAUGGUUGAAACCAAAGAAGUCAAAGUGGCUGAGGUACCACUGCCACCAAGCAAGGUUAGCCUUGUGGAUUUGACAAAGACCAGUGUGUCACUGGCAUGGGAAAAACCUGCUCAUGAUGGUGGAAGCAAAGUCAUGUGUUACAAUGUAGAAUUUAUGCCUAAGAGGGGAGACAAAUGGGGCACAGCAUGCACAGCCAAGGGGCUAGAAGCAACUAUUCCUAAUCUGACUCCUAAUGAAGCCUAUUUAUUCAGAGUUAUUGCAAUCAAUGAGAAAGGAAAGAGUGAGCCAAAGGAUCUUGGCUUGCCUGUGGUUGCAAAGGAUGUUGCAAUUGAACCAUCUGUCAACUUACUAUUUACCACAUACAGUGUGAAGGCUAAAGAUGACCUCAUUGUUGAGGUUCCUGUAAGAGGCAGACCAAAGCCUGUUGUAUCCUGGAAGAAGGAUGGCCUUCCUUUGAAGCAAACAUCAUCAGUGACCAUUGAAAGAACUGCAACCUCAACCAAAAUUAUCAUCAAAGACGCUAACAAAGAACAUGUUGGCAAGUAUGAACUCACCCUGGCCAACUCAGCAGGAACUGUCACAGCAGAUAUUGGAAUUGUUGUUCUUGAUAAACCAGGUCCACCUAAGGCUGUUAAGGUGGAUUCUGUUACGUCAGACAGCAUCACGCUGUCCUGGUCUCCACCAGAUUACGAUGGUGGCUGCUCAAUCAGUAACUAUAUUGUGGAGAAGAGAGACACAAACACACAAGAAUGGCAGAUGGCAGCAAGUAACAUUGCCAGAACAUCUUUCAAGGCUGGCCGCCUGACACAUGGAUCAGAGUACCAGUUCCGCAUAUAUGCAGUCAACCGUUAUGGAAAGAGUGUGUAUGUGGAUUCACCUGGAAUCACUGCUCAGUAUACUUUCAGACAACCCGGACCUCCCUCCACGCCUAUAGUGAAAUUGGCCACGAAGUCUUACAUGGUGGUGACUUGGAAUGAGCCAGUCAAUGAUGGUGGUAGUCCUGUUGUGGGCUACCAUCUGGAGAGGAAGGAGCGUUCUAGCAUUCUUUGGACAAAGAUGAAUAGAGGAAUGAUCAAAGAUACAGAAUACAAAGUCAAUGGAGUUGAAGAGGGCAUGAUGUAUGAAUACCGUGUCUAUGCUGAAAAUAUUUCUGGUAUUGGUAAAUGCAGCAAGGCCUGUGAAGCUGUAGCAGCCAGAGAUCCAUGUGAUCCUCCAGGCACACCUGUGGUCACUGCUAUUACCAGAACAUCUGUUUCCUUGUCUUGGGAUAAACCAGAGUAUGAUGGUGGAGCCAAGGUUACUGGCUACACCAUUGAACGCAGAGACCUUCCUGCAGGACGCUGGACAAGGUGCAACUUCACCAAUGUGCCUGAGACCCACUAUGAGGCAACAAGCCUUGUAGAAAACAGCCAGUAUGACUUCCGUGUCAUUGCUAAGAAUGCAGCUGGAUUGUUCAGUGAACCAUCUGACAACACUGGCCCCAUCACUGUCAAGGAUGAUGUGGAUCCACCGCGCAUCAUGAUGGAUGUCAAGUUCAGAGAGACAUUGCUUGUGAAAGCAGGAGAAACUCUGAAGAUUAAUGCUGACCUUGCUGGACGCCCCGCCCCUGUCAUUUCCUGGACCAAGGAUGGCAAAGAGAUUGAGCUGAGAGCCAGAAUCCAGAUUGUUUCAACUGAUACUAGCACUUCUGUCAUUGUGAAGGAUUGCAUUAGAAAAGAUUCUGGACAGUAUGCCCUGAUUCUACAGAAUAUUGGUGGAACAGUAACAAUGCCAAUAAACUGUGUGAUUCUAGAUAAGCCAGGGCCCUCAGCAGGACCUCUGCAGAUCACAGGUCUCACAUCUGAUUCAUGCACUCUGUCAUGGGGCCCUCCUCAGGAGACUGGUGGUGCUGAUAUCACACAUUAUGUUGUUGAGAAGCGUGACACCAGCCGCUUGGCAUGGACAGUGGUGAAGGGAGAAGUCACAAAAACAUACCUCAAAGUCACAGGACUGCUUAAGGGAGAUGAAUAUAUUUUCAGGGUUUUGGCUGUCAACAAGCAUGGACUUGGUGAGGCUCUGGAGAGUGAUGCUGUAAAGAUUACAGAUCCAUACACUGUUGCCGCUGCUCCAACGAAUGUUGACGUCACUACCAUAACUGGAGAUUCAAUGACCCUCACCUGGUGCAAGCCACCCAGUGAUGGAGGCAGCCCUAUCACUGGAUAUGUGAUUGAGCGCCGUGAGAAGACGGGUAUGCGCUGGGUCCGUGUGAACAGAGAUCCAGUUGUUGAAUGUACCACAGUUGCAACCAAACUACGUAAGGGUUGUGAGUAUGACUUCAGAGUCUAUGCUGAAAAUGCUGCUGGUCUGAGUCCUCCAAGUGAACGAUCUGCAACAUUCAGAGCACUAGAUCCUUUGGUUGCUCCCUCUCGCCCAACCAAGCCAAAGAUCGUGGAUUCAACCAAGGCCAGUGUGUCCAUUGUCUGGAAACCACCAGCAGAUGAUGGUGGUGCUCCCAUCCUUGGAUACAGUGUAGAAUACAGAGACUACAUCCGCAAACCAAAGCCAGAGGUUGAGGAAGAAGAGGAAGAAUAUGAGGAGGAGGAAGAGGAAGUGCCUGAAUCACCCGAAGAAUUAGCAAGAUGGGUUGAAGCUAUCCCUCUUACCAAAAGCUUGGAGUUCACAGUUACUGGACUUAAGACAGAUGCAGAAUAUGAAUUCUGUGUCAAGGCAAUAAACAAAGUUGGCAGCAGUGUGCGUAGCCCAUAUUCAGAUGGAGCUGCAGCAAAGGACAGAACUGCAGAGCCAUCAUUUGAUGUUGAUAUUGAGAUGCGUAAAGUACUUAUUGUCAAGCAUGGCACAGCAUUUACUCUCAAUGUACCAUUCAAGGGCAAACCUGUGCCUUCAGUGGCAUGGGCCAAGGAGGGCAUUGAUCUGAAGGUCAGAGGUACCAUUGAAUCAACAGAAAAUAGUACUUCACUGACCAUUGAGAAGUCAUCCAGAAAUGACUCUGGGGAGUACUGCGUCACUCUUGAAUCAUCACUGGGAAAAGCAACAUUGCCUGUGGUUGUCAAGGUGCUUGACUCUCCUGGACCUCCUGUCAAUGUCAAAGUUUCAGCGGUGACCAGGGAUUCUGCAACCCUCACUUGGGAACUUCCAGAGAAUGAUGGUGGUGAUGCAGUGAAGGCCUACCAUGUUGAAAAACGCGAGGCCAGUAAGAAGGCCUGGGUGACUGUGACCAGCAACUGUCGCACACUGACAUACAAGGUAGAAGACUUGCAAGAGGGUGCUGUGUAUUACUUCAGAGUUAUUGGAGAAAAUGAGCAUGGAGUGGGUGUCCCUCAGGAGGCCAAGGCUGGAACAAAGAUCACAGAGGUACCAAGUCCACCCAUGAAACUUGGAGUUGCAAAUGUUACCAAGGACAGCGUUACGAUUGCCUGGACAAGACCAGAAUACGACGGUGGUAGCAGAGUCACUGGUUACCUCAUCGAUGCCCUGGAGAAGGGACAGACCAAGUGGGUGAAGUGUGCCACUGUGAGGACCAUGACCCACACGAUCAAGAGCCUGAGGGAGUGUGCCGAGUACUACUUCAGAGUCCGUGCAGAGAACCAUGCUGGACUCAGUGAACCGAAGGAGAUGAUUGUUCCUGUUAUUGUCAAGGAAAUACAUGAGGCACCAGAGUUUGACCUAAAGAACUACCCCAAGAAUACAGUUUAUGUGAAAGCAGGAUCCGACCUGACCUUUGAGAUUCCUCUCACCGGCAGGCCCAUGCCUAAGGUGACAAUGUCCAAGAACAAUGUUGUCAUUAAGGGAUCCAAGAGGCUGCUAACAGAAGUAACUCCAGACAGUUUAAUCAUCACCCUAACUGAAAGCAUUUCAAGUGACGCUGGCAAAUAUGAAGUCACUGCCUCAAAUCCGGGAGGUACCACCAAGAUCCCCCUUAUUUUUGUUGUGCUGGACAAACCUGGACCUCCUGUAGGUCCAGUCGAGGUCGGAGAGGUCGGAGAGACCACAGUGUGUCUGAAAUGGGGUCUUCCAGAGUAUGAUGGUGGCAGUCCUGUUACCAACUACAUUGUUCUGAAACGUGAAACCAGCACUCCUACCUGGGCAGAGGUGUCAACUACCAUUGCCAGAAGUGCAAUCAAAGUGACUAAGCUGACCAAAGGAGAAGAGUAUCAGUUCAGAAUCAAGGCUGCGAAUCGCUUCGGUGUCAGUGACCAUAUUGACAGCAAGCCAGUCAUGAUAAAGCUUCCAUACACCAUCCCUGGACCUCCAUCCACACCAUGGCUCAGCUUUGUCUCUAGAGAGAGUCUGACAGUCUGCUGGAAUGAGCCGGUCAAUGAUGGUGGAAACCCUGUAAUUGGAUACCAUCUCCAGAUGAAGGAGAGGAGCAGCAUCCUCUGGCAGAAGAUCAAUAAGACAGCAAUCUCAGGAAACCAGUGGCGAGUCACAAACAUCUGUCCUGGCCUCAUCUAUGAAUUCAAGGUGGCAGCAGAAAAUGCCGCCGGAAUUGGAAAGAUGAGCAAGACCUCUGAAGAGGUGCUUGCUAUUGAUGCUUGCGAGCCCCCAGCAAAUGUCCAUAUCACAGAAGUCACCAAGAACUCAGUCAGCCUUGCCUGGCAGAGACCUCCAUUUGAUGGUGGCAGCAAGAUAACAGGUUACAGUGUGGAGAGGAGGGAAGCUCCCAGUGGCAGAUGGGUGAAGGCCAACUUCACAAACAUCAUUGACCUGGGCUUUACUGUAUCCGGACUGACCCAGGAUGAGUCUUACGAGUUCAGAGUUUUCGCCAAGAAUGCUGUUGGAUCUGUCAGCAACCCAUCUCUCAUUGCCGGCCCAGUCACUUGUGUUGAUGCAUGUGGUGCCCCAGCCAUUGACCUUCCUCCAGAGUAUCUGGAUGUGGUUCAGUACAAGGCUGGAGCUUCAGUUAAGCUUAGAGUUGGAAUCAUUGCCAAGCCUCUGCCAACAAUUGAGUGGCUCAAGGAUGGAAAGGAGCUGGUACCAACCUCUACCCUGUCUGUUGAAAGCACAACUGACACUUCUGCUGUUCUGAUCAAGGAUGCAUCUCGCUUCGACACGGGCUCAUAUGAGAUCAAGAUCAAGAAUGUUCUUGGCUCAGCAUCUGCAACCAUCAGGAUUGAAAUCCUAGACAAACCUGGACCCCCGGCAGGUAUCAUUAACUUCAACUCUGUCACGGAAGACAGGAUCAUCUUCAGCUGGGAGCCUGUGCCUGAGUCUGACCAGGGAGGUUUCAAGGUGACCCACUACAUUGUUGAGAGGCGCGAAACCAGUCGAGUGGUCUGGUCCACAGUUUCAGACCGGCAUGAGCAAACACACAUAACAGCCAGCAAGCUAAUGCGUGGAAAUGAGUAUGUGUUCCGCGUAAUGGCUGUUAAUAAGAUUGGAGUUGGAGAGCCACUGGUAUCGGAGCCGGUCAUUGCUAAGAACGCCUUUGUAACUCCUGGGCAGCCUCACACUCCUGAGGUAAAUAUCAUCACUAAGUCCACCAUGGUGGUGGAAUGGGACAAACCAGGUGUAGAUGGAGGUAGCCCUGUUACAGGCUACUAUCUGGAGAGACGUGAUAAGAAGAGCUUGCGCUGGAUUAGAGUUUACAAAGACCCUGUCAAAAACAUCAAACAGACAGUCUACCAUCUGACAGAAGGAAAUGAGUACCAAUAUCGCGUCUGUGCCAUUAACAAGGCUGGAGAGGGACCAUUCUCUGAUGCAUCAGACUACUACAAGGCUGCUGACCCAGUUGAUCUACCUUAUGAGCCUUGCAAGCUGAAGGUGGUGGAUUCCACCAAGACAUCCAUCACCUUGGGCUGGUCCAAGCCAGAAUGGGAUGGAGGCAGUGAGAUCACCAGCUACAUGGUGGAGAAGCUUGUUGAGGGAGAGGUGGAAUGGGCUAUGAUCACCUCCAAGGGAGAGGUCAAGACAACAGAGUACACAGUUCACAACCUAAAACCAGAUGUCAACUACUUCUUCAGAGUGUCAGCAGUCAACUGUGCUGGCCGUGGAGAACCUCUGGAGAUGACUGAGCCUGUGCAAGCCAAGGAUAUCCUGGAGGAGGCCCAGAUUGACACAGAUGUAGCCAUGAGAACUCACUAUAUUGUUAAGGCUGGCAAAGAUGUGGAGCUCUCUGUUCCUCUAAAGGGCAGACCAGCUCCCACUGCUUCUUGGAGUAAGGGAGAAGAAUGCAUCGAUCGUGACCCCAAAUAUGAAUUCCACCACUCAGACACUACCACAGUCCUUGUUAUGCGUGAGGUUACCAGGCUUGACACUGGAAAGUACACAGUGAAGAUAGAGAAUGGUGUUGGAGAGCCAAAGACCCUAACCCUGUCUGUGAAGGUUCAGGAUACUCCAGCUCAGUGCAGGAACCUGGUCCUGAAGGAUGUGACCCGUGGAAAGGUCACUCUCUGCUGGGAGCCUCCACUCCUUGAUGGCGGUGCUGAGAUCACAAACUACAUUGUUGAAAAGAGGGACUCCUCCAAGAGAUCCUUCUCUGCAGUGACAAACAAAUGCACAGACACUACAUAUACCCUUGAAGACCUCUCAGAGAAGACAUCCUACUUCUUCCGUGUGUUAGCAGAGAAUGAGAAUGGUGUAGGUGAUCCAUGUGAAACAGUUGAGCCUUUGAAGGCCACAGAGACUCCAGGACCAGUCAAGGAAGUUUCCAUGAAGGAUUCGUCCAAGACUUCCAUCACUCUGCAGUGGCUGAAGCCAGAUUACGAUGGCGGCAGCAUCAUCUCUGAUUACGCAAUUGAGAAGAAGCUCAAGGGCGAGGACUGGUCAAUGGCAGGAACCAGCAGACAAUGUGAGUUUGAGGUCAAGAAACUCAAGGAGCACUCAGAAAUGUUCUUCAGAGUUGCUGCCAGGAAUGAGAAAGGACGGGGUGACUUUGUUGAGAUUGGGCCUAUCAAGGUCAUUGAGUACCUUAUCACACCUGAGGCAAACCUUUCAGAGUACCCACAAGGCCGCAUUAAUGUUCGUCUGGGUCACAAUGUGCACAUUGAGCUGCCAUACAAAGGUAAACCCAAACCCUCCAUUCUGUGGCUGAAGGACAACCUGCCUCUGAAGGAGAGUGACCAAAUCCGCUUCAAGAAGACAGAAAACAGAGCCACUCUAAUGAUUAAGAAUGUGAAGAAGGAGAAUGAGGGUAAAUACACCCUGACACUUGACAAUUUGGUCAACAGGAAAUCCUUCCAUGUCCAUGUCAUCACACUUGGACCACCAUCAAAGCCUGUUGGACCCAUCCGCUUGGAUGAAGUGAGAGCUGAGAGCAUCAUGAUCUCCUGGGAAGAACCUGAUGACGAUGGUGGUGGAGACAUCACCUGCUACAGUGUAGAGAAGCGUGACACCUCCCAGCCCGACUGGAAGAUGGCCUGCUCCAGUGUAACAGGUACUCAGUUCAAGAUCCCCAACCUGAUCAAGGGUGUCCAGUACCAGUUCAGAGUGUGUGCUGAGAACAGAUAUGGUGUCAGCGAGCCUCUGGUCUCACAGAUGGUCAUCGCCAAGCACCAGUUCAGGCCCCCAGGCCCACCAGGCAAGCCUUUCGUUUACAAUGUCACCAAUGACGGCAUGUCCAUCCAGUGGGACAAGCCCAUCUAUGACGGUGGUACCCCCAUCCAAGGCUUCCAUGUGGAGAAGAAGGAAAAGAACAGCAUCAUGUGGCAAAAAGUGAACACUAUGCUGAUUAAAGAAACAGAAUACAGGAUCCUGGAGCUCAUUGAGGGCCUUGAGUACUCCUUCAGAGUCUAUGCCCAGAAUGAUGCUGGCUUCAGCCGAAUGAGUGAUGAGAGCAAGCCAGUCAUGGCUGUCAGUCCUGUUGAUGCUCCUGGCCAGCCUGACUACAUUGAUGUGACCAGUGACUCAGUGACACUGAAGUGGGAUGCCCCCAAACAUGAUGGUGGUAGCAAGAUUACCAGCUACAGCAUCGAGAAACGCCAAGGACAAGGCCGCUGGUUCAAGGCCAACUUGACUGAAGUACAUGACUGCCAGCACACUGUCACUGGAUUGGCAACAAAUGAACGCUAUGAGUUUAGAGUGACAGCCAGAAAUGCCAUUGGUGUUGUUAGUCCGCCCUCCAACUCCUCUGGCAUGAUUGUGGUCAGAAGUGAGAAUGCUGCUCCAAUUAUUGAGUUUGGCGCAGAGUACUUUGAGGGUUUGACAGUCAAGGCGGGAGACCACAUCAGGCUGAAGGCGACCAUCACUGGACGCCCUGUUCCUAAGGUCAUUUGGUUCAGAGACGGUGUGGAAGUUACCAAAAAGAUGAUGGACAUAAUCACUGUGGCUGGAUCCAGCACCCUGUUUGUCAGGGAUGCUGAUCGUACACACCGGGGCCUCUACACUGUCGAGGCUACCAAUGGAUCUGGAAGCAAGAAGCUGGACAUCCUUGUUCAAGUUCAAGACACACCUGGGGAGCCGGUAGGACCCAUCACUUUCAGCAACAUCUCAGAGGGUAAGUGCACUCUGUCUUGGAACCCACCUGAGAACGACGGCUGCUCGGAGAUCUCACAUUACAUCAUUGAGAAGCGCGAGACUGCCAAGAUCUCCUGGGCUUUGGUGACUGAUGAAUGUAAGGAUUGCUUUUUCAACGCAACAAAGCUCAUCAAGACCAAUGAGUACCAGUUCAGGGUCUCUGCUGCUAACAAGUUUGGAGUUGGCAGGCCUUUGGAAUCCAGCCCCAUCAUUGCACAGAUGCAAUACACUACUCCUGAUGCUCCAGGCACUCCUGAUGCUACUGAGGAGACGGGAGAGAGCAUCACCCUUUCCUGGACUCCUCCAACAUCUGAUGGAGGAAACCCCAUUCAGUAUUACAUCUUAGAAAAACGAGAAAAGAAGACUGUCCGGUUCUACAAGGUGAUUACCAAGAAGCCCAUCAUUGAAUGUGCUCACAGGGUGCCCAAUCUGACAGAGGAUAUGGAAUACGAGUUCCGUGUGAUGGCCGUAAAUGACGCUGGUGUUGGAGCUCCUAGCAACAUCUCACUACCCAUCAAAGCCGCUGAGCCAAAGGAUGUUCCUUGUGCUCCAUCUGUGGUUUGUGUGUGCGAUUCCACUAAUACUUCCAUCAGCCUGGAAUGGUCCAGGCCUGCGGAUGAUGGAGGCAUGGAGAUUCUAGGCUACAUUAUUGAGAUGGUAAAGGGACAAGAGACCGAAUGGAAGAGAGUAAAUGAGGAGCUGGUGGCAGUAACAAAUUACACGGUAACUGGUCUACAGACAGGAGCCGAGUACAAAUUCCGUGUCGCAGCUGUGAAUCAUGUGGGUAGAGGUGAGGACCGAGAGAUUCCAGAGCCUGCUCAGGCUGUAGACAGACUAACACCACCACAGGUGGAUAUUGACGCCACCUUCAAGCAGACACACAUUGUCAAGGCUGGAGGCUCAGUGUGCUUGGGCAUUCACUUCAGAGGAAAGCCAAUGCCUAAUGCCACCUGGGUGAAGGAGGAAGGGCAGCUGGGUGUCAUGUCAGAGGUCACAACUACAGAUGGCUACAGUUCUCUAAGCAUUGAAAACUGCUCGAGAAAUGAUACAGGAAAAUAUACUGUUAACCUGGAAAACUCUAGUGGCAGCAAGGCCAUUACAUUCACUGUAAAAGUGAUAGACUCUCCUGGACCUCCACAGGCUGUUGCCUUCAAGGAGGUGUCCAGAGGCUCAGUCACACUUGUCUGGGAGCCUCCUCUCAAUGACGGUGGUGCCAGAAUCCAGCAUUAUAUUGUGGAGAGACGUGAGGCUAGUCGCCGCACUUGGCAGCAGUCUGGUGGCAAGUGCACGCAGCGUAUCCUUAAGAUCCAGGACCUGCUGGAGGGAGUGCCAUACUUCUUCAGAGUCUCAGCAGAGAACCAGCAUGGUGUGGGUGAGGCAUUUGAGAUCACUGAGCCUGUCAUUGCCACCGCAGAGCCAGCAGCUCCAAAGAGAAUGGACAUCCUGGACACCACAGAUAACUCUGUGUCACUGGGAUGGCUGAAACCAGAGCAUGAUGGCGGUAGCCGCAUCCAGGGUUAUAUCAUUGAAGCUAAGCCAAAGGGUGCAGACAAAUGGGUCGUAGUUGGCAACACCACCAAUCUCACUUAUGUGGUUGAAAAGCUCAACAAGGGUGAUGAAUAUAACUUCCGUGUGAAGGCCAAGAAUGAGUCUGGCUACAGCUUGCCCAGGGAAACUCUGGCUCCUGCGCUGGUCAAAGAGCCUCACAUUGAACCUGCUGCUGACCUCAGUGAGCUCACCAAUCAGCUCAUCACAUGCAGGUCUGGCAGUUCCUUUACCAUUGAUGUUCCCAUCAGUGGUAGACCUGCUCCUACGGUAACCUGGAAGCUGGAAGAGAUGAGGCUAAAGAGCACAGACAGAGUCUCCAUCAAAGUAACAAAGGACAGAGCCAGCAUCACAGUCAAGGAGGCCAUGAGAGGAGAUGGUGGUAAAUACUACCUGACUCUGGAGAAUGUGGCAGGAACCAGGACCUUCACUGUUGAAGUUAAUGUCACAGGAAGACCCAGUCCUCCAACCGGACCCAUCGAAAUCUCAUCCAUCACCUCUGUGUCCUGUGUCCUUAACUGGCAACCACCAGAUGAUGAUGGAGGCACUGAUAUCACCAACUACAUCGUAGAGAAGCGUGAGUCUGGCUCCACAGCCUGGCAGCUGAUCAACUCCAGCGUGAGGGGCACAACUCUCGAUGUCAAUCACUUGACCAAGUACAUGCAGUACACAUUCAGGGUCUCUGCUGAGAACAGAUUUGGUGUCAGCAAGCCCACUGAGUCUAAGACUAUUGUCGCAGAGCAUCCUUUCACACCUCCUGGCCCACCAACAAGGCCUACAGUCUUUAACGUCACUGCUAAUACAAUGACCAUGAAAUGGGAGGAGCCUUACAGUGAUGGCGGAAGCAAAGUGACAGGAUACUGGAUUGAGAAGAAGGAGAGGAACAACAUCCUGUGGGUGAGGGAGAACAAGAUCCCUUGCUUUGAGUGCUACUAUAAGGUGGAAGGUCUGGUUGAAGGCCUGGAGUACCAGUUCAGGGUGUAUGCCAUGAACAGUGCUGGGUUGAGCAAAGCCAGCGAGGCCUCCAAGGGAGCAGUUGCUCAAAACCCAGUUGAUCCACCAAGCAAACCAGAAGUCACAAAUGUCACAAGAACCACUGUGUCCCUCAAAUGGUCAGCUCCACUGUAUGAUGGUGGCAGUCCCAUUGUGGGCUACAUCAUUGAGCGUAAGCCGUACACUUUGGCCGGUGAGGGCCGCUGGCUCAAGUGUAACUACACCAAUGUGACAGACACUUUCUUCACUGUUACCGCCCUGGGAGAGGGAGAGCCCUAUGAGUUCAGGGUCAUUGCUAAGAAUGCUAACCAGGUCCUCAGCAUUCCCUCGGUAUCCACCGGCUCUGUGCAAUGCAAGACCGACUUCGAGCCUCCAAAGGCCCAGCUGGACAGCAAGCUCCUGUCCGAAACUGUCAGGGUCAGAGCUGGUUCAGACCUGGUUCUGGACGCUGCUGUAGGAGGCAGGCCUGACCCCAAGGCUUCCUGGUCAAAGGGCAGUAGGGAUCUAGAGUUGUGUGAAAAGUACCACCUGCAGUACACUCCCACCAGGGCCAUGGCCAUCAUCAAGUUCUGCGACAGAGAUGACACUGGAAAGUACAUCCUCACUGUCAGGAACGUAAGCGGAACCAAGACUGCUGAGGUCAAUGUCAAAGUACUUGACACCCCUGGAGUAUGUGAAGGCAGCAUUGAGAUCAGCAAGAUCACAGAGGAGUCCUGCACGCUGAGCUGGAAGCCUCCUCUUGAGGAUGGCGGCGAUGACAUCUCCCACUACAUGGUGGAGAGGCGCGACACCAACAGACUCAACUGGGUCAUCAUGCAUGACGAGUGCAAGGAACUCACCUGCAACAUCACCGGACUGUUCAAGAACACAGAGUACCUGUUCAGAGUCCGAGGCGUCAACAAGUAUGGAGAAGGAGUCAACCUCCAGUCAGAACCCAUGGUUGCCAGAAACACUUUCACUGUGCCAUCUCCUCCUGGUGCUCCAGAGAUCUUGGCAUCAGGAAAGGACUUUGCCACCAUUGAGUGGUUGAAGCCAGAGAGCGACGGUGGCAGCCCGCUGAUCCACUAUCUGGUGGAGAGGCGCGAGAGAAAGAGUGCUCGCUGGGUGAAGGUGAACAGGGACGGAGCUCAUCUGGACACCACAUUGAAGGUGUCUGGUUUGACCGAAGGCAACAUCUACCAGUUCAGAGUGACAGCCAUCAAUAAGGCCGGAGAGAGCGAAGCCAGCGAGGUUUCUCUAUAUGUUGUCUGCAGAGUGCCAACAUGCACCCCUGCUCCUCCUUCCAUUCCCCGUAUCACUGACACUCACGCUGACAGCAUCAGCCUGGCCUGGUCCCGCCCCGUGGAGGACGGAGGAGCUGAUGUGAUGGGCUAUAUCCUGGAGAUGCAGGAAGCCGGAGCAGAGGAAUGGAAGAAGGCCCAUGAAAAGACCUUGCGUGCUACAGAAUACACUGUGACCGGACUUUCUGCAGGCAAGAAGUACUGCUUCAGAGUGGCUGGCAUCAACAUUAAUGGUACAGGAGACUUCAGUGAACCAUGUACUGAGACUGAGCCAGUUGAAAGAAUUGAAACUCCUGACUUCGAGCUCCACGAUGAUCUGAAAAAGACCAUCUGCCUGCGCGCUGGAGGAUCCCUCCGCCUGUUUGUUAAUGUCAGCGGUCGUCCCACUCCCACCAUCACUUGGAGCAAGCCUGAUGUUGACCUCCAUAACAGAGGAUUCAUUGAUGUCACCAGCACAUCCACCACACUCAUCAUUGAUAGGGUCCACCGCUACGACGCUGGCAAGUACACGCUGGUGGCUGAGAAUUCUGCCGGGAAACAGGAAGUCAGCAUUCUGGUCAAGGUCUAUGAUACUCCUGGACCAACUGGACCUAUCAAGAUCAAGGAGCUGACCAAGGAGUCUGCAACUAUUUCCUGGGAAGCCCCAACUGUGGAUGGCGGUGCUCCUGUCAACAACUACAUCAUUGAGAGGCGUGAGGCGUCUAUGAGAGCCUACAAGACUGUCACAUCCAAGUGCAGUAAGACAUCUUACAAGAUAGAUGGCCUGAUGGAGGGCAUGCUGUACUACUUCCGGGUCCUCCCUGAGAACAUCUAUGGUAUUGGUGAGCCCCGCGAGACUCCUGAUGUCAUCCUGGUUUGCGAGGUGCCUCUGCCACCACAGAAACUGGAGAUGAUUGAUGUCACCAAGACCACCGUCACCCUGGGCUGGGAAAAGCCUGAGCAUGAUGGUGGCAGCAGGCUGACGGGUUACAUCAUUGAAGCCUGCAAGUUCGGCACAGACAAGUGGAUGAAGGUGGCCACGCUGAAGACCACAGACUUCGAGCACACUAUCGAUAAGCUGAAUGAGGGCGAGCAGUACUUGUUCAGAAUCAGAGCAAUCAACAGCAAAGGAGCCAGCGAGCCCAAAGAGCUUGUUACAGCCAUCACUGUACAGGAACAGAGAGUGAUGCCUGUGGUGGACUUCUCCAGCAUUCCUCAGAAGGUUAUCAAUGUCUUGGCUGGCAAGACUCUGGAGCUGGACCUGCCCAUCAUUGGCCGGCCUCCUCCCGUCUGCUCCUGGUACUUCAAAGAUAACAAAGUCAAAAUCACAGACCGUGUCAAGAUCAAGAGCACUGGCAAAUUCUCCAAACUUACCAUGUCUGACACCACUAUCGACGACAGUGGUGACUACACCCUGGAGGUGAAGAACGCCGUUGGUGUUAUCUCUGAGGUCAUCAAGGUCAUCAUCCUCUCUAAACCUGAUGAACCACAGGGACCUAUCAGGUUUGAUGAGGUCGAUGCUACCUUCGUCAGCUGCAGCUGGGAUCCUCCGGCCAGACAAGGCGGAGCUCCCAUCAGUGGCUACGUGGUGGAGCAGCGCGACGCUCACAGACCUGGCUGGGUGCCUGUCUGUGAAUCUGUUAGCCGACCAACCUUCAAGUUUGAAAACCUGAUCGAAGGGGAUGAAUAUGUCUUCCGUGCUGCUGCCAUAAAUCGCUACGGCACUGGAGAGUUCCUGCAGUCUGAGGUCGUCACCUGUAGGAGCAUGAAGAAUGCGCCUGGACCUCCUGGCCGUCCAACCGUCUUUGAUGUUUCUCGUGACGGCAUGACCGUGGCCUGGAACCCACCUGAUGAAGACGGUGGCCUUGAGGUUUCUGGAUACAUUAUUGAGCGUAAAGAAGUCAGGUCUGACAGAUGGGUGCGUGCCAACAAGAAUCCCAUCACCAUGACCAGAUACAGAUCGACAGAGCUGAUCGAAGGCCUGGAGUAUGAACAUAGAAUCACCGCCAUUAAUGCCAGAGGAGUGGGCAAACCAAGUCUGCCAUCCAAACCAGCAGUGGCAACAGAUCCCAUUGAUCCACCUGGCUGUCCUCAGAACCCAAGGAUCACCGAUACCACCAAAUCCUCCGUGUCACUGGCUUGGAGUCCUCCCGAUGAGGAGGGAGACGCAAGGGUGGACGGUUACUUGAUUGAGAUGCAGAAGGUGGGCACCAUGGCCUGGAUCAAGUGCAACACCUCACCAUCUCUGAUCUGCGAGUACACGCUGACCAAAAUGCCACAAGGAGAGGAGUUCAAAUUCCGUGUGAUGGCCUGCAAUGCCGGCGGCUGUGGAGAGCCUGCUGAAGUUCCUGGAACUGUUGUUGUGACAGAGAUGCUUGAGUCUCCUGACUAUGACCUGGAGCUGAAAUACAAAGACGUGUACGUGGUACGUCAUGGAGGUGUGAUCAGACUCUCUGUACCCAUCAAGGGUAAACCUCAUCCAACCUGCAAGUGGUCCAAAGAUAGCGGUCCAGUCUCCACCAAGGCCAUGAUUGCCUCCACAGAGGAUGCCAGUGAGCUGGUGAUCAAGGGAGCUGAGAGAAGUGACUCUGGCGUGUAUGACCUCCUCCUAGAGAAUAAGGUUGGCAAGAAGAAAGCCCAGAUCAAGGUGAAGGUCAUUGGCCGCCCAAGUGCUCCAGAGGGACCAACAGUCUUUGAGGAAAUCCAGGCUAACUCUGUCAAGGUGUCCUGGAAGGUGCCCAAGGAUGACGGUGGCUCAGAGAUCCUGGGUUACAUCGUAGAAAGACGUGAGGCAGCCAGAAACGCAUGGUACACUGUGGACUCUAGAGUGACUGACACUCAGCUGGUUGUUAAGGGCCUGAAGGAGGGAACAGAGUACCACUUCAAGGUCACAGCUGAAAAUGCCUUUGGUAUCAGCGCCUCUCUGAAGUCAGACAAACCACUGGUGCCCACGACUCCUCUCUGUCCCCCUGAGCCUUCAGGCACUCCACCAGAGAUCAUGGAUGUUACCAAGAGCUCUGUGGCACUGGCCUGGUCCAGACCAAAGGACGAUGGUGGUUCUGCCAUCACUGGCUACUUUGUUGAAUACAAGGUGGUGUCAGCUGAGACAUGGUCCCGCCACCAGACCAAGAUCACCUCCACCAUGUUUACUCUGCCUGGACUCACCCCCGAUGCAGAGUACCAGUUCCGCAUUGUUGCUGUCAACGACAUUGGCGAGAGCGAGGCUGGUCCUGUUUCUGAUGUGGUCACAUGCAAGGAUCCAUUUGACAAACCAAGUCAACCAGGCGAGAUUGACACAGUAAAUGUGACAAACAACUUCAUCACCAUUCGCUGGCAAGCUCCAGAAUGUGAUGGUGGAAAGGAGGUCCUGGGCUACUGGGUGGAGUACAGGAAGUCCAUUGAGAGCACCUGGAAGAAGUGCAACAAGCAGAGACUGAAGGAAAAAGAGUUCACCAUGCCUGGACUGGCUGAGGCCACAGAGUAUGAGUUCAGAGUGUUUGCUGAGAAUGAGACAGGAAUGAGCAGACCUCGUAGGACUGCCACAUGCAUCAAGACCAAACUGAGUGCUGAAAGUAAACCAGGCCUGAGAAAGGAAAUGGAUGAAGUAACUGCCAAGCUUGGCCAGCCUGCCGUCAUGAAGUGCCAGAUUAUUGGCAGGCCUGUCCCUGAAAUCAAGUGGUAUCAUGCCGGCAAGGAGAUUGUUGAGUCCCGUAAGUACGAAAUGAGCUCAGAUGGCCGCAACCACUCGCUGUCCAUUAUGACCGAUCAGCAGGAGGAUGAGGGACAGUACACCUGCAAGGCCAUCAAUGACGCUGGAGAAGCCGAGACCACAGGCGUCUUAGUGUUGGAGGCUGCUGCAUCCUUCCAUCCUGAUUACCCACUAAAGGAAACCUACUACGCCGGCCUGGGAUCCACUCUGCGCAUCCAUGCCGUCUACAUUGGCCGUCCUGAGCCAAAGAUCAUGUGGCUGCAUGGGGCAAAGACUCUGGAGAACACGGAGGACAUCAGCAUUGAGACCACCGAGCACUACACACACCUGGUGAUCAAGAACGUGCAGCGCAGAGUCCAUGGAGGCAAAUACAGGAUUAGACUGCAUAACCACUUCGGCAGAGCUGACACAGCAUUCAAUGUUGAAAUUUAUGACAAACCUGACAUGCCUCAAGGUCCAAUUGUGCUGGAGGCCCUCCUGAAGAACUCUGUCAUCAUCAGCUGGAAGGCUCCCAAGGAUGAUGGAGGCUGCAUGAUCACCAACUACAUUGUGGAGAAGCGAGAGGACAAGGAGGGUACUGAGUGGGAACUGGUGUCCUCAUCCAUCAAUAGCACAUCUUGCCGUGUGCCCAGCCUCAUUGACAGCGCUGGAUACUUCUUCCGUGUGUACGCUCAGAACCGCUAUGGCAACAGCGAACCACUGGAACUCACUUCUCCUAUCCUUAUCAAGAGCCAACUGGACAAACCAUCACCACCUCUGUCGCCAGUUGUUUCUGGAAUCACCAAGGACUCCUGCGUGGUUUCCUGGAAGCCUCCACUCAGUGAUGGCGGGUCCAAGAUCAAGAGCUAUUACCUUGAGAAGAAAUUCAAGAAGGAUAAGAGGGAAUGGAGCGAUUGGACACCAGUAACCACAGACGAGAUCAAACAGACUGUGUACUCCGUCAAGCGUCUGACCGAGGGUGUUGAGUGCAUUUUCCGCGUGAGGUGCGAGAACCUUGGAGGACAGAGCGACUACAGCGAGGAAACCACUCCCAUCGUUCCAGCCACCGCCGUCGAGCUCCGUGCUCCUGCCUUCAAGGAGGAGCUGAGGAACAUGAGUGUCAAGUACAAGAGCAAUGCUACCCUUGUGUGCAAGAUCACAGGACAGCCCAAGCCUGUGAUCAAAUGGUUCAGACGAGGAAAGGAGAUCCACUCUGAUGGACAGAAGAUCAAGGUUCAGGAGUUCAAGGGUGGUUAUCACCAGCUGGUCAUCACGGAGGCUGAUGAGGAAGAUUCCACUGUGUACCAGAUCAGGGCCACCAACCAGGCAGGCUCCAUCUGUGCUACAAUUUCUCUGGAUGUUGAAAUCCCUGCCAAGAUCCACCUGCCCAAGAACCUGAAAGACAAAGAAGCCAUCCCAGCGCGGCGUGGAGAAGUGGUCAAUAUCAAGAUUCCUUUCAGUGGCAAACCAGAUCCUGUCAUCACGUGGCAGAAAGGACAAGAUCUUAUUGACAGCAAUGGCCACUACCAGGUCAUUGUCACCAGAUCAUUCACCUCUUUGGUGUUCACCAAUGGAGUGGAGAAGAAGGAUGCUGGCUUCUACAUCGUCUGUGCCAAAAACAGAUUUGGCAUUGACCAACAAACAGUUGAGCUGGAUGUUGCCGACGUUCCUGAUCCUCCACGUGGCAUCAAAGCCAGUGAUGUCUCCAGAGACUCAGUCACACUGAACUGGGUGGCCCCAGCAAAUGAUGGAGGCAGCAGGGUCAUCAACUACAUCAUUGAGAAGUGUCCCACCACUUCUGAGAGAUGGCAGCGUGUUGCCCAAUCCCGUGACACUCGCUAUACCGUUACCAAUCUGUUUGGAGGAACCGGCUAUCAGUUCAGAAUCAUCGCUGAGAACAAGUUUGGACCGAGUGCUCCAUCUGAGACCAGCGGAUCUGUUAUGACCAAAGAGGACAAAUCAAGAGUUCUGCUCUAUGACAGGGAGGUUGACGAUACCGAACGUGUUCACAAGAGCAAGGCUCCACACUCAGAAGCCAAGAAUAUGCACAACAAAUACGCCAUUGCAGAGGAAUUGGGCAGAGGUCAGUUUGGUAUUGUCCACCGCUCUGUUAACAUCAGCACUGAGAAGACCUACAUGGCUAAAUUCUUCAAGGUGAGAGGCGCAGAUCAAGCAAUAGUCAAGAAAGAAAUUGCAACACUGAAUCUGGCCAAACAUACCAACUUCCUCCUCCUCCAUGAGUCAUUUGACAGCCCCGAGGAGCUGGUGUUGAUCUAUGACUUCAUCUCUGGUGUUGACAUAUAUGAGCGCCUCAACACAGCAGAGUUUGAGCUUAAUGAGCAUGAGAUUAUCAACUACAUCAGGCAGGUCUGCUCAGCUCUUGAGUACCUGCAUGCACAGAGCUACGGACACUUUGAUAUCAGACCGGAGAACAUUGUGUACACAACUAGAACCAGCUCCAAUGUGAAAAUUAUUGAGAUGGGCCAGGCAAGACACCUGACUCCUGGAGACAUAGUCAAGAUUCAGUAUACCACUGCAGAGUAUGCUGCCCCUGAGAUCCACCAGUGUGACAUGAUUAGCACUGUCACUGACAUGUGGUCAGUUGGUGUCCUUGCCUAUGUCCUACUCAGUGGACUGAACCCAUUCACAGCUGAAACCAACCAGCAGAUGAUUGACAACAUCUCCACGGCAGCCUACAGCUAUGAUGACGAGUCUUUCAAGACUGUCAGUGUCGAGGCAUUAGACUUCACUGACCGCCUAAUGACAAAGGAACGUAAGCAUCGUAUGACUGCUGCUGAGGCUCUGGCACACCCUUGGCUGACCAAGCCUGUAGAGGAGAUCAGCGCCAGAGCGAUCCCAACCGGCAGGCACAAGAGAUACUAUCAACAAAUGGUGAGGAAAGAGUGGAACACUGUUGUCUCUGCAGCCCGUGUGGCCAGCGGCGGCUCCAUCAGGUCCCAGCGUGGUGUCUUUGUCGCCAAGGUGAAGAUCGCUCCGUUUGAACAUGGUCCUGUUGGAGGCCAGGUUGGCCACGCAGUGGCGAAUGAGGGAGACACUGUGAAAUUCAUCUGCAACAUCGACAACUACGACAGUACCACUGAAGUGACGUGGUACUGCGGCGUCAGGCAGCUUGAAGCAGGUGACAAAUAUGAAAUUGAGUAUGAGGACGGCCUUGCUGUAAUCACCAUCAACAAGGUCACCAGAGCAGAUGAUGGCACAUACAGAUGUAAGGUUGUGAAUGAGUAUGGUGAGGACAGUGUCUACGCAGAGCUGUUUAUCAGCAGUGUCAGAUCUUACCGUGACUUCUUCACCACCCGUGUGGUCAAGAAAACAAAACGCAGGAUUGACACUGCCAGAAUGCUUCAGAAGCCACCGGAGUUCACCCUUCCUCUGGUCAAUCGCACAGCCUACCUUGGUGAGGAUGUGCGCUUUGCCGUGACCAUCACUGUUCACCCUGACCCUCGUGUCAUCUGGCACAAAUCCGGACAGAAGCUCAUCCCUGGACAUGAUGACAGGAAAUACACCUUCAUCAACGACAAGGGCCUGUACCAGAUGAUUAUCCACAAGGUUGAGGAGGAGGAUGAUGCUGAGUACAGCGUUGUGGCACGUAACAGGUAUGGUGAUGAUAGCUGCAAGGCUCGUCUUACGGUUGUUCCUCGACCUAAACCAGCAGACCUCACCCUGAGGCCCAUGUUCAAACGCCUGCUCGCAAACGUCGAGUGCAGGGAGGGCCAGAAUGUGCGCUUUGAGAUCAGAGUAUCUGGCCAUCCCACACUGAAGUGGGAGAAGGAUGGCAUGCCUUUAGCCUUUGGGCCAUCUAUUGAGGUUGUCCAUGAGGGCCUGGACUACUUCAUCCUUCAUGUGAAAGACACUCUGGCUGAGGACUCAGGUGUUUACAGAGUUACUGCCACGAACUCUGCUGGAUCUGCCAGUUGCCAGGCCACGCUCAAAGUAGAACGCGUCACUCAUGUAAAGAAGGAAUAUGAGGCAGCUGAAAAGAAGGAGGAAAAGAUGGCCGGAAAGGAAGAAAUUGACAAAAAAGUGAGGCUGUCUCAGAUUUUGGCAGACACCGUAUUUACUCCUCUACCACCUGCAGCAGUACAAGCUGUCAGGGAGGCAGCCACCAUGUUCAAACCUGCUUUGACAACUAAGAAGGGUGAGAAGACUGAGGCUGAGAUACAGAAAGAAAAAGAGGAGAGGAAGAAACGUGCUGAUGAGAAGAGGCUGCGUAUGCCUUACGACGUCCCAACUCCUCGUGUUGUUAACCAAGCUGCUCUUGAAGAGGAUGUGGAAAUAAAACACUUUAAGCCACUCUCUGACAUGAAAUGGUACAAGAAGCUGCGGGAUCAGUAUGAGUUCCCUGAGCCUAUGGAUAAAAUCAGGCAGAAGAGGAUGAAGCGCAUCCGUCUCUCCAGGUGGGAGCAGUUCUACGAGGUACCUAUCAGGAUCAAAGACCAGUACAAGCCAAAGUGGCGUUUCUCAUCCAUGACUCAGGAUGAUUUAGAGACUGUGAGGCCUGCAAGGCACCGCACUCCUUCUCCUGAGAUAGAUGCCUACCACAGGAUCAGGAGGAGGUCCCUGGGUGACCUGUCAGACGAGGAGCUGCUGCUGCCUGUGAAAGAGUACCUGUCGAUGAAGAGAACCGAGGAGGAGAGGCUUCGUCUGGAGGACGAGCUGGAGUAUGGUUACUCUGCCUCUCCACCGAGCCUCAGCCCAGUCCGCUUCGAGCUGUCCGCCCUGCGUCCCUCAUCUCCUAGAAGAGUUUACAGUGACGAUGAAGAGGAAGAAGAAAUCCGCAGAUACGACUCCUACCGAAUCCCAUCUAAAUACGAGGCUGGCCCGAGUUUUGUUGAGCUCCGCCAGCGUCACGACAAAGCCACAUACAGACCUCCGAGACAGAAGCAGAGGGUGUAUGAAGAGAGAGAAGAUCAGGAGCUGCUGCGCCCACACACAACUAUGCAGAGAAUGGCCACUUACAAGAGUGAGCUCAGACGCAUGGAGUUUGAGGAGAAGACUCGAACAUCAAAGAAGGAAUCAACUGUCCAUGUUGCGACAGUCUCUCAGGGCGUUGAAUCAGAGCACCUGACAGCUUUCACCUCAGAAUAUAUUCCCAAACCAAUCAAGAAGCUCCCAAUGCCUGAACCUGAGAGGAGAUCUCCCACCCCAGAAAGGGCUGUCAAAACUGAAGUGACUCUUCCUAGAGUUGACUUUGCUUCCAGGUAUGAGGAGAGAAAGCAGGCUCUUAGAUCAGAGAGAAGAUCAGUGGAGAGGAAGGUCGAGGUGGUGACCCAGGCUCCCUUCAGCCUGGACCACACCCCACGCAUCACCAUCAGGAUGCGAUCUCACCGCGUACCCUAUGGCUCCAACACAAAGUUCACCCUGAAUGUUCAGGCCAAACCAGAGCCUGAAGUCAAGUGGUUCCACAAUGGAAAAGAGAUCCAUCAGACCAGCAAAUACAAUAUGACCAACAUCAGCGGGGUUCUGACACUCUCCAUCAACAACUGUGUGACUGAAGAUGCUGGCACUUAUCGUGUCGUCUGCAGGAACGCCAAAGGGGAGACUUCUGACUAUGCCACAUUGGAUGUAGCACAAGCAGAAUACGCUGCCUUCUCUUCACUUCGCAAAGACGAGGAGCCUCCAUCCUCCCACCUGCCAGAGAUGACUAGAACAGAGGUGUAUCAUGUCUCCUCCUCAUCUACAAAAACUGUGAAGGAGAGUGUGACUACAACUGUGAAAGAGACCACUACUGUUGUUGAGAAGCGAAAGGAGAAGCAGAGUGUUCCCCCCAAGAUCCUGACCAAACCGCAGUCCCUGACUGUAGAGGAGGGAGGCCUCGCCAGGUUUGAGUGUGAUGUGGAUGGCGAACCAGCACCAUCUAUGACCUGGCUGCGCGAAGGAGCAGUUGUUGGUCCCUCUGCUCGUCACCACAUUGUCUCUGCUCAGUACAGCUCCUCCUUUGAGAUCUCUGCUGUUGAGAAGUUAGACGAAGGCAGCUACACUCUGCUGGUGGAAAACGCUGGAGGCAAACAGGAGGCCCAUUUCACUCUGACCAUCCGCAAGUCUGAGUCCAAGCAGAAGGUGGUCGCCGCUCCCAGAGUCACCUCUCCAGAGGCCAAGUCCCCUCUCGCUAAGUCCCCUGAACCUGUCAAAUCUCCUCAGAGAAUCAAGUCCCCUGAGCCAAUCAAGUCACCUCAGAGAGUCAAGUCUCCAAUCUCGCCAAAAUCCCCGACACCAAAGUCCCCAACUCCCAAAUCCCCAACUCCAUCUGACAAGGAACGAGUGAUGUCCCCAACCAAGUCACCCAAGAGAGUGAUGUCACCAACUCUUGAGAAGAAACCGUCCUUCUCUGUCGGGCUGAGCAACGUCACUGCAGCCUCCGACUCCGUUGUCAAGCUCUCAGUGAAGGUAACAGGAGAGCCCAAACCUGCCAUCUCAUGGAUGAAGGAUGGAAAGGCUGUGUCUCAGGGUGGGAAGUAUGAAAUCUUUGAGGAGUAUGGCUCAGCUUAUCUUGAAAUCUAUGAAGUGGAGGCCUCUGACAGCGGUGUGUACAAGUGCACUGCUACAAAUGGCGCCGGAGCAGUAUCAACAACCUGCACAGUCACUGUCCGGGGUCAGUUUGAUACUGUGGUCACAGCCAAGCGCUCAGACGCACCUCACAUCCUGGUGCAGCCCCGGUCCCAGAUUGUGAAUGAGGGACAAAAUGUUAAACUCACAUGUGAACUCGCAGGAGAGCCUUCCCCUGACGUGGAGUGGUUAAAAGACAACAUGACCAUACCUGUCACAUCAAACAUUAGACUGAGCCACUCGAACACUGUGUACACUCUGGAGAUUUGUGAGGCCACAGUUGCAGACAGCGGGAAAUACACAAUAAAAGCCACAAAUGCCUUUGGACAGUGCUCCGCAACGUCCUCCCUUAACGUCCUCACUCUUGUUGAAGAACCAACAAAAAUGAUUAUUGUAGAGCAAAGAGCUUCUGACGCUGCUGCCAGCAUGCAGAAAACUUUAUCUGGCUCAUCAGUUCGUAUGGAGGCAGCUUCCAUGCAGGCCAGCAGUUUCAGCAGCAGCUCCAGCUCCGCUGCCGAGUAUUCGUUUGAGAGCAUGUCUACAUCUAGCAUGUCUGCCAUGAUGGCUGAGUCAAUGAUUUCCAUGAGCUCCAGCAGCCAAAUGAUGGAGAUGUCCGCUCACUCGCAUGCAGAGGCCUCCUCCUCGCUGAGGGCCCUCACAACAGGGCUUCAAAGAGGCACUCCACCAAAGAUUGAAGCUCUCCCGCAGAAUGUCAGCACUGAGCUGGGGAAGUCCUUGACUGUGGCAGGAGUGUUCUCCGGAGAUCCCGCACCCUCCGUCCAGUGGGUCCACUCAGGUCGGACCCUCCCCAACGGGAAUGAGCGGUGCCACGUGGAGAACACCGCCGACCUCUCCACCCUGGUGAUCUCUGGGGUGAAGGAGGGAGACAGCGGAGCGUACACCCUCCGACUUUCCAAUGAGUUCGGCUCCGACUCUGCAACUGUCAACGUUCACAUUCGGUCCCUGUAAAAAGAAAAAAAAAAAAAGUUAAUCUUUAUCCCCGUUUCCCUCUUCCACAACCUUUUUAUUUAGUGAAUUAGCAACGAUAAUCUUACGUGAUAAAGACCUGGAUUUCUGUUCUUGUAAAUAUGAACUAUUUUUGUACCAAACUUGACAUUAAUUUAUGCCAAACUAGACUAAAGUCUAAAGUUGUUAUAAAAUGUGCCAUAUUGGACAAUUAUGACUUAGGAUUUUUGAACAACUUUUCUGUGACAUGUACAUAAUGUAUAUAGCCGAAUUUAACGGUUAUGGGAAAUGUAUGCAUUGUUAUUUAUGACAAUAAUAUUAACUGAAACAAAAGAACAAAUGUUUUAACAGGAGAAAGUUUCACUAAGAACGAAUACCCUGUCAAACUGAGAAACUAAACUCUGUGCCUCAACGAUAAGUUGAAGUCUUUAAGAUUGCCUCAACAGGUAGAGAGGCUCCCUGUUGACGUUAUGAAACAAAAAGACAAAGUUAUUGUUUGGACACGCGUCUGCGUGAGAUAUUACAGUUUCCUAUGAGUUGUACCAUGAGCGUAAGACCCUGAAUGCUGUUUGCAUUACCCUCAUGUAAGCAGCAUGAACUGGCCUUGUGCUCAGACUGACUGUGUCAUACCACCAUGAUUUGAUGACCAGCUCAGAGUGCGAGCGGCCUGCACUCUCAGCGUUUAGAUCAUUUUAAUAAAGAGCGCUGUUUCUGCACAGGACGGCCGGACCGGCUUUCAAAAACGUAACAUCUCCUGGCCAUAAAAGAGGAAGUCACCGCCGGCUCUGCUGUGCAGAAGCAGCGCUGUCUCUCGGAGGAUAGCUAGCUAAUGUGUUUGUGUGUUGCAGUGGGAGUGUUUGUAGCUUGUAGUCAGUUCACCUUGUCAGUAGUCAGGGUCUUUUGUUUGCCACAGGGACUCCACCUCCUGUGAGAGAAAAGAAAAGUCAUGUUUUUCCCUGCACUUUGAUUUAAUUGAUCUGUUAAUGUAGACAUAUAUUUCAUCCUCCUUGAGUUUUAUGCAUUUCUGAUUUAAUAAAGCAUGAUUUCAGCACUACACA